AUGGACAAUGCGUCUUCUUCUUCGGACUUGAUUACGUACCAUCAUGAUGAGGUUGGGAUUUGUCUGUUGAGUACAAGGAUGGUACGGCGAGGACUACUGAGCUGGAUUUCUCGGGUGGGGAUCCUUCUUGUGUGCCUUUGUUGUCUUGUCUCUGUUUUAUAUAUGCUUGCCUGCUCGCCUAGACCAGAGGACGAACACCUGGUGUUGCCAAGGGUUAAUGGCCCUACAGGAAAAGAAGGAUACCAUGCUAUCUUGCAAGAACGGGAAGAAGAACAUCGCAACUACAUUACUAGUUUAAAAAAACAAAUUGCCCAACUGAAGGACGAACUUCAGGAACGCAGUGAGCAGCUGAAAAAUGUUCAGGGUCACUACAGUGAUUCUUUGGGAGUAAGUUUAGACCACGGAAGCCCAGAAAAGACACAGACUGACUUGAUAGACUUUCUACACACACAGGUCAACAAGGCCGAAGUACACAACGGUGUGAAGGUUCCUACUGAGUACGCAGCAAUACCAUUUGAGAGUUUUACUCUGCAGAAAGUGUACCAACUAGAAACUGGGUUAACUCGUCACCCAGAGGAGAAGCCAGUUCGGAAGGACAAAAGGGAUGAGCUUGCCGAGGCUAUUGAUGUUGCACUAGAAACUCUCAACAGUCCUGAUGGUGAACACAACACACCCAGGCGAGUGUAUGGGUCAUCUGACUUUAUUGAAGGUAAGACAUUUUUGGUAACUCUACCUGUGCAAGUUCAUAGAAAUACAGAGAGUAUCUAUGUAUUGUACAUCUGUCAGGACAAUAUGGGAGCAAAUAUUUAGCAUACUAUGCCAUUCUUAAUUUAGAUAUUGAGCUGCAGUGUAUAUUCUCUGCUCCUGUGGUGGAUCUGGUGUAAAAAACACUUUAAGCAACGAGGUUAAUUUAAGAAUUGCCAGCAUUAUGCCACCUCUCGCAUUCUGGGGUGUUUGGCACUUUGAAAUUGAUAAGGAUCAAAUCAAGUGUUUGAUAAUUUUUCAGUAUCUGCCCCUUUUCAAAUUGGUUAUGGUGCAUGCAUGCUUUUCAAAGUAAAUCACACCAGACACAUGUUUCCCGGUUGAUGAAAUACUCAGGAAUGUUUACUCAGGGGGCGGGGAGCCCCUUAUAAAGCACAAAUACAUCACACACAUAAUUACAGAUAACAGAGAAAAAUACAACAAUAAUUGGUCAGAUGUUAGGUGGUUUAUUCAAUGCACAUCCUACUGGGUGUGCAUGUUACUGUUAUCAUGAAAUUCUCCCCCGGAUUCCAGCUCCAUCUUGGUUACACAAUGGGAGGGGGUGACUCCCAGGAGCCAUUUUGUGUGGUCACUGAAUAAUACUGAUUAUUGUUAUGCAGAGUAAAUAGGCAUUUUACUUUAGCUAAUAUUCUGUCCACAACAGAAUUCAAUGUUUGAGUUGGAGCUAAACUAGAUAUUGGGGGUGGGAAAUCGCAUCCUAGAAGCAUUUAUGCUUCUGGAACAGGCUGAUCCAAGAUCACAUUGCAAUUUGCAGGUACAGAGUUAAAAAAACAAAACAAAAAAAAAACAAAGCAAAACCAAUAAUUACUGACCAGCAUUGCCAAUAUUGACCAGUCACGGCUUCAGUUCCAAUACCACAUGAUAAGUAAUGUUUUGUGCCAGUCCAAAAAAUACCUUGGAUCAAAAUGUUAAUUUCUCUUUAGUCACUCAGAGUGCGGAGAAGACUUGUCAGGUUGUAGAAUGUAGCAGAUAUUAUCGGUCACUAUAGCAAAAAAGCCUUCUAUGAAAUUGGAAAGUCAUUUGGAAAGACCAAAAUUGUUUAUGAUAUAAUAAUAUAAAUACAUUACUGUGGGUUUAAUUUUUGGGAGGUCUUUAUACUCUCAUUAAGAUAGCCUAGUAAAUUUGGAGGUCGUAUAGAAAAUGAGAAAUGAGCAUGAAUGUCCGAAAGAAGGAUUGUUUCCUUAGGAGCGGUAUUUAUGCCAGUAAACACAUUCCAUUGGUGACUCCGCCAUUUUUACAUUUUCACACCAAAUUUUAGAACAAUCUCAAACCCCUCUCCCCUGUUUUCCAGCCAAAUCUAGCGCAUGGGAAACAUUCGAACAACUCAGAGAUCGCUAAGAAAUUGUGGGAGUAGUAAAAUAAAAUUUUAGUUUUUAAAAAACAAGACAAAAAAACUCCUUAAUAAGAUCACUAAAGAAGAUCUGUUUGAUUUUGUGUGUAUGUUGUUGUUGCCGCUGUUGUGUGUGGUUUUUGUUGUUGUUGUGGUUUGUGUCUUACAUUUAUGAAUUAUCCAGCCAGCCAUAAAGAUAUUUCAAUUUCCUAGCUGCUCAAAUUGCAAAUACAUUUUUAUAUUUUUAAUAAAGUAUUUUUAAAAAAAAAUUUAAUUUUUUUUUUUUUGCGAAAUAGUAGUCAUAUUUGUUUUGCUGAUGUGCAGAGCAUCUUGUUUUAGUAAAAUGUAUGAGUUUUCCAGUGGAAUAGAGACAGCAAGUGGAAGCAAGGAGUGAGAUAAGAGCUUCGCUCAAUAAAUUUUGUCAGGUGGUGUAAAUCAGCACAUUUCUUUCAAAUGCGUGUGAUUGGUUCUACUGCCAUUCCCUCUCCUGUGUCUUGUGUGGUAUGGAAAUCCAAAUUUGUCUCUUACAAUCAGUCCUGUUUGUUAUUAAUCUAAGCUGACAUUUGCUGUAAAAAAAAAUGUCAAUUUCUCUAGAAUGUUUUCCACUAAAGAGAUCUCCGCCCCCCCUCCCCUCUCUCCCACCCCUACCCGCUACCUUGUUCUGCUCUCUGGAUAUGUUAUUGAGUCUUUGUAUUGAGACCAAGUGACUCUUCAUUGGAGAGCUUUAACUCGUUCAUGUCAAGGGCUAAGUAAAUGUCAUUGUUUGUUUUUGUAUUGACAUGUUGUGUGUCACGACGGGAUUAAAUGAAACCUUGUUUAUCAGAUUAGACAUUAUAAAAUCAUGUUACAUGUUCGACAUGGACAGGCAGGCUUGGGGGUGCAUUCAUUGGUUAGGUUUAGAUUCGGUUUUAAGGGAAAUUUUUCACAAAAACAAUGAUUGAGAAGUAGCAAUCAAGUUGUAAAAUAUUUGUUAAAAAAACAGUUUAGACAAAACUUAAGCUCCAGUUUCUGUUAUUAUAUUGUAUAGUCAAUAACACUGGUUCGUUCUGUUUGUUUUAUAUUCUUAUAUAAAAACCUGACGAGUGGUCAGCAACUCUUUAUAUUAUUAUUUUCUCUGUCUGCCUGUUUUUGGUCCAAAAAUUGUUUUCAUAUCUCCCAACAAUCUUAGGGGAUAACCAGUAUGGGCAGACCUGCCCAGAAAAGAGGUGGGUACACCCAUUGAAAGUCUUCCUGUCCAGCCACCAGCCUUCGGAAUAUGCAUUAGUACUGAGCUGCCCAGGACACGUCCCAGGUGUCCUCAGAAGCAGAACACCAGGGAGCUAAAAAACUAAACAAUUACUAUAUGCUCUAAAAAACCGAAUAAACCCUUUAAGGGUUUUUGUCCUGUUCACUAGUUGCACCUCUGCGAUACCCUGUACCUUUCUCAGGUUUACGUCCAAUAUUAAAAAAAAUAAAAAAAAUAAAAUACUUUAUUGAAGUAAAUAAAUGCAGGUACAUGAGAAAAAUACAUCUUCCCAAAUACUUUAUGGGUUGUGACAAGUAUAAAGUAACAGAUUAUGCACAAGUACAGUGAUCAGUGUUGAGAAAUACACAACAGUACACACAUUGGGUUCUGAUUGUCGUGAAGAGGUCCACUCAGGUUGUGUAUAUGCAGUGGCGGCUCUAGACUUUGUGAGGUCUUAGGCGAAACUCAAACAUGAGGCCCCCACUAACAGGACUAGUUAGCAGUCUAGGACAGACUAGGACAGGCUAGCAGCACUGAAUACAGAGAGCUAGUCUCUGUAUUCCUUGUUCAGAGGCUUGCAGUGUCACAGCUCCCUGUGCCACUGUGUUGUGAGCUCUCUGACUGUAGUUAUGGCAUCAUUUGCAAACAAAAUGAAUUUUAAUAAACAAAUUUAAUUAGCAAUUAUGCUAAUCAUUUAUACACGACUGGCAGUCGUGAAUACAUAAGUGCCAGUGUGUGUAUUUCUGAGUGUUUCUGGCAUUGUCUAUCUGUGUAUGUGCCUGAUAGUGUGUGUCUGACAGAGAGCAUCCUUGUGUGUGAAUGUAUGUCUUUAUAAGCAAACUCAGGAGGGACCUUAAUUCUCUUGAUCUCCAACAGUUGUCAGCUGACAUUGAUUCACAACUGCUGUCCAUCUCUUCCCUAUCCUGUCCUUCACUGGCCAUCUCCAUAUAUAACUCUACUCUUACAUCUGCCUUGAACACUGCAGCGCCACUCCAAACAAGCACCUCAAGGAGGACCCACCCCCAACCAUGGCAUACUAAAUCAACGCGCUACCUGCAAAGAUGCUCCCGGUGUGCUGAACGCUCCUGGAGGAAGUCUCGCACCCAGUCAGACUUUCUCCAUUAUAGAUUCAUACUGUGUUCAUACAGUGCAGCCCUUGCCCUUGCCAAACAGUCCUAUUUUUCCUCUCUCAUUAGUUCAUGUUCCCGCAACCCCAGGCGUCUCUUUGACACCUUUAAUUCUCUUCUUCGCCCCGCUGUGGCCACCCCCCAAACCAACCUUACUGCUGAUAACUUUGCAUGUUACUUCACUGACAAAAUUGAACAGCUAAGGAAAGAAUUCUCCCCUCCUUGCCUUUCUGUUUCUCAAUCACACAUUGAUCAUGCCCUUCCUACCCUUCAGACAUUCUCCCCAGCCACUGACAAAGAGGUGGCUGCUCUUCUUUGCUCCUCUCGCCCCACCACUUGCCCGCUCGAUCCUGUCCCAUCUCACCUUAUCAGAUCUCUCUCCACUUGUCUCGUGCCUUCUCUAACACACAUCUUCAACUGCUCGCUCUCUUCUGGCAUCGUCCCUGCUGACCUUAAACAUGCCACUGUAGUACCUAUACUAAAAAAACCAUCCCUUGACCCAUCCACCCCCUCUAACUACCGUCCCAUAUCCCUGCUCCCUUUUUCCUCAAAGCUUCUGGAAAGACUCGUCUUUACCCGUGUGUCUCAUUUCCUCAAUUCCAACUCUCUCCUUGACCCCCUUCAAUUUGGCUUCCGCCCUCUCCACUCUUCAGAGACUGCCCUUAUCAAAGUUACUAACGACCUAAUCGCAGCUAAAUCCAAAGGCCACUACUCCAUACUAAUUCUUCUUGACCUCUCGGCGGCCUUUGACACCGUUGAUCAUGCUCUCCUUCUUCAAACUCUGCAAUCGCUUGGUCUCUGUGACUCUGUCCUCUCGUGGUUUUCCUCUUAUCUCUCCCAACGCUCAUUCAGUGUCUCUUUUUCUAAUGAUACCUCCUCCCCUCGCCCUGUCUCGGUUGGAGUCCCCCAAGGCUCCGUCCUUGGUCCCCUUCUAUUUUCUCUUUAUACUGCCUCUCUUGGCAAACUUAUUGCCUCAUUUGGAUUCCACUACCACCUUUAUGCUGAUGACACCCAGUUAUAUCUCUCCUCCCCGGACCUCUCCCCUGCUGUCCUGCAACGUGUCACUGCUUGCCUUUCUUCCAUCUCUGACUGGAUGUCCUCCCGCUUUCUGAAACUCAAUCUCUCAAAAACUGAGCUCCUUGUCUUUCCUCCUCCUAAUACUGAUCCUCCUCUUUCGCUCUCCCUUCAAGUUUGUGGUACCAACAUCAGCCCAUCCUUGCAAGCGCGCUGUCUUGGCGUCAUACUUGACUCUGGUCUCACCUUUGAGCCUCACAUCCAGCAUGUUGCCAAAUCCUGUAGAUUCCAUCUUAAAAACAUAGCCCGCAUCCGCCCCUUUCUUGCACCAGAUACUACCAAGGAGCUUGUCCAUGCUCUAAUAAUUUCACGCAUGGAUUAUUGUAACCCUCUCCUGCUUGGUCUUCCCAAAAGCCGUACUGCACCCCUACAGUCUGUAAUGAAUGCUGCUGCUAGACUGAUUUUCCUCUCUAGUCGGUUCUCUCACACCUCACCCCUCUGCCAGUCCUUACAUUGGCUUCCUGUGUGCUAUAGGAGUCAAUUCAAGGCACUAACUCACACCUACAAAGCACUGAACAACUCUAGCCCCUCUUAUAUCUCCUCACAGAUCCACAGGUAUGUCCCUUCUCGGUCUCUCCGCUCUGCCCGUGACCACCUCCUGUCCGUUGUCCGCACCCGUACGGCCAACUCGCGCUUGCAGGACUUCUCGCGGGCGGCUCCCUUCCUAUGGAAUAGCCUGCCUACCGCCAUCCGACUCUCCCCUAGUCUUGCAUCUUUUAAGAAGUGCCUUAAAACCCAUCUCUUUAGGAAAGCUUAUGGCCUCCAAGACUAACCCCUACCUCACAUACCCGUCUCUUGCCCUCUCCUAAAGGGCAGCCCACCUUAUUUGAUUGCAAAUUCCUGUCCUAAUGUGUUUUACACCCCACCUCCUAUAGAAUGUAAGCUCGAUUGAGCAGGGUCCUCUUCAACCUAUUGUUCCUGUAAGUUUAUUUGUAAUUGUCCUAUUUAUAGUUAAAUCCCCUCUCAUAAUAUUGUAAAGCGCUACGGAAUCUGUUGGCGCUAUAUAAAUGGCAAUAAUAAUAAAAUAAUAAUAAUAAGCAUGUGUCCGUACCGUAUGUGUGUGGGGUAGCUGCUUGUGGUAUGUUGUGUUUAUGGGGGCUCCCUAUGAUCUUUGUGCAUGUGUGCGUGUAUGAUGAACUUUUUUAGUUUGUUACUGUGACAAGGUGCGUAAAGGGGUAACUGUGGCAGGGUCAGUGGGGAAAUGAGACAGGGUUGGGGGGUGAGUGUGACAGAAUGAGGGAGGGUGAGAAUGAUAGUGGGGUGAUUGCAACAUGGUUGGAGGAGGGAGUGUAACGGCAAAGGGAAGUAAGUGUGACAGGAUUUGAGGAGUUUAAUGUGACAGGGUGAGCGUGGCAUAGUUGGGGGAGUGGGUGGUAUCACGGGCUGGGAGUGAAUGUACCAUGUUUGGAGGAGGCAGUGUGACUGAAUGAGGGGAGGUGAGUGUGACAAGAUUAAGGGGGUUAGUGUGGCAGGAGUAGAGGCAUUAAUGUGAAAGGGUGAGUGUGGCAGGGUUGGGGAGGAGAGUGCGACAGAGUUUUGAGUGAGUGUGGCACGGUUGGAGGACAGGAUUGGAGGGGUUUAUGUGGUGGGGUGAGUGUGGCAGGGUGAAGGAGGUGAGUGGGACAGACUAAUAGAGGAUGAGUGUGACUGUGUUGAGGAGGUUAAUGUGAUAGGGUAAGUGAGGCAAAGCAAAGGCAGGUGAGUUUGGUAUGGUUGGAGGUGGUGAGAGUUACAGGAUUAGGAGGGGUUAAUGUGAGUGUGGCUGGGUGAAGGGGCAGACCGUGUGUGGGGGCUGAAAGUGUUUGGAAAGGUGAUAGUGUAUGUGUAGAGGAUGAUAAUGUGUGUGGUUGGGGGUGACAGUGUGUGAGGAUGAUAUGGUAAGGGUGGGGAUGAUAGGGUAUGUGUGGGGGUGACAGGGUGUGUGGAGGGGGGCUGUGAAAGGUUGCGUGUGGAGGGACUGUGACAGGGUGUGUUUGCGGGGUGGGGGUGACCACGUGUGUGUUUGUGUGUGAGGGAUGACAGAGUGUGUGGUGGGUCGGUGACAAGAUGUGUGGGGGGUGUAGGCGCUGUGAUAGGGCAGGGGGAUCUGUGACAGGGUGGAGGGUGAAGCGGCUGUGACAGGGUGGGGGUGGAGAGGCUGUGACAGUGUAGGGUGGCUAGAUGGGCUGUAUAUGGGUAGGGAGGCUAGGGGGCAGUGACAGGUAGGGGGGCUAGAGGAGCUUCCUACUCUGGUGUCGGGGCUAGAGGAGAUUUGACAGAAUAGGGGGCUGUGAUAAGGUAGGGGAGCUAAAGGGGCUGUGACAGAGUAGUGUGGCUAGAGGGGCUGUGACAGAGUAGUUGGGCUAGGUGGCUGUGACCGAGUAUGGGGGCUUGGGGGCUGUGAUAAGGUAGGGGGGAAUGGACUGUGACAGGGUAGGGGGGUAGAGGGGCUGUGACAGGGUGGGGGGCUAGAGGGGUUGUGAUAGGGUAGGGGGGUGGAGGGGCUUUGAAUAGCUGUAGAUGGGGGUUCAAAAUUACUUUUUUUUAUAUAUUACAUUGAUUCCCUGAAAGACGAGACAGGGGGGGACAUGAUAGAAACAUUUAAAUGCAUAAAGGGAAUCAACACUGUAAAGGAGGAAACUAUAUUUAAAAGAAGAAAAACUACCACAACAAGAGGACAUAGUCUUAAAUUAGAGGGGCAAAGGUUCAAAAAUAAUAUCAGGAAGUAUUAUUUUACUGAGAGGGUAGUGGAUGCAUGGAAUAGCCUUCCAGCUGAAGUGGCAGAGGUUAACACAGUAAAGGAGUUUAAGCAUGCGUGGGAUAGGCAUAAGGCUAUCCUAAUUAUAAGAUAAGGCCAGGGACUAAUGAAAGUAUUUAGAAAAUUGGGCAGACUAGAUGGGUUGAAUGGUUCUUAUCUGCCGUCACGUUCUAUGUUUCUAUGUUUCUUUCUUUUAUGCUUAAUUAAAAAGAAAAAAAGAAAAAGCAUAAGAAUAAAAUAAACUAUAAGAGUUACCAAGAUUGUAUGACAUAAAAUUUAGUUUGUCUUGGUUUAGCUAUACCUGCCAAGUGUCUUUAUUUAGGAGGGACAGUCCCUAUUUCUAUCCUAAUGUCCCUUUUUUCUAGGAGCUCCAUGUUGUUGGUGUGUCUGAGUGUAUAACAGAGCUCCACAGCAAUAAUACUCACAGUCAUGUGUUUUUAUUCAAUAAUAAAUGCGCUUAGAAAUCAGUCUGUGCCAGGGCCGUCUUUAAUACUGAUUGGACCCUGGGCAGGUAUUUGAUUUGGGCCCGUUGACCUAGCCCUUCCCCUUCCUAGCAUGCCAUCACGCCAUCAACGCCCACACACACACAAAAAAACCACACACACACUUAGCCCUCUCAUUUCUUACUGAGACAAAAUACACACACUGAGACACAUACAGAUGCAAACACUGACAUACAUAGAGAUGCACACAUACACAGGUACAGGCAUACAUAGAGAGAUACACAGACACACAAGUGCAUACACAGACACACAUGCAGAUACACACUGACACACCUUCAUACACUGAUGCACAGAUACACUGACAAACAUGCAGAUGAACAGAAACUGACAUACAUGCAGAUACACACAAUAACAUACAGAUACAUACAUGGACCCACAUGCAGAAACACACAGAUACAGACACUGACACAUAUACAGAUACAGAUACACAGACACACAUGCAGCUACACAUUCACACAGAAUGACACUCACACAGAUACAAACACAGACACCUAUGCAGACACACAUACAAACAUACACACAGAUACACAUAUACACAUAUAAACAUACACAUAUACAAACAGACACAGAGACACACAGAUACACAUAUAUACAAAGACACACAUAUGGACACACAGGGUCACAGAGAGACACAUGCAGAUACAGAAACACACACACACACACAUACAAACAGAUACACAUACACACAUACAAACAGAUAUACAUACAGACAGACACAUACAUACAUACAUACAGACAGACACAUACAGACAUGCACAUUUUUUAUGUGUUUUCUACCUUUGUAUUGCAGGAGGCUGGCUCAGGCUGAUGGGAGUCAGAGCUCCCACUCUGACUCCCUCCUUUUCUUCUCCUCCUCCCGCGCGGGAUCAUCACAGGGGGCCCGGUCGAGCUCUCAAAGCGGCCGGGCCCCUUAAAAUCCAUCGCUUUAGGGUGGCCCUUAGAGCAUUGGCGGGUGGAUGAGCCUUCACAUCGCGCGACCUGCGGUGGUAGUUCCACGCGGGCCGCACGCACUAUGGCGGCCGCAGGGCUAAAGGGGCAGCUACUUUGGGACCCCUAAGACUGACAGGGCCCGGGGCAGCUGCCCAUUUUGCCCCGUGUUAAAGACGGCCCUGGUCUGUGCAAAUAAGAAACAUUGUUGUGAAUCUAAAUUUAACUUUAGUAACACAAAUUAUUAGUAAAUCACCUAAAAAUGAUCAGACCUUCCCUGCCCUUAGCCGCGCACCCCACUCACACCGCUAAAAUUAACUUGUCCCUCUAUGUCCAUUUGAAAUGUUGGGAGAUAAGGUUUACUGGUUACAUUCAUGUAGCUGGAAACAAUUUGACUCUGUUGUCGAUUCCUGUUUCAUUUGUUGCUUUGCUGCUGUGUUCACUAAUGGAACGAGUGAUAAUGUUUGUCAGAAAAACUCGUUUCCUGCCUUUCCGACUCACCCUGUUCUUUUCAUGUGAUAUCGAUUUAGAAAGAAUUCAUUCGGGCACGAGUUACAAGCUCUAAUUGUAUUAAAAUAAACGGAAAGACCUCAUCUCCCUUGCCUGCCUGGUAUUGUCAUUUGCUGGCUUUAAUAUUCUCUAUUCUGUAGCUGUUUAAGGUGAUAGGAGGUUACACCAGCAGCGAAAUGGGAGUGGGGGCUGGGUUGAGGCACUGCACUUAGCAAAUUAAAGUCAUAACUUUAACAUUUGAGUCUUGGCAGCCGCUUGAAUUAAAGUAAUGAUGUUGAUUUCUUGUUAGGCUAUUUUCAUUUGAGGCUCAUCAGUAGGCUUUUGAUGUAUGACCUAUUAAGAAUUGGGAUGCCUGCCAGAUGUGCAAUCUGAAGCUAUCCUUCCUCCACAAGUGUAUAGGUGAAUUAUGACAGGAUCCCUACAGAAUAACUCUGCAGCUUUUGGAACAAGUGAACACUUCAGGAAAAACUCAUGGUUUAAUCCGGAUAAGGAUAAAACUCAGUGCAUUUCCAUAGAUCGGUGUGGUCUGCGUUUGUUGUACGGUAUUUGAGAAUACGUGAUCACGACAUGAAGUCUUAACGUGUUCGUAGCUAUGAUUAAAUUAAUUGGUACAUUUUGCUUAAUAAUCUGCAUCUAAAAUAGCCAGCUGUCCAAAUGAUUACUACUGGUCAGAUUUAAUUGCCAAAAAGCACUGCAAAAGUGGUGUCAAAUCCAAUAGUGAUCUGCGAUAUUGGUGCCCCACAUUUCAGUUGUGUCAUUCACAAAUACGUGUUUGGUCGUCUUCAAUUAAAGGGACACUUCAGACCCCUAAAGCACUUAAACCUGCUGAAAUGCUUUAUAUGUGAAUAGUGUGUCUUUUUUCAUAUUACAAAAAGUGUAGAUUUAAAAAAAGAUUUACACUUUUAUAAAUUAAAAUGAUUACACCCUUGGCUUUCAAUCAGACAGCAUGCCCUGUUACUUCCCUUAUUUGUUUAGCUCAGUGGAGCUAACCGCAAGAGGCAGUAAUUGCGCAGAGCACCUGCCUUGCAAAGACCUCUCACUGAGCUGCAUUGGGAAUUCUAUGAUUGGACAACAACAGAAAGUAUGGGUGAGGUUAGAAGGGGAGGGCUUGCAAAGUCUGCAGAUAAAACAAUGACAGGUUUUGCAAGCUGUUUUUAGAUAGACCCCAAUGGAAAAAAUGCACAAUUAAAUGCAUGUUGAUUUUUAUUAGGAUUAUAUCAACUAAAUAGUAUUUUUUAUUUAUUUUGUAUUUGGCUGCAGGUUGCCUCUUUUAACCCCUUAAGGACCAAUCUUCUGGAAUAAAAGGGAAUCAUGACAUGUCACACAUGCCAUGUGUCCUUAAGGGAGAAUCUAAGCACCAAGACAACUUUAUCUUAAUAAAGCAGUUAUGGUGUAUGGAUAAUGCCCCUGCCGUCUCACUGCUCAAUUCUCUUAUAUUUUGGAGUUAAAUCACUUUGUUUGUGCAGCCCUAGUCACACCUCCCCUGGUUGUGACUCACAAAGCCUUCCUAUACACUUCCUGAAAAAAAGAGUUAGUAUCAAACAGAUUAACAAAGACCAGGACUCUAGGUGGGGGCCCCAAUCUGGCACUCUGCCUACACCCCUGGGCAAGAGCUCUGUUGUCACCAUGCCCCCGAAUAACAACACUCCUGUUCAGGAGGCCAAGAAUAAUCAAAAAUGCCUUAUUGAACACAAGGACUAGCCUUCAACAACAUGCAAAACGUAUGGUGACACAAUCUAAAUAAUUGGUCAAAUAUAACAGUACAGGGUAACAAGUGCUAAAUAUCAAAACACAAUAAAUUACUACUCAAAAGGGUUGAGGAGGGGAUCAGAAGAGCACAUUUUAAAUCAACACUCCAAGCAUCAUAACCAGUACAGUUUCAAGUAGUGACCUGGUGCCCCUAUUGUAAGUAUUAAAACUCUAUUUGAAUGUUUUACCUGGAGUCUGCUGGGGGCCACUUCCUGCAUUUAAUAUGAACACCUGCCAUUAAAAUGAUUGAAACCGCAACACCAGGAAGCAAAUAGUAGGAUUUUAAUUCCACCACAGUGGACUCGGCUACGUUUUGACCCUAUUGGGUCUUUGAUCUGCACCCAGUCAUAUAUUUUGAGUGGAGGGGGGUAGAAGCAUCUGGCGGUCUCCAGCUUAGAAGGCAAACCAUUCAAAAACGGUUUGCUUACAGUGGACAGGCACCAUGGCACUCAUGACAGUGAGCUGUAGUGGUUAUGUAGAUGUACAUACAUUGCUGCCCAUCACGUCUACAUUUUAUAAUUUCUGUGACUGUCACUUAUAUGUAAAUUUAUGAGUCAUCUAUCCUAAAGGGUUAGUUAGUUAAGUACUCAAGAAAGUGACAUAUGUGAGCAGGCCCGGACUGGCCAUCGAGCAUACCAGAAAUAUCGCAAAUGCCCGGUGGGCCGCGAUGGCCAUGGGCCAAGGCCGACAGGAGAGAUCAAGAGAUCUCCCCUGCCAGCCCAUGCAGAGCUGGCACUAUCCGUGCACUGGCCCGGCUGUGUGCCUUCAUGGACCUGUGGGGAGAUCAAGGAUCUCCCUCAACGGCCCACAGGGAGUGAAAAGCAGCCGCCGCCUGCGGAGGGAGACAGCAGAGGACCAGGGGGAGCUCUAGCCUGCAGCUCCGCUGGGUUCCUCUUGCGAGGUUGGAGCUUUGCUGCGGUUACCAUGGCAAUGCUCCGAUCUUGAGAGAGUGAACUCUAGCCCCACAGGCUAAAGUUCACUCACCACUAGGACCACCAGGAAUUGUAGCACGGUCCUCCCUCCCAGGCAUAAGGUAAGAAGGGAGGGGGGAUACAAUGUUUUUUUAAUAAAAAAAAAAUAUAUAUAUAUUUACAUUAAUCUAUCUCCCCCACACACACAUACACAAUACCUCCAAGCAUAUUCACACACAGUACCCCUCACACAUGGGCGUCCGCAGGAAUUUUUCCAGGGGGGGGGCAUAAUUGUAAUGACAUCCAUGCUUGGUACCUUUUUGACAGUGUCAUGAAAGGGAAGGGGCAUAGCCAUUAUCACAUAAAGCCAGGGUGAAUAGCGUUUUCACAACUAUGGUGUCAGGAAUAUAUGUUUGUAUUCCUGACACUAUAGUGUUCCUUUAAGCAAAUUAAAGGACCAUUCUGGUCACCAUAACAACUUCACCUAAAUGAAAAUGCUAUGAUGCCAGGAAGCCCCUGGGUGCUCGCUUUCCUUUAAGGGGUUAAAUCGCUCUCAAAUGGUUUAACCCCAAAGGCUUCCUCCAGCUCCAGGUCGCUCAGUGGUAUUUGGCUUCUGAAACAGAGUGUCAGGAAGUGCAGAUUGACGUCAGGCAUGGGUGCCGCUGAUUGGCUAGAGUGGUCAGUUGACGCUCUAAGCCAAUCGCUAGUUCCCGGUUCAUAAAAUAUUUUUACUUUUUUAUGAAUGGGGAGCUACUGAUUGGCUUAGAGUGCCAGCUGACCGCUCUAGCCAAUCAGCAACACCCCUACCCAACGGCACUCUGUGCUUCCUGACACUCAGUAAAUAAAAGUGAACACAUUAACACCAAUAUUUUUUUACCUUUGGAGAUGAGAAGGUCCAGCGUUUCCCUGCCAGGCACUUUACCUUUGUGCUCCUUCUGAUUCUUUCUGCUCCUUUACCUUUGUGCUCCUUGCUGUCCCUUUGUGCUCCUUCCUGCUCCUUGCAGGCCCUUCCUGCUCAUUCUCCUACUUUAUGUUUGUGCUCCUUCUGCCCCUUCCAGCUCAUUUCUGACCCUUUCUGCUCCUUCUACUUUACCUUUGUGCUGCUUUACCUUCCAGCUCCUUGCUGACCCUUCCUGUUCAUUUCUAUAUAUCUAUAGGCUGCUGCCCCCUCCCCAAAUCUAUGGGCUGCUGCCCCCCCAAAUCUAUGGGCUGCUGCCCCCCCAAAUCUAUGGGCUGCUGCCCCCAAAUCUAUGGGCUGCUGCCCCCCUCCCCAAAUCUAUGGGCUGCUGCCCCCCCAAAUCCUUGCCAAUCUAGGCUGCUGCCCCCCAUCUAAGGCUGCUGCUGCCCUCAAAUCUAUAGGCUGCCUUUACUCCCCAAAUCUAUGAGCUGCUGCCCCAAAAUCUAAGGCUGCUGCCCCUCCCCAAAUCAUGAACUUGCUGCCCCCCCUAAUCUAUGAGCUGCUGCCCCGUCUAAAGGCUGCUUCCCCCCCUCCCCGUCUAUGGGCUGCAUUUAAAUCUAUGGGCUGCUGCCCCAAAUCUAUGGGCUGCUGCCCCAAAUCUAAAACUGCUGCUGCCCUCAAAUCUAAGAGCUGCUGCCCCCCUCCCCAAAUCUGUGGGCUGCUGCCCCCCCAAAUCCUAAAGGCUGCUGCCCCUCCCCCAAAUCUAUGAGCUUGCUGCCCCAAAUCUAAGGCUGCUUCCCCCCCCUCCCCAAAUCUAUGAACUGCUGCCCCAAAAUCCUAAAGGCUGCUGCUGCCCCUCAAAUCUAAGGCUGCUGCCCCCCUCCCCAAUCUAUGGGCUGCUGCCCCCCAAAUCAUAAAGGCUGCUGCCCCCAAAUCUAAAGGCUGCUGCCCCAAAUCCUAAAGGCUGCUUCCCCCCUCCCCAAAUCAUGGGCUGCGGCCCCCAAAUCUAUGAGCUGCCCCAAUCUAAAGGCUGCUGCUGCCUCAAAUCUAAAGGCUGCCCCCCCCUCCCCCAAAUCUAUGGGCUGCUGCCCCCAAAUCUAAGCUGCCUCCCCCCAAAUCUAGCAGACUUGCUGCCCCAAAUCUAUUCUGCUGCCCCCCCCCCCAAAUCUAUAGGCUGCUGCCCCCCUCUCAAACCCUCCCCCCCAUCCCUCACUCCCCUGAUCUGUAGGCUGUCUCUGGCUGCAUGUGCUGUUCCCCUGCGGUUUCAAUCAGCAGAGAGAUGCAGGGAUAAGAUGCAGCUUCCUAUCCCUGUCUCUCUCCAUACACGGUAUUGCAGUUCAUUUUAAAUCUCACACAAAAUAGCAGAACAAGCGGAAAAAUCCGCAACCCAUACAUUCCCCUCACACACACACAUUCCCCUAUGCACACAAUAGAUUCCUUGUAAGCAAAUACACACACUCUACAACUUCUAUACACACUAUGCUCCCUAUACACACAUUCUAACUCUGUACAGCUCCUAGCCACACAUUACCCCACAAACGCAACGCAACUGAAACCGACCUAUUUACACAAUAUCACACCACAAUCAGCUCACUCUACACACACACAAUCCCUCAAGCAGGCUCCAAACACAUGCACAAUACUCUUUCCUGGCCCUUUUGUCUCCUGGUAUCCCACUUAUGGAGACACCAGAGACACGUUACAAGAAAACACAAUGCAAGCAUGUUAAUAAAAAUGCUUGAACUGCGCAGAACAAAUACAGAGCCUUUUUCUCAUGCUAUAACUCUACGCAUGGUCUGCCCUGGAAGAGCAUUGAACCAACAUGCUUACUUUAAGAGGGGGCGUGCUGCCUAUUGGUAAUGAUAAAACACACCCCCUAUAGCCUGCUACCUUCUCAGUGGGCCGCUGUGGUAAAAAAAAUGCCCGGGCCCAAUUUUUUUUCCAGUCCAGCCCUGCGUGUGAGUAUUUAGCUUCAAUUAAUUGACUAAUUAAUUGUGUAAAUUUAAUUUUUAGCAAAAACUGGAGAGUUGUACAUUCUAAUUUAUACAUACCCCAUUAGGCACUUCGAAAUCAGCCAGGAGUUUACCGGCAGCGUCAGUCAUUCAGCAGAGUGAAUUCCAGUCCAAGAGUCAUGAGAAACAUUGAUCACAUAAAACAGUUAUAGUAUCAUGAGAGGCUAAAUGAAGUGUCAGGUUUCGUUUUAUAGUUGCAGACUGGAACAAGCUUUAUUUCUAAGAUCUAAUCAUGUAAUGGAAUUACCAGGAGAGAAACCUGGAUGAAAAAAUGGCAUCAAUAUCUCCACGACCUUUUCUAUUUGGCAGUCAGUGCCAUGCAGGUACAGCAAAUCCUAAAAAUAGAAGGUGCGUUAAUGCUCUGAAAGUAGUUUUUAAACAAAUGUGUCUUUAAUUAUGCAGUGCAAACCAAUUUAUUUUACAUAGGUAAUAUACAAGACAAAACAGAAGAAGGUUGCGCCAAAGCUGGCUAAAGUGCAGCUGAAGUGAACAAAGUCCAAAGUGUAAGUCAAACAAAGUCUUUAGCUGGGGCUGAUGAGGCAACGAACGCCUAUGUGGAGGAGUAUUCUCUCUAAGGGUCGCUUGAAGAUGGUUUUACAGGAUCCGUAUGUAAAGAAAGAAACAAACAAUAGUGCAAAUACGUCUGAUACGAGGGUUUAUAUGCAAGAAGAAGAGAUCUAUAGUAAUCCUACUCACGUGUAGUAGAGCUGAACUAGUUCUAGUAUGAAUAGCGCACAGCAGUAUAAUCACCGCUUGUAGGAUGCGUGUAGAGGGUUAAGUCUUUUGCCGAUAUGUAGAUCAUAAGGGAGAAGAGAAACAACUAAUAGUGCUCGCUGUAUAGAAACUCAUAUAAGGAGUAUAAAUAAUAAAAUGUGUACUCACAUAGGAUUGAGCAGGUGGACUGCUCAAUGACUUAGGCGUGAGUGGUAUAAUCCCCACCUCGGAUGUCUUUGGAGUAAUACUCAGCAGGAGAGAGAAAAUCAGGAUACCAAGCAAAAUUUAAAAAUAAUAAAUAAAAGAGUAAAAUGGCACAAUCAGAGUGAUUUAAAAGUAGCCAAAGUACCUUUAUUUAGAAUACAGAGUAAAAUAUAAAUAUAUAUUUUACUCUGUAUUCUAAAUAAAGGUAUUUUGGCUACUUUUAAAUCACUCUGAUUGUGCCAUUUUACUCUUUUAUUUAUACUAGAGCUGGCUUAAGCUCUACUAAACGUGAGUAGGACUGUAUUAGACUCUGUUGUUAUAUACACCAUCUUUACCAAAUGUACUGCCCUAUCAUCUGUCUUUCUCUUCCACAUACGGAGUAAAAGACCAAUACUUCUCUACGUAUCCUAUAAGCGGGGAUUGUACCGCUGUAUGCCAUCCACACUAGAGCUAGUUCAGCUCUACUACACAUGAGUAGGAUUACUAUAGAUCUCUUCUUCUUGCAUAUAAACCCUCGUAUCAGACAUAUUUGCACUAUUGUUUGUUUCUUUCUUUACAUACGGAUCCUGUAAAACCAUCUUCAAGCUACCCUUAGAGAGAAUACUCCUCCACAUAGGCUGUCGUUGCCUCAGCAGGCCCAACUAAAGACUUUGUUUUGGCACCACUUACACUUUGGACUUUGUUCAUUUCAGCUGCACUUUAGCCAGCUUUGGCGCAACCUUCUUCUGUUUUGUCUUGUAUAUUACCUUUGUUCAUAGGGUUUAGAGGGAACCCUAUUUUUAGGUUGCUACCUCUUACUUUAUCUAUUUAUAGGAUUGGUCUAUUUUAGCGCUGUUUCCUUCUUUCUACAUUUCAAUUUAUUUUACAGACUAUAUAUGGUCAGGUCAUCUGUACUUAACUUUAAUCAAUAUAUGUCAAUAUAUAUGUAUAUGUGUGUGUCUGUAUAUAUCUAUGUGUAUGUUGUAUCUAGGCCUUCAUGCAUAUUUUGGAACUCUUAGAUGUGAAUUCAUACAUUCUUAAUCUGUCAUUACUUUUUUUACGUUCCCCUUUCCAGCACCCUUUUCUGCACGGUUUGCUUGUUUUUCUUUCUCCCCCCUUUACUUUGUGAUCUUCACACAAUACAUGUAGGACCCUCUGUGAGAGUGGUGUCUAUUUUUCUGCCAAACAUGUGCCUUAUCUGCACUCAUGUUGCUUUAACCCCUGUAUCACAACUCAACUUUGAAUUUUCUGUGUCGAAUUUGCUCAGAAAUGCUUUAGACUUGAGAAAGGGAGGUUCUCCCGAAAGCUUGUCAUUAAAAAAUUCUGUUAGUGGAAUAAAAAUGGUAUUACAAGAUACGAAUUUUAUCUGUUAUUUUACAUCUGCAUUUCUGGACUAAUACGGCUACAAUCUAUCUAUUUUCUAUUUAUUUAUUUUAACAAUAACCUGUACAAUCAAAAUCACAUACACGAUAAGAAAAAACAAAACAACCCCCCACUGCUAUCUAUGCUACACUAUCAGCUAGUGACCUUCAUAUUUCCUGCAUCUCUAGUCCUGGUGACCAUUUUUGUAUCUUUGUUGAUGGUAACAUUUCCUCACCGCCCACCAGUGCCACAGUAACUAAUUUUACAGCGCAACUGGGUUUUUUUUUUGUUUGGUUUUUUUACAAAGGAGGGUUUUUUUAAAAAAUAAAAAAAAUUGUACUUAAAUGUAUCUUUUUUUGUAUUUCUCUAUUUUCUAUUCUAUUUUCUUUCUGUGUGUGUGUGAAGUGUGCUCUGUGUGUGAAGUGUGUGAAGGGUGCAGUGUGUGUAUGUCUGUGAGGUGCAGUGUGUGUGAGUAGUGCUGUGUGUGUCUGUGAGGGGUGCUGUAUGUGUGUAAAGGGUCCAGUAUGUAUGUGUGUGAGUGUUGCAGUGUGUGUUUGAGGGGGCAGUCUGUGUGUGUGCAUGUGGACAGCAGUCUGUGUGUGAGAGGGCAGUGUAUGUGUAUGAGGGGUGUAGUGUGUGUUUGUGUGUGAGGGGGCAUAGGGUCUAUGCUGUGUGUAGGUGGGUGAGAUGUGAAAAUCUAUCUUAAUGUCUCCUUCUCCCUUCUUCUUACCUUUUACCAGGGGGGGGCAUAAUGCUGCAAGCCCUGGUGGUUUCUUUGGUGGCAUGUUCACUUUAGCCUGCACUGAUCCUCCGGCUGCAGGCUGACUCUCCUGUCCUCCUGCGAGCACAGCACUGUAUCAGAGUGUUACCAUCGUAAUUCGCGGCAACACUCCGACCAGCCUACUCGUGAGAGGAACACCGAGCCUCCCAGGCCCUUCCCACCCUCUGCUGGAACUAAGUGCCAGCGAGACGGUGAGGGAGAUCUAUGAUCUCCUCACCAGCCCGAGAGGGCUUACAGCAAGGCUGGCUCUGCAUGCGCCGGCAGGGGAGAUGAAAGGAUCUUCCCUGCGAGCCUUGGCACACAGCCAUUGAGGCCCACCAGGCGUUUUCCACAGAACCCACAACCACCCACCUGAAAUCCUAGUGGGCGGUAGGUACCAGGUUGACUACCCCUGGUCUAAAGAGUAAGAGUUUUAAAAGUGCAACAGUCACCAUGGAAACCGUCACCAUUGGACGUUCCUGCAGCUAGUUCCACUGUUAGGACUUUACUGCAGAUUUUACACUUCUUAUCUGCUAGCAACAUUUUUUUAAUGUCUGCUUUGUUACAUCCAACUAAAAUGACCUUUUGCAGUAUUAAUGAAACAGACAAUGAAUGCCUGUAGUGCAGUUUUGAUUAACCUUGGUAUUGCAGGUGUCUGUGGGCUGGGUUUUUACUAAUUAAAUGUCAGUCAUGGCAAUAUACACAUAAUAUGUGAAAUUUCACAUUUUUGUCUGUUAAACAUUUUACUGAAACAGAAGAAACCCUGCAUUUCUCAGUGACUGCAGAGAGACACCAGUUCUUAUAAUAAGAAAAAAACUCAAAGUUUAACUUGAAGUUGUGUUUGGGCUGGCACACAGCACCAAUCAAUGCACUGCCCGAAUUAAAAGGCUGAUUAGCAACCAGGAAAUCCACAGAUUUGGAUAAUUGAACUGUUGACUCAUUGGGACAAUAAAAAUAGGACAUUUUUCACAUUUGGUUUUGAACUCCAAUAUACACUGCCUGGCCAAAAAAAAAAAGUCGCCACCUGGAUUUCAUUAAGCAAAUAGGUAAGAGCCUCCUAUUGGAUAGCUACUGCAUGGGCGAUUAUCUUUCAGCUAGCAACAAGUUAUUUAACCCCAACUGAUGCAAUGAGUAGCUUCUCAUUUCUUAAACAACCAUGUUGAAAGGCACAUCCCGUGGUCGUGGAAAAGAUGUUAGUCUGUUUGAGAUGGGUCAAAUCAUUGGCAUGCAUCAAGCAGAGAAAACAUCUAACGAGAUUGCAGAAACUACUAAAGUUGAGUUAAGAACUGUCCAACACAUUAUUAAAAACUGGAAGGAUAAUGUGGAACCACCAGUGAUGGGCGCAUCAGGGUAAGAAGAGAGGCAGAUGAAGUGAUCAUCAUGCCUACUGUACAAGCCUGUGGGGGCAGUGCUAUGAUCUGGGGUUGCUGCAGUUGGUGUGCUCUAGGUUCAGCAACAUUAUGUGCCCAAAGAAUGAGGUCAGCUGACUACCUAAAUAUACUGAAUGACCAGGUUAUUCCAUCAAUGGAUUUUUUCUUCCCUGAUGGCACGGGCAUAUUCCAAGAUGACAAUGCCGGGAUUCAUCGGGCUCAAAUUGUGAAAGAGUGGUUCAGGGAACAUGAGACAUCUUUUUCACACAUGGAUUGGCCACCACAGAGUGACCUUAACCCCAUUGAGAAUCUUUAGGAUGUGCUAAAAACGGUUUUGCACAGUGGUCCGACUCUCCCAUCAUCAAUACAAGAUCUUGGUGAAAAAUGAAUGCAACACUGGAUGGAAAUAAAUCUUGUGACAUUGUAGAAGCUUAUUGAAACAAUGUCACAGCGAAUGCGUGCUGUAAUUAAAGUUAAAGGCGGUCCAACUAAAUAUUAGAGUGUGUAACUUUUUUAUUUGCUGGCACCCUUUUUUUUUGCCAGGCAGUAUAUAUUCUGAUCAAAAACUGAAACUUUACGACUUCUUUAAAGUGAACCUGUUGUCACCUCACCUCAGAUUCAGCACCAUCAUAUCCUCAUCAGAGGGGGAUAUUAUGCUUCUGUAACACCCACCUCUAAUCUGCUCAUGCUCCACCCACUGUUUUCUUUGAUUUGCCCAGUCUAGGGAUGCUUCUCAAAUCAGGUUUCAGUGCCAGUAUGCAGGCGUUUGAACAUAGUGACUUCAUUCCUAUACUCGCUAGGCAGUGCUUAAAGCAUCGACGAGGGAAUUACCAUAGCAACCACAGUGCAUGAGCUGUGAUUGGCCAGGUUAGAGAGCAGAAAGACUGCGUAUGGGAGGAUUCUUCUGUUCUCCCUUGUCAGUCAUUUCUUCACCACAGAGUCUAUGCCAGGCAUAGGCAACCUUCGGCACUCCAGAUGUUUUGGACUACACCUCCCAUGAUGCUUUGCCAGCAUGGGUAUAUGAGCAUUAUGGGGGAUGUAGUCCACAACAACUGGGGUGCCGAAGCUAUAUACUGUAGACAGGUGGGAGAAAUCUGUACAUGUUCUAGCAAACUUGCUAACACACUGUAUAAGAUAGAGUUACUAAAAUGAGAAUUCAAAGUCUAUUUCAAAUCUACGGUUAAAAUAGCCAAACUGGAAAAAUCUUCUCUAGUCUAAAAUUAAGCAUUCACUGUCAAUUGUCGAUUGAGUGAAUAAGCCUUGAGAAUACUGCCAUGCUUAAGUGAUUAGUCUGCAACCGCACAGAUUUGUCACACCUCUCGUGUGUCUGUUUCCCCAAACAUCCAUAUUUAAAGUUUCCAAGUAAUUACAGUAAUAGUUCAUUUAAAAUGUUAUUUCCAAAAAUUAAGUAUGACUCAUGAUUCCAUUUUUGGAAAUAGAGUUGUAUGCAAUGAAAGGAACCACAUAAUUCUAAUUAAAUUAUACUUUAACUAAGAUAACCUUUGGUUUUAUCUAUUUUAAUUUUAUGAUGGAAAAAUGAUUUAAAACGUGAUGGCAGAACAUGUUUUAACCAUCUUAUUUUUAAAAAUGUAUUUAUUUUUCUUCUUAAUUCUUGGUAGACACAUGUAGCCUCACCUGUUAAAGGGACACUAUAGUCACCAGAACAACUACAGCUUAUUGAAUUUGUUCUGGUGAGUAGAAUCAUUACCUUCAGGCUUUUUGCUGUAAACACUGUCUUUUCAGAGAAAAUGCAGUGUUUACAUUACAGCCUAGUGAUAACAUCACUCACCACUCCUCAGAUGGCUGUUAGAGAUCCUUCCUGGGUUAUGGCCGCCUAAAAUGCAUGUAAACAUUCAGUGUCUCCUCCCUCUGCAUGCAGACACUGAACUUUCCUCAUAGAGAUUUAUUGAUUCAAUUAAUCUCUAUUAGGAGAUGCUGAUUGGCCAGGGCUGUGUUUGAAUCAUGCUGGCUCCGCCCCUGAUCUGCCUCCUUGUCAGUCUCAGCCAAUCCUAUGGAGAAGCACUGUGAUUGGAUCAGGCCACCACUUCUGCUGAUGUCAGCAGACUGCUUGUUUUUUUCUGAGGCAAAGAGGCACGCAGAUCUACAGCUUCAGGCUUGAAUACAGUAAGAUUUCUAUAUCUAGGGAGGCAUGAGGGGCCCAGGGGGGCUAGAUUUAUUUAUUUAUUAUUUAUUAUUGCUAUUUAUAUAGCGCCAACGGAUUCCGUAGCGCUUUACAAUAUUUUGAGAGGGGGGGUGUAACAAUAAAUAGGACAAUUACAAGAAAACUUACAGGAACAAUAGGUAGAAGAGGACCCUGCUCAAACGAGCUUACAGACUAUUGGAGGUGGGGUAUUUGAAACAUUAGGACAAUAAAUAUCAAGUAGGAGUGAAGCAGAGCUGGAGGAGAGAGCAAAGCACUGUCCCAUAGGAGAGAGCAGGAGACAGGUAUGUAAGGUAGAGAUUACUCUGGGAGGCCAUAAGCUUUCCUGAAGAGAUGGGUUUUAAGGCCCUUCUUAAAUGAUUGAAGACUAGGGGAGAGUCUGAUGGCAGUAGGCAAGCUAUUCCAUAGGAGAGGAGCCGCCCGCGAGAGGUCCUGCAAGCGCGAGUUGGCCGUACGGGUGCGAGCAGCGGUCAGGAGGUGGUCACGGGCAGAGCGGAGGGUACGUGGAGGGGCAUAUUUAUGGAUCAGUGAAGAGAUAUAAGCGGGGCUAGAACUGUUCAGUGCUUUAAAUGUAUGGGUUAGCACUUUGAAUUGACUCCUAUAGCAUACAGGGAGCCAAUGUAAGGACCGGCAGAGGGGUGAGGUGUGAGAGGACCGACUAGAGAGGAAAAUCAGUCUAGCUGCAGCAUUCAUUACAGACUGUAGCGGGGCAAUACGGCUUUUGGGGAGACCAAUCAGGAGAGGGUUACAGUAAUCCAUGCGGGAAAUUACUAGAGCAUGGACAAGCUCCUUGGUAGCAUCUUGCGUAAGAAAGGGGCGAAUGCGGGCUAUGUUUUUGAGUUGGAACCUACAGGACUUGGCAACAAACUGGAUGUGAGACUCGAAGGUGAGACCAGAGUCAAGUAUGACGCCAAGACAGCGCGCUUGCAGGGAUGGACUUAUGUGGAUAUCACUGACUUGAAGGGAGAGCGAGAGAGGAGGAUCAGUAUUAGGAGGAGGAAAGACAAGGAGUUCAGUUUUAGAGAGGUUAAGUUUCAGAAAGCGUGAAGACAUCCAGUCAGAGAUGGAAGAAAGGCAAGCAGUGACACGUUGGGGUUUUGACACUAUAGGGUAAGGAAUACAUGUUUGUGUUCCUGACCCUAUAUUAAUCCUUUAACUUUGGAAAUCCCAUAAAUCCCACCUGUGAGGAGUGCUAUUGGAAUGUAGUGGUUUAUGGUAUCACUUAAUAGUAGUUGUCCAGGUUUAUAACCAGUUGCUUAUACUAUAUAAAACAAUCAAAGUGACUCUCCAGCUGAUGAGAAGUUACAUCACCCAAAACAGUUCUACAGUUGAAGGCGGUAGCCCAACUGCAAGAGAGAUCCUGCGACCAGCCCAUGUUAGAUCACGGUGCUCUCCAGAAAGAAAAUAAAUAAAUAAAUGGAUGUCUGCAGUCAGAGCGUUUUGCUCAAGUUCUGUGUUUUCUGACUCAUUCUACCGUUCCGUCUGUCUACCAGGCACAAUCUGACAGGUCUAUUUUUGGCUCGCAUAGCAAAAAUAUGUCUGUACAUCUUACAUAUGCAUUUAUUUGUAUUUUGCACAUAUUUCUUACUUAAUUAUGCAUUUUGAGUGCCUUUUUUGGGAAUUGUAUAAGCUUGAAGAUUGUCUAUAACACAUUGGAUUUUUUUUUAUAUUCAUUGGAGUUUUUAUGCUUGUAGAAGCAUAAGAACAUUUUAUUUGAAGACUUGUCUCUUCGUGAGGGCUGGAUACAUUGAUUUUUUUUCCCCCCUGUAUUAUUUAUAAAUAUGUCUUCUAAAUAAUUUUUAAAGGCUAAGAUAACUUAUGGGGCUAUUUUAAGUUCAUAUGUCCAGUUAAAUCUGGAAUAGGAAUGUCAUUAAAAUCUCUAGAAUGUAGGUGGAUUUAGUCUACCACUUACUCUGUUAAUCAUUUUGUAGUUUCUAAAGGAAAUAAAAUAUUAUAUUAUUGGUUGUAAAGGGAAGCACUGAGCAUCAUAAUAACAUACGCAUUAAAACACAAGUUAUAGUGAAAACUAACCAACAUGGAUCUCCUUUCAUGUGCAAAAAGCCCACCCCUUACUCAUAUAUGUCACGGGGGAAUGUUUGCUUUCCUGCAGGUAUGCCAAGUAGCAAAUUGUGCUCAGUGUCCCAUGUUUUGUACUCUGUUGACACUUUUCUAUUGGUGUGGUUUUUAGAGAAAAAAAGUGUGACCGAUUUGUUUAUACAUCUGCUUAUGCUAGAGUAUAUAUUUGUACGUAUUUACUACUUUGGCACGGCAGGAAUCGGAAUGGUGGGUGGCCUUUUUGAGGGGGCAUCUCCAAUGGCGAGCCCAUCCCAGAAAGUAGGCGAGUGCACCAGCUGAAGGGGCCAACUGUGGGCCUGGCGUCAAGCACAUCAGGCUUACAGACAGGCUCCCAGCCAGCCACCUGCAUAGAGGACCAUGCAGAGAGCACUGCGGAAGUGGUCUCUGCAGGGUUCUAGUGACCACUUCACUUCACAGCCUGAGUGCAUCUGGUGGUGCACUUGCGCUAUGCUGCCCAUGGACAGUUCCUUGGUGUGUCCUCAAAUACGGUACUGAAUUCCUUGGGUAGGUUACAACAUGGAACUUAAGCGUGACUGCGGUACAGGACUACAAAGGGGAUGGGGCUGGAAAGGGGAUGAUGAGACCCACUGAGAGUUUGGGGGAAAGGACACACAAAGGGGGCCAAAGGAGCUGGGAAAGGGUAAACGAGACAUAGGGGCUGGUGGAAGAGACGCACACAGAAACUGAGGAUGGAGAGAAAGAGACAUAUAAACAUAGACUGUUAAUGGGGUGGAAGAGACACAGAGUAGCUGGGGAUUAGGAGAAAGAGAGACAAACAGGUUAAGGGAGGGUUGAAAGAGACACACAAAAUGGGCCGGUGGGAGGAGACAUUCAAAAGGGUCUGUGGAAGAGAUGUACAAAAGGGACUCAGAGCGGAGACACAGGCACACAGAGGGACUGGGAAAGAGGAGACAGAGACACGCAAAAAGAACAUGGUGCAGAUAAAUACAUACAGGGCUGUAGAGUAGGUGAAUAAUGCCCACUAGGGUAUUUUAAAUUGAUAAAAAGGUUUAAAUAUAUGUCAUAAGUGCACAUACUAAUGCAAAUCCUGGGAAGUGACAUCCCCCCUUUAAUAUGGCAUGUCAGUGUGACAAAGUCAUGUAGAGGGAGCAUUUCUCAGGAAAGACAAGGCAAGUCAUGAAAUUAGGUCCUGCUGUAGUUCUUUUUGGCCAAGAGGAAGCAGACACACCUCAAAAAGAGUAAUGCAAAAUCAAUAAAAACAUUUUAUUUACAAGGCUGACCCUAGCCUACCCUAUGCUUCCUGGCUUUUCAAGCACAAAGAAAACAUGUUUCCAUGAUACUGUCUGCCCUUUAAGAAAUGCCAGGCGUCUGUAUCUAAAUAUUAGUCUGUGGCUUGCUUCACUUUCCUGUCUAAUGUGCUGAACUAUAAGAAGGCAAAAAGCAUGCUUUGUUCUAAGCUGUGGCAACUGUGUAAAUAAGUGAUGUAACUCAGGCAGGAAGAAUGGACAGUCUGUUCCUUAAAGGGACACACCGCUGCCCAUAUUGGGAAAAAAUAUAUAUAUCACAGUUUAGUAGAUACCUCCCCAACAAAUACGUGCGUUCAUUUUCAUGCAUGUAUUCAUUGGAGGUAUAUCUUAAAAAUUCAUAAGAACUGCAGCCUUUGCAAGCCCUCCCCCUUUUCCCCAGAAGAGACUUUCAGUCCUCCCACAGGGAAAUAGCCAAUCAGAGGCUUCUCAUUGAGAAGCCUCUGGAGGCCUCCCUGGUAGUGCGCGCAUGUCUUCUGUGUGUGUGCGUGUGUGUCAGUUUGAUUGACAGCCAGGGGGUGUUUCACUAAUUAUUUAUAAAAGUACCGAUUUCUAAUAGAAAUCAGCACUUUUAUAAACUUUCAUUAUUAUGUGAUACUCGUCACCCAUCGUGCACGCCAGAAAGCUGAAGUGCUUUAUGGGUGUGGAGUGGUUCUUUAAAUCCUGAAUAGUGUUUUUACAUGCGGUUCUAGCAAAACUGUUGCUAUUUAUGGCAAAUUUACAUAUUGCAAAUGUAUACCUAUUAUUAUUAUUAUAAAGUAAGUAAGUUAUACUCUGAUCAAACAUGUAUUCCCGACGCUAUAGUGUUUAACCCACCAUUUACGUGGCUUGCCCACCUGUAAAAGUUUAAAACUCACCUUAUUUCCAGCGCCACGCUGGCUCCGCCCCCUUUGUGACAUCUUCUAUAUGGCCGCUUUCUAGCCAAUCCAAUGCUUUCCCUACUUGGCUAAAAUCCGCACGGGGUGGGGCCAAAUGCCAUUUUGGCCAAUCAGGACCUCCUCCUAUGAGGAACAUUCAGUGUCUCCAUGCAGAGCGUGGGGACACUAAACGGCAGGGCUGCUUACUGUGCCAUCUAAGGAGUGACCAAUUGGAGGUGUCCCUAGGGGCAUUUUCAUGUAAAGGCAGUGUUUACAUGAAAAUGCCUGAAGGGAACUAUUACACUCACCAGAACAACUACAUUAAACUGUAGCUGUUCUGGUGACUAUAGUGUCCCUUUAAGAGUCAACUUAUAUUUUUUUCAUCUGGAAAAGUCAAGGUUUGAUUUACCCUUAGGAACAAAAGACUGUAAUAUAGCAAAUCUACAACGAUAAGACGUAAAAAUAAUGUUUUACUACAAGAUGAACAUUGAUUAUUAUUACAGAUGUAUUCCAUUGUACUUGUCUUCUAAUUACUGCUGGUGGUUCAUUAUGAAUCCAAAUUCAGAAGAAAGUAUGGAGAACUCAUCGAUAUAAAAACCACAAAUACACAUUUAUAUAAAUAAUGUAAAACAUAUCUAAAAUCUGAAUUGGCAUAAAAGAAACAAAGCUUCAGUUCUGUUCAUAAUGGAUCCUGGCAAGUUUUGGAUACAUUAUUUAUGUGUUGGUGUUUUUUGUAGGUCCUAUUCUAGUAAACUAAUGCCUGUUCUUGAGAUGUGCCCAUUUACUUGAGGAAUACCUCCUCUGGGCUUCUCUGCAGAGCAAGGAUAAAGCGAAAUUCCACUCUCCAAAUAAAAAUAGAAAAAUACAUCACUGUUUAUCAGAUAGACUUCCAAUAAAAAAACACACAUGCAAUUUACCUAUACAAUUUUUUUUUUUAAUUGGGGGAAAUCUAAACACAGAUUGCAAAAGCUGCAGAUCUCUUGUCUGAAGCCUUUACAAAACCUGCCACUUUGGACCAAUCCCAGACUUUCCCAGACUUUGCAGCUCUUUGAGAAGUCUUUACAAGUCAGGUGCUCUGGGCAAUUAGCUGCCUCUUGAGUUUAGCUCCACCGAGCUAAACUAUCAGGAAGUAACAGGGCCGGUUAUCUGAUUGACAGCUGAGGGGGUGUAAACAAGGUUAAUUUAUAAAAGCUCUUCAGCAAGUGAUGACAGUACAAACCCCACCACACAACAACACAUACAGGUAUAUGCACUUGGUGAUAAACGUGGGAGAAUACAUGUGUUUUGUUCUCUCUAGUAUGUUAAUGAAUAAGUGACUGCCAUUGUGCUGUUAAAUUUUAACUUCCUAAUUUCAUACAAAGACAUAUGCAGUGUUUCAUUUGCUCAUUCACUGCUUGAAGGAGUUCUGAUAAUUAUAGUUUGAACUGAUUUUGCAGAGGUUGUUUGAAAUAUAAAGUCAUCAUUGAAGAAUGUGAAGAGCAUUACAGAUGUUAAUACUGGCAUCCGACGCAGGCUUCUCUGACGCCGCAGAACGGAGGCAGCAGCUGUGAUUGCUUUGGUUAAUUUAAGUGCUCUAGAAUUUUAUGAGAGGUGUAGCUUUUAUUCAUAUGCGCUACAGUACUAAAUGCUUCAAUGCGGCAUGUUGUUUUUUGUAUCAACGAAUUAAUCUAAUUGUAUCAUUGUAAAGGGUAAUCACCUCCUUACUGGGACAUUGCUGACACAUAAAAUAUAAAACAUUAUUAUGUUAUUAUAAAAUAUUAUUAUAACGGUUAACUCCAUUUCUCGGUAAACACUUUUAGUCUUGCAAUUCAUUGUCAUUUUUAAGAUUCUCUUAAUGUUUACUAAUUUCAUUUGAUUUGGAAUUUAAGCUGCUAGGAGCCCCUUCUGAACAGUUGUCAGGUCUUGCCUCUUACUCCCUCACCAUAGCUCGCCGAGAUGCCGCCAAGGUCUACGGCGAGGGUCGGCUCAUCCGGUCUUCCUCAGUAACUCCAUGUGUGGUCCUCCUCCGUAGCUCCAUGUGUGGUGCUCUUCCAAGUGCCAGACCCUGCUGCAGCCCGGAUGCUGCUUUUCUUGGCUGUCUGAGGUGACCGUUGAUUCCCCCUUACGGCCCACCUCCCUAUGCAUUCGCGCACUGGAUUAUGUAACCCUUACAGAGAAAUGGGGGAUUGACAUGACAGAGGGUGCCUCUCUUCCCCCUAUAUUUGGUGCAGUCGCCCAUUCCUCCUCGCUCAAUUGUACUGUGCUCCCCUAGUGUUUCCUAUUUGUGUCCUUACUAGUUGUAACUUUUUGCCUGACUCAUUGCUUAUGACGCUGUGCUGCCUAGACCGACCUUUUGCCAUUCUGACCAUGUCUUUGUUUUGCGCCAACCGGUACUUCACCUUGGUUUCGAAUUUGCCGCCAUAUUAAUGCAUUCUGGGCUCCUAUUACAAUAACCUGACAACUGUAGACAUAAAAGCUUAUGUUUGUGUUCUUUAUUACACUUUCCAUCAUUUCAAAUUACCAAAUCAGCUUGCUUCUGUUUAGAGGUGUAUAGCCAAACAAAAUCUGCCCCUGGGAUGUUUAGUUGCCUUUGUCCAAGGGGCAUUACCUGAAGCCCUAUGCACACAGGUACAGUUGCAAGAAAAAGUAUGUGAACCCUUUGGAAUGAUAUGGAUUUCUGCACAAAUUGGUCGUAAAAUGUGAUCCGAUCAUCAUCUAAGUCACAACAAUAGACAAUCACAGUCUGCUUAAACUAAUAACACACAAAGAAUGAAAUGUUGCCAUGUUUUUAUUGAACACGCCAUGUAAACAUUCACAGUGCAGGUGGAAAAAGUAUGAACCCUUGGAUUUAAUAACUGGUUGAACCACCUUUGGCAGCAAUAACUUCAGCCAAACGUUUCCUGUAGUUGCAGAUCAGACGUACACAACGGUCAGAAGUAAUUCUUGACCAUUCCUCUUUACAGAGCUGUUUCAGUUCAGCAAUAUUCUUGGGAUGUCUGGUGUGAAUCGCUUUCUUGAGGUCAUGCCACAGCAUCUCAAUCGGGUUGAGGUCAGGACUCUGACUGGGCCACUUCAGAAGGCGUAUUUUCUUCUGUUUAAGCCAUUCUGUUGUUGAUUUAAACACCCAUCUUCUGCUGAGCUUCGGCUUGUAGACAGAUGGCCUUAAGUUCUCCUGCAAAAUGUCUUGAUAAACUUGGGAAUUCAUUUUUCCUUCGAUGAUAGCAAUCUGUCCAGGCCCUGACACAGCAAAGCAGCCCCAAACCAUGAUGCCCCCACCACCAUACUUCACAGUUGGGAUGAGGUUUUGAUGUUGGUGUGCUGUGCCUUUUUUUCGCCACACAUAGUGUUGUGUGUUUCUUCCAAACAACUCAACUUUGGUUUCAUCUGUCCACAGAAUAUUUUGCCAGUACUGCUGUGGAACAUCCAGGUGCUCUUGUGCAAACUGAAAACGUGCAGCAAUGUUUUGUUUGGACAGCAGUGGCUUCCUCUGUGGUAUCCUCCCAUGAAAUCCAUUCUUGUUUAGUGUUUUACGUAUUGUAGAUUCGCUAACAGGGAUGUUAGCAUUUGCCAGUGACUUUUGUAAGUCUUUAGUUGACACUCUAGGAUUCUUCUUCACCUCAUUGAGCAGUCUGCGCUGUGCUCUUGCAGUCAUCUUUACAGGACGGCCACUCCUAGGGAGAGUAGCAGCAGUGCUGAACUUUCUCCAUUUAUAGACAAUUUGUCUUACCGUGGACUGAUGAACAGCAAGGCUUUUGGAGUUACUUUUAUAACCCUUUCCAGCUUUAUGCAAGUCAACAAUUCUUAAUCGUAGGUCUUCUUAGAGCUCUUUUGUGCGAGGCAUCAUUCACAUCAGGCAAUACUUCUUGAGAAAAGCAAACCCAGAAUGGGUGUGUGUUUUUUAUAGGGAAGGGCAGCUGUAACCAACACCUCCAAUCUCAUCUCAUUGAUUGGACUCCAGUUGGCUGACAUCUCACUCCAAUUAGCUCUUGGAGAUGUCAUUAGUCUAGGGGUUCACAUACUUUUUCCACCUGCACUGUAAAUGUUUACAUGGUGUGUUCAAUAAAAACAUGGCAACAUUUCAUUCUUUGUGUGUUAUUAGUUUAAGCAGACUGUGAUUGUCUAUUGUUGUGACUUAGAUGAUGAUCAGAUCACAUUUUAUGACCAAUUUGUGCAGAAAUCCAUAUCAUUCCAAAGGGUUCACAUACUUUUUCUUGCAACUGUAUACAUUUAAUAAGGCAGUUACACUUGCAUGAUUACCUUGGCAUACAUAACGAGUCACACAUACCUAAUUAGCAAUAGACUCACAUCUAUCUAGACACACACUUACACAGACAUAAACCCACGCAUACCUUGAACAACACAGUACUCUCACGUGUCUUUCACACAUAUACUUUCUGUCAUGUAAUAGUUGUAAAGAAUUUAGUGUACGUUUUGGAAGCAGGAGAAUAGAGACUUGGUGCGGCAGGGGUCUGGGAAGAAGUUAAAACAAACCGCAAAGUGCCUCCAGAGUAAAAGUCUGUCCAAUUUCCUAAAUACUUUUAUUAGACCUUAGCCUUAUCUUAAGUCAGGGAUAGUCUUACGCCUAUCCCACGAAUGCUUAAACUCCUUCACCGUGUUAACCUCUACCUUUUCUUAGCUGAAAGGCUAUUCCAUGCGUCCACUACCCUCUCUGUAAAGUAAUAAUUGCUGAUAUUAUUUUAAACCUUUUGCCCCUCUAAUUUAAGACUAUAAUUAACUGAAAGCCAGAUGUAAUUAUUUAAUUUGUAUAAACUAUUUAGAAAACACAUGUUCAGUAUUUUAUUGUGACUUUUACAGCUGUGGAUCUCUGUGACUCUAUGCACUAAGCAUUCUCGAGUUCUAGAAUCCUGCCUUAAAAACAAAACCGUUUGAUCAUACAACAAAUGAAAUGACAUUGCAUUAUGUAUGCCAAGAGACUGGAGAGACAUUAUAAAACAAAAUUAUAUAAAGUGCAAAUUCAUUCAAAGAGCGUAUUUAUAAUGUAAGAAUAGAAAAGCUAACCUUCAUUAACCUUGCGUCUACGAAGAUCAGGAAUAACAACGUUAUAUGAUUUACCUUUUUUUUUAAUUAUAUUUAGCCUCAUUAACCUUCAAACGCAUAAUAUCUGUUUAAAGGCUCGUUAACAAUGUGUCAUUAACUCAUAAAUGUGGUUCACAAAAACACAUUUAAGCCUAAGUGCAUUAGUCUUUUUGAUUAAUUAAUCUGUGUGUGUAAGAAGCCAGCCUAUAACCGAACUGUUCUUUUUGGCAAAAUUCAUUUAACGGUUUUUAUAUAUAUUUAGGCAGACAGGAACGAUAUGAACAUAUAGAGGACAUGUAAAAUAUACCUGGGAAUUUUGUAAUGGCCAUUUUAUAUAAAUCUCUCGCUAUGUAUAUUCAUUAUAGCAAUAAGCAUGUACUUAGAUGUAUUUAGGAAAGAUUUUGUAACAAUUUUCAGUACACAUCUUUUGACAGGCAACUAUUAGUGCACUAACAUAUUUAAAGGGGAAAUGUAAAAAAUGAAAUGUUUUGAUUUGUUGCAACAUAUAUCCAAAUAGUAAUCUAGGUACCACUACCAAUGUAUCUCACUGUUUUGUCGAGUGGUUUAAACCCCCCCCAAAAAACAGCCCCUCCUAGCCGUCAAAGCCACUUCUUCUUUGUCUGAUUGUCUGUAUGGUUAGCUGACGUUAACCAUACCUGCCAAUCCUUCCUUCCCGGGAUAGAGGUGGUCAGGGAAGAGAUCAGCCUGUGCAUUGCAGGGGUGUGGACUAGAGUCGCAUGACUUGGACUUGACCUGGACUCAGUGCAACUCACUGAAGUCAACAAAGACUUGUGACGUGACUUAGACUUUUGCAACAAUUACUAAAGACAUGACUUGGACUUGAGUCCUAUGACUUUUAGGUCAAACGAUAAAACUGAAAUAAAAUAAAAUGUGUUGUGUUUAAAAUGCUGGUGCACAGGACAUAUUAAAUACACUUUUAAUACAUGUUUAUUACAAAUAUGUUUCUAUUCAAAGAUGCACAUUUACAUUUUGACUAUAAAGUCCAUUUAAGUCUGCUCCUUGUUCACUUUAGUCUGUAUUGAGUUUAAUAAUAUUGUGUGUAGCCGUUGCAGUGUUUCAGCCAUGGAGUCAUCAUACUACACUAGUCAUCAUGCACAAAUGUUUGUAUGACCAACUUUUGGCCAAUUUAAUGUUUUGCAAGUGCAAUGUAUAAUAGGUUCCAAAGAAAAGAAAACGCACUGUCACUGAUUCAAAAAUGAAUUCCCUCUCUCACAUUGAUUCUCUCUCAAAGUAUGACAGCACAGCAUUUUUCAAUUACUUGGGUUCUUGGCAGUUGUGUCUUUUCUAUAAUAAAUUUUGUUACUCUCAUUUAUCAAUAAAUACAGUUUUUUUUUCACUAUUUGUCCUUACUAAGUAUAUGCCACAAUUUCAGAUGCUGAAUCUCACGUGAAAUUGAACUUGGAAAAGAGAAACAUAUUUUAAACAUCUUUCUGAGUAAUUAAUACUCUGAUCUCUGAAACUAAAUUAUGCAAAGAGCACAAAUUACCUGUUGAACAUUUGAAGAUUAAAGCUACUUAUUAAAGUACUUGACCUAGACUUGCCUGUCUUGAUUCAGGACUUACAAAGACUUUAGACUUUCUUUUGACUUUCAAAACAACAAUGACUUGGUCCCGCCUCUGGUGCCCGGUGCGGGUUGGCCUGUCAAAAGGGGGGGGGGGAGUUUGUCUGUCAAAGGGGUUGAGCCAACCCUAAAGAGGGCAACAAGGCUGACUGACAGCGCUCACCCCUCAAGCAAACCAUGCACAGAGCACUACUAAAGCACUCUAUGCAUAGUCUUAGUGCCUAGUCCCUGCCUGCAUUUUGAAAUCGACUGGUACAUUUCAAAAUGUGGGACAUGUCCCCAGUACCUAUUUUUGUUGAGACAGUGUCCCAAAACUGUCCCAGCAAUUUCAGGACUGUUGGAACCUAUGCUAACUUAUCGGUCCAACUCUGGACAGUGAUAGGCUGGAAGGACUGGGCUACUGAGUGAGCUGUAGUGAUUUCGGUUCUUAGAAUGCCCCUUUUAUAGGAAUGCCGCUUUGCCCUUUAGCAUAAAAUCCGUUGGGCUUUUAACUCCAGAUUCUCUAAAUGAGAUCACUUUUUAAAAAAAAUGCACUUUCACUGAGAGUCGCUAAGCAUCUUCUAAUCAGUGUCUAUUUAGCUGCUGUCUGUUUUUCAAACCGUUAGGCAAGCCUUCCUCUGACCAUAGAAUACCUGGGAACACAGCACUAGUUUGCUGAAGUGUUUAUGGUAUCAGGAGUGAUCUAACACCCUCCUUAAUAAAAGUAAAACUGUUUGCUGCCUCUCUUCUGGCGGUAUAGAAAGUCUAAAACUUCUGCUCAGAGCUCAGCUUAGAUCCGGGAGCAGGGAGUAACACCCAGCCGACCCCAGGUAAGAAGUCAAACCAUUGGCAAAUAGUUACAUUGGGGGGAUUCCGGGGCACUUCUGACACCAUAACCACUACAUUGCGCUGUAGUAGUUUUGGUGCUUGGAAUGUUUCUUUAAUGUUACAGUUAACGUGAACCUGUCAUAAUGGAAUAAUAUUUACAGCUUGAAACUAAUGCAUAUAUAUAGUCAUAUAGCUUAAUUAUAGAUUUGUUUCCUUUACGAGCUGGUAUAUCAAGACUAAAUUUUCUGUCCAUUGUGCCAAGUGAUCCUGGUACCUCUUCUUUAUUGACCAAACUAGGAUACAUUUUCACAAGCAGGAUAAUUCUCCCCCACGAUACCGGCAUAUACAGCUCAAAACAUGCUUGCUCUAGGAGUGAUCACAGCCACUACAGUGCAUGCAUUAUCUGCAUUGUUCUGUCACUCAGCGGGCUAUGCCAUCCUUAUACUAUAAACUACCCUUUCUGACAUGUUUGGGUCUACCUUAGGAUUACUUUAAUGUUCAAAAGUUAAUAAAAAUGUUGUCUAAAUAAAUGUAUUUACCUUCUGGCAUGUGAAAUCAGACAUGGUUUUUGUAGAUUACCAAUAAACGGGGUUCAGCCUAACUACAUUUUUUUUAGAGUUAAUUUCUAUAAUCCUUUCAUUUAAAGUGUUACCUUUUUCAGGAUGUGUUUAAUUUUUUUCUACUUUGCAAAACCAAUUUUAUAAAUUAAUCUGUUGGCAUGUCAGUUGAGAGUGGUGGGAUUAAGGGUGAUGUAAAGAAUUUAUUACCCAUAAGAUGUGGCUUCAGAAUGUUCUACAAUGAGGAGACCUGUACAGAUGUUCACGCUAUAUAAAACCUUCGACAAACCAAUUUCCUGUUAUGAACUGCUGUUAGGCUUCCUUUAGAAAUGCAAUUGCUGUAUAUUAGGAUUUACAUAUGUCCACGGUUGAGAAAACGGUAUGAAGUGAAGUAAAAGGUAAAGCAUAUUGAUGAAGUUGUGAAUUAGGGAUAUAAUUAAUUAAAGCUACAGUACGAAACACCAUAACUAAGUGCGUUCCUUGCACAGGUAACAGAAUAAUGAUCUCUCUCAUUGACUCUCUUUAUCCUAUUCUUUAUAAAUGGAAUGAUUUGCAAAAUCUCUGCAAGUGUAUGCCACUUCCCCCACAUAGCUGUCAUGGGGGAAACAUAUACCCAUCUCAAAUCUAGGAAACUUAGAUUAUCUCACUCUGAGCUUUGUAUGAAAGAGCUGGUGAAGUAGUUUCAUUCAUGAAAAACCAUAGCUGUUUCGCAAGUAAUAGCAGCAAUGCCAGCUGAACUUUAUAAUUCAAGUACUGUGCUUAGUACUCCUAUUGAAAACAAUGGAGCACUAGGAUUGGCUGCAAAAUAUCUGCUAAAGAGGCAAAAUCAGAGGAGGGUAUCUUUUUACCUCUAUAUCUCUGUUUGUUUUUAUGAAUGUAGAAGGGGAUGAAGUCCACUCAAUCUGUGGUAAAAUCAAGUUUUAUUUUCAAGUCAAAUUAGUUAUCUAUAAUAUGGCAUAUAUAGUUCUGUUUUGCAUAUACGUCUUUUUUUUUCUUCAAUCUAUUUUUAUUGAACAGUGUUUGGAAAAACAUUUCUCAUUAAUUUGGUACAUAAAGAAAGCAACAUUUAAAAAUAGAAACAUAAGUAGAAAUAAGAAGGGAAGGUGAACAAAAUUUUAAAUCAAGGGGUAGGGUAAUAUCGAAAUGCAUAAUAAUAAAAUAGUAAAAUAGUUGAUUUGUUCCUGUCAAUAUAAUACAGAAAGUAAUAUAACCCAAUAUAAUGUCUAAAGGUGAAAUUUUCCCAAGCGUCCCAAUGAAACCGCAAAUUGACCUUUUGAGGUGAGGGUUACCGCAACGCCGGACGUCUUUCUUAUUUUAUUUUAUUUUUUGGAAUUUGUCAUUUUUACUUCGUAUCUUAUUCUAUCUGGUGAUGGCUUUUAGUGGGCAGUUAAAUAAAGAAACUGAUAACCUCAAGAACAAAUACACACAAUGUUUCACAGUGUAUAGUACAGAACUGCCAUGCUGUAAUAAUUUUUAAUGAGGUGCUCCUAUCCCUUUAAAUAAACUGUGGUCCUUAGAUGUCUUCUAAUAUUACUGCACUUUUUUUUUUUUUUUUAAUUCAGGCAUUUACAGGACAGAGCGAGAUAAAGGCACCUUGUAUGAAUUAACCUUCAAAGGAGACAGAGUGCAAGAAUUCAAACGUCUUCUACUGUUCCGACCAUUCGGACCUGUCAUGAAAGUCAAGAAUGAGAAGCUCAACAUGGCCAACAUCCUUGUUAAUAUCAUUGUCCCUUUGGCGAAAAGAGCAGACAAGUUUCAGCAGUUCAUGCAGAAUUUCAGGUUAGAAUACAUUACUGUCUAUGGAUUUAAGACGAGCAUGCCAAGAGCAGAAUAUAAGUGAGAGAGAGUUUGUGUGUGUGUGUUAUACAUGUAACAAAAUGUAUUUUAUAUUAAAGGAAGCAUUCCAGGCAUCUGCAGAAAAUAUGACAAUAUACAUUUUCUUUUGCUGUUUUGAAUGUUUCCUGACAAUUGUCAUGGUUCCAUAGGUAAAGGAAAAAGGUCUGUCUGUUUCCUUCUAAAAGGCAAGACAUGAAAACUUGUAGCUUUCUUUCCAUUUAAGUGUAAGGUGUAACCAUAUAUGAAAUGUGUAGCUUCUCAAAUAGAGGUCGGUUUUAUAUAUGGCGCAAGGAUAAUCGCUCGAUGAUACACUGGUUGGCCGCUUUACUCUUUCAUAACCUGCUAAAGCACCCUAAUGCACAAUUAAAACCUAGUGCCCUAGAAAAAGUCCUAUUCAGUACUGGCAGGGUCCUGCAAAAGGAAGUCAUAUAAUGCCAAACAAAGUUGGCCUUGCCCCCUCACAAAAAAAAACAGCUUUGUAUUUAGUAACAUGAAAGAAGAGUUAACUAGGGGACAUUUGCGCAGAUAGCUGCACGAAAGAAAAAAAGAAAAGGGAUCUGAAAUUCUUAGCCUCCAGCAUUGUGACAUAACCGUGUAGUAAGCUGUAAUUCAUUUGUAGACUAUGAAUCAUGUUGAUGUCACAAUGAAAGGCAGACAAAAAGUUUUCUUACAUUUUUUUAAUUUUCUUAAAUAUUUAAGCCAUGUCACAGGUGCAAUGGGAAUAGAUUUGUGCAUUUUAUAAGGCUCUUAUAAAUAUAUAUUUGUAUAAGUAAAAAAUAAUAAUUUUAUGCACUUUUACUGGAAUUUUAAAGGGAUUAAUGUAUAAAAUUAUGCACUCUGUAUAUGUAUUGUUUGGUAUAAUAAUUUAAUAAGUUUCACCUUAUUAAACUGGCACUUUAAAUAUAAAUUUACACAAACUUGAAAAGGAUUUUUAAACAAUAUAUUUUUAUCACUAAGUGCUCCACCAUAUACUUCACCCAUGUCACAGUAGUUCCUUUAAUAUAAUUCCCGCACACCAGAAUAUGAAGCUCCUGAUUGGCAGAGCCUCUUUCAUUCCCUGCUGCUGAUGCUUUCCUGUACAUUAUUCAGCAGUUGCAGGAACAUUUUAUAUUUGUGUAUUUUUUAAUGUGAGUCUUUUCGCAAUGUUUAUUUUAAUGCAUUAUAUAUAUAUACUGUUGUAAUAAAAUGUGGAUGUUCCCACUUGGUCCCUUUAAGAUCAAUACAGCAGAGUCUUUUUAUAUAUUCUAUGUCCGUGGGAGCCACUUCAGCCUUGUAUGCUUUACAGUAAGGUUAACCUUUUCCUAGCUUAUUUGUUUUGAAACAGUUAAUGUUUAACACAGCUGUCUUUUCCUGUGUUCGGCUACUGCUGAGGCCUUUACCGUCAAUUCUCCUGAUUGUAGUUCCUGGCAUAACCACAUAAAUCUUGGAAGAUGACAAUGUUUGUUGAGAGAUCUGACUUGUGGUUUAUAGUGAUGUUAUAGUGUAAUAGAGAACAGAACAUUGCUGAACUUUAUGACAAGCCAACAGUUCGGAAAAACAUAGUACCGUCUGUUGAAUGCCAGGAUAAAUGUGGUCACUCCCAGCAUUAUUGUAGAAAACCUGAGAAUAUUAGUUAAACGCUAUAUUCUCUACAUUUUACUAGUUGGAAAAAAUUGGGGAAAAAUCUAAAACAAAUUGUUAAAGGUAUGCUAUAGUGCCAGGAAAACAAACCUGUUUUCCUGGCACUAUAUGGUUAUUAAGUCCCCCCUCCCACUGGGCUGAAGGGGUUAAAACCCCUUCAGCCCUUACCUUAAUCCAGCGCCGGUCUCCCUCGGCGCUUGUGACCUCUCCUCUCCCUGCCAACAUUAGCUCCCGAAUGGAGCCAAAUGCACAUGCGGGCUUAAGUGGUCUGGGUGCCUAUAGUGGUCCUUUAAAUGUGUUAAAAGUGUUGCAGAACAAAAAUUUGGGUACCAUUAGGCUUUGCUACAGACAAGUAAGCCUUCUCAGGGUUGGGCAACAAAAGUCAGUCCAUGGCCCAUAACAAUAGUAUUUCAUAUGUCAUAAAAGAAAUUGUUUAUAAAAAUGGUUAUUGGUUCGAUAUAUGUUUAGAAAUUUUACACAUAACAUAUAUACUGCCCAAAAAAUAAGAGCAUAAACCACUCACUCCCUACCCCCAAAAAACUUCAGAGUAAAAAAAAAAAAGCUCCACUUACCCGAUCAUAGAAGAGACGUGAGGUGAGGACGCUCCACUGCAAGCGCUCACUAAAAUCCAAGCUGGAGGCCCAAAACGCGUAGUAACCUUUUUCUUCUUUGUCUUUUUUUUCCACCCUGUUUGAUUUUGUUUCCAAUACAUUUCAGCUUGUAUUUUAGUAAGCACUUGCUGUGGCAUUUCUUUGCAAUUUACAUAUAUGUAUAAACAUUUUUAGAAUUAAUGUAUUUUACAUAUAAAUAAACUUGUUUUAUUUUUAGUGACCUUGAAUAUGACAUUGACAGCUGUGUUUUAUGUCAUGAUUUCUACAAAGAAUAUCAGUAACUAUUUUUGGAAUGCCAGUUUUUCUCUACAAACAUAAAAUUGGUUAAUCAGCUGCUUUCGCUGAUGACCUUUCCUUUCCUGAAAUAUAGAGAAGGCUUGGUGAGUCCUAAGUAGCAGUGCUACUCCUGCAAUUCCUGCUGGAUCCCAGAUGUGCUUUGUAUCGAGUUCUCGGACAUCCAGCAUUAGACAAGUCAGGUCACUUUAAUGGUUGACCAAUUCUCUUGUGGAACUUUCAAUAGAUGAUGUCAGGACAUAUUAUAAUUAUUGCACGGUCUGCCAGACUAGAAAGGAAAAUAAAAUCAACAGCAGUGCUAUUAUUUUUUUUAUAUAUAUAAAAAAUACUAAUGUGAAACCUUUACAGGCAGCUCUUAAACUAUGCUGUGAAUUAAGAAUGCUUUCAAAAAUAGAAAUUAGAAUAGUUUUUGUUCUUAAUUAACAAAAUGAAAAGUUAGUGAAUAGAAAAAAAAAUCUAAAUCAAAUCAAUAAUUGAUGUCUUCUUCCUUUGCAUUAGAAACCACAUUAUAUUUUCUAGGAACAUUGCACACAGUUAAGGAACUCAGCAGGUUGGUUGUUCCAAAACUCUUGCAGACGUAACCACCACUUUUCUGUGGAUUUAAACAGUCUUAGUUGCUUCUGUCCCUUAAUGUGAUCUCAGACUCGAUGAUGUUGAGAUCAAAGACCUGUGGUGGGGUGGGGGCUCCCUUUUCUUCUUCAUGCUCAAGGUAGUUCUUCAAGACUUUGAAUGUUUGUUUGGGGGUCAUUGUUAUGCUGCAGAAUGCAUAUUGACCAAUCAGAUGCCUAAGUAAUUGUAUUGAAUGAUAAGUAUCUUUGAUUCUCUGAAUUAAUGGUCUCCUAAAUCAUCAGAAUUAGUUGGAUCUACGAUCAAAAGGAAUUUUAUUCAAAUAGACCAGCUCAAAUGAAAGAUAUAAUAGAUGAGUGUAAGAUAGAAAUUAUUUUUAAGAGAGGACGAAGAGUAAUUGUACAGACACGUAGGGGUUCCUCUCAUAUUUGGCUCUUUCUGCCUAUUAUUUAGCAAGAGCCUGGAAGCACUACUUGGGAAGUUCACUAGUGAGUUUUGGAAUGUGACCCUUUCUGCUGACUCCGUAUGAGGUGAACCUUAUGGUGCAGAGGCAAUAAAAUGCAUUGGUUAGAAGUGAGAAUGGAAAGGAUAUUAUUAGCAAUCUCUGGAUGGCUUUAACAAAGUGAAAUAUUGGGGGGCAUACAAAGUCAUUCUCAUGAAAACAAACUUCUGUACAUUCGCUGUACACAAAUGUAUUGUUCUUUGGUAAAAGUACCAGUAUUUACUACUAGAUUUUCCUUCACAGACAGAUCACCCCAGCAUGACUUCGUGACCAGGACAACACCAAUACCUGUACUGCUUUUGUAUCUGUGUAUCUUCUUAUUAUAUAUUCCUAUUCUUCUGUAAGGUCACCUUUACAAUACAAUAGAAUAGAAGAAAUUAUAUGCAAUCUUUACUUGGAGGUAGGCUGCACUGAUGCCGAUACUAGCGAAGAUUAGCAAUAUCCCAACAUUAGGAGAUAUGAAAUCAGGAUGGGGCGGGGGGAGGCCUAAAUGGUCAUGCCAGUGACGCCACUUACAUUAACAGCUGAUGUCCGCAACCCUACAAGAAUGAAUGCAAGGCUCUGAGUGAGUGCCAUCAGCAUUAAGCAAGUGCGUCUAGCCUGAUCUGAUCUGCAGGCUCUUUUGACAAUGUUUCUGUACAAUAGUCUCAGGUUUACCCUGAAUUGGUUUCUUGUCCAUUGGAUUGUUGAGGUUUGCCGAGUCUCCCAAGAAAAUUAUUGUAACUUUCCUCUCAGUCGUUGAGCUUGGAAAUCUACUUUAGGGAUUUCAUCUAUUCGCUUAUCACCUUCCUGAAAAGAAAAAAAAAUUUUAUUAAAGGAUUAAAAAAAAAAAAUAAAGAUCUUGCUUCUGUAAAGUUUCCCUUUCUCCUGAUAGUGUCCAGAAAACCUGUAUGUACAGGGAAAACUUUCUUUUUCUUUCUCGAUUUAUAGUUUCUCCAGUUAAAUUUCUCUGACCUUCCUUCAUGACACCAUUUCUUUAAAUAACUGAUAGACUUCAUCUGCCAAAGUAAACAAUAAAUCCGCCAAGGAACCAUAAUUCUCUGAAGUCAAACAUGAGGCUAACUGCCAACUUGGUGUCAACAGAGUUUGAUUCCCACACAUCCUUUCCCUCCUAUUUUUAUUUAUUCUUUGUAAGUUCCAUCUUUUAUAAAAGUCUGUUGAGCACACUGAACUGACUUCGGGACACCUAUUUCCAUGUCUGUAAAGUUAUGCUGGUAAUCAGUCUGCAACCACAAUAUAAAGGUGGACAUCUUUGUCUUAGACCAGUCUAGAAUCUUCUUUGGAGCUAUUUGUUCUGGCUAUCAGCCAUCAUUAGGGUUAGUAAUAACAUGCAUAACGUUGGUGGUUUCGUCUUAGAAGUGUCUCUAUUAUUCUCCGCAAACCUGACAGGGAAUAAAUUACCUUUUUAAGAGUAAAAACAGCAUUGCUUUACUUCAAUAGCCCCUCUGAAUGACCUAAGGCAAGGUAUGAAUCAUCUAACCCGAUGCCCUCAAUCCCUGACCCAGUGUGACGUCAUGGCCAUGUCAUGUUUAGCACCAUAAAUCUAUAAAUGCAGUAUUUUGGGAAGCAACAACCACUUUAAAUAUACCCAACUGCCCCCUCUGACACCAUCAGCCAGUGACAGACAUAGAUGACAUGACAAUAGGCAAGUCUACAAAUAUGACAGUAACGCAGGGGGAGACACUGUCUCUUAUCUGAUGUGAUUUUGCUUUUUAAUAAAGGAUGACUUUUAAGGCUGUACGAUCGAGUUUGGAUCAUCCGUCCUGCAUUUGGUCCUGUUGUUAUCAUCAAAUUUGUUUGCAUAAUGGGAGGAGAACCCACCUGUCUGGGUGCUCAUAUGGUAAGACCAUCACCAAUCUAAUACGUUUUAUCACUUGAUUACUGCAUUAUGUAUUUUGGAAUACGAAGGCUUAUCCAUUUGGGUGUCAAGGAUCUGAUGGCCCAAUACAAAGCCAAUGGGUGACAUCAGGAAUCAUGUUAGAGAAGACUAAGCAUAUCUGAGGGGAGUAUAUACAGAGAGUCAGACUUACUUCCCAAAUAUGUCUACAAAUCUUGACCUAGUGUGCUCAGACACUACGUAUUAUAUCCAGCUAGCGAUAAGGGAUGUUGGGACUGGGAAAAAUUUGCAGAAUAAUCAUGACAGACACAACAUACAAAUCCAGUUAAAGUAUUUUAAGAAUAUCUCUCAUUGGAAUUAGUGAUGAACCUUUAAGUGGAUACACUAACAAAAAACUAUAAAUUGAUGUGCAUUGGUUUUAAUACUCUCCUGGAGUGUGCUUGCAGCAUAUACGUCCCUAGCCAGAGGUGUUUUCCAUUCUCCUAAGUGCAGUGUCUGCUUCUUAGAGGCCUCUGAUAUUGAGAUUUACAUUGACAAGGACAUAUGUAGCAAAGAGAAAAUCUGAUUUAUAGUAAGUGAGUUGAGUUCAGUUUGAUGGAAUCAGAUGGAGAGCUUGCUGAUUACAGAAUACAAUAAAUCUGUAUUUCUGUGAUUUAUCUCUCCGUAUUUCAAUUUCCUUGUUGCAAACUGCAAAAAAUGUAGCUUUUCGGAUGUUGAAUGAUCGGGCCUUGCCAAGGUGUUGCUCCAGUAACCACAAAUCUGCAUGCGUUGAUUUAAAGGCCGUUUUUAUUUAUUUUUAUUUUUUUCCUAUGCCACAAGCAGUAUGACUCCCACUAGACAAAAUUUUUGACCAGUUUUGGUCAGGUGUGCCUUUGGGGGAUCAGAAUGCUAAAAUAUAUUCUUCUGCAAAAAACUCUAAAAUUGAGUGUGCAAAAACAUUAUUUUGGCAAAGUCCUAUCAAGGCUGAUUUGGUGCUCAGAGUGCCCCGUUAAAGGACCACUAUAGUGCCAGGAAAACAUACUCGUUUUCCUGGCACUAUAGUGCCCUGAGGGUGCCCCCACCCUCAGGGUCCCCCUCCCGCCCGGCUCUGGAAAGGGGAAAAGGGUUAAAACUUACCUUUUUCCAGCGCUGGGCGGGGAGCCUCCUCUCCUCCUCCGUUCCUCCUCCUGGGCUGAAUGCGCACGCGCGGCAAGAGCUGCGCGCGCAUUCAGCCCGUCGCAUAGGAAAGCAUUUACAAUGCUUUCCUAUGGACGCUUGCGUGCUCUCACUGUGGAAAUCACAGUGAGAAGCACGCAAGCGCCUCUAGUGGCUGUCAAUGAGACAGCCACUAGAGGAUUAGGGGGAAGGCUUAACCCAUUCAUAAACAUAGCAGUUUCUCUGAAACUGCUAUGUUUAUGAAAAAAUGGGUUAACCCUAGCUGGACCUGGCACCCAGACCACUUCAUUAAGCUGAAGUGGUCUGGGUGCCUAGAGUGGUCCUUUAAAUUUAAAGAGAUAAAAUCAUGCUUAAAACUGAUUUGGCUCCCAGUGUGCACAAAAUUCAAGCAGUCAGAGUGUUAAAAUGACAUUAGAGUAGAAUUUCCAUAUACUGACCUUGUCCCUUUUUUUGCUAUAUAAAUAAAUAGCUUCCGCUAAUUUAAUUUGUCACCUGUACAGCAUUUAGUCUACUUGAAAAGAAAAUGCAGUGGAGUCAGCACUUUAAAACAGAAUGUCAUAACUCAUCUUUAUAUUUUCGCUUUUUGGGAAUAGCAACCGGCAGAUAAAUUAAAUUUAUCAACAGCAAGAGACAUUGGCGACUCAUGGCAAGGCACAGAUUAGCACUGCAGAACGUUACGAAUUGCACCCAGUCUCACUCAACGCAUUCCGAGCCAGAAUAGAUAGAAGGUUUUGCUUUAAUUAAAAUGUUCUUAAGCCAAGUAUGAGCUGCCAAACAAUUUAUAAGCAAAAGUCCAGAAAGAACAGAUCAUUUGUAUUACAUCUUUUUUAUCUGUAUGUAGGAAUAUAUUAAUUAAAUGCAGCAUCCCAGAUGUUCUAUGAAUAAUAAAUCAACAAAGAAGAAAUAAAAGAAGGAAAGCUAAUUUACAGAGGAGAUUCAAUAAGGUGUUUGCAGAUUAUUAAUUAGAAGAGAGAAUUAUCUAACUGCACACUCACACGUUGCUUGACUUACAUGGAAACUUUCAGAAUUUGCUGUCAUUUAAAAAAAAUGUUUUAUCUUCUUUCAAUGGACAAUAUAGGCAAGCAAAAUGAACUUUAGCUUAAUGCUGUGGUUUUGGUGGCAAGAUCAUGCCACUGCAGUCUCACUGCUCAAUUCUCUGUCAUUUAGGAGUUAACUUACUUUGUUUAUGCAGCCCUAAUCACACCUCCCUGCAUAUGACUUGCACAACCUUCUUAAGCACUUCCUGUAAAGUGAGAUCUAAUAUUUACGCUUCUUUUACUGCAAAGUCUGCUUAAUUUAAAAUUUAUGAUCUCCUGUUCUGUUAAUAGUCUUCCAGACCCCACAGGAGCCUCCUGUGUAUGAUUAAAGUUCAAUUCACAGAGCAGGAGAUAAAAACGUAUAACAAAAAAACAAGCAAAUGUAUAAAGCAAGUUGACAUUGCAGUAAAAAUUUAACCAUGUUGUUUUUUUUCAUGCAAGUUGUGUCAAUCCCAGCCAGAGGAUGUGUGGCUAGGGCUGUAUGGGCAGAAACAAAAAUGAUUUAACUCCUAAAUGGUAGAAAAUUGAGCAGUAAGACUGCAGUGGCAUGUUCUAUCCACCAAACUGCUUUAUUAAAGGAACACUAUAGGGUCAGGAACACAAAUCUGACCCCAUAGGGUUAAAACCACCAUCUAGCCACCCUUGUCCCCUCAUGCCCCUAAAUAUAGUAAAAUCUUACUUGUAUUCAAGUCUGCAGCUGCUUACUUAGUCCCUGUUUCCUUUAGACCUGCCCAUUGCCUGCUGACAUCAGCAGAAGUGGUAGCCUGAUCCAAUCACAAUGCUUUCCCAUAGGAGUGGCUGAGACUGACAAAGAGGCAGAUCAGGGGCAGAGCCAGCAUGAUUCAAACACAGCCCUUGCCCAUUAGGCAAUAAAUUGAAUCAAUGAAUCUCUAUGAGGAACGUUCAGUGUCUGCAUGCAGAGGGAGGAGAUACUGAAUGUUUGGAUGCAUUUUAGGCAGCCAUGACGCAGGAAGGAUCUCUAACAUCCAUCUGAGGAGUGGCCAGUGAAGUUAUCACUAGGCUGUAAUGUAAACACUGCAUUUUCUCUGAAAAGACAGUGUUUACAGCAAAAAGCCAGAAGGCAAUGAUUCUACUCAACAGAACAAAUUCAAUAAGCUGUAGUUGUUCUGGUGACUAUAGUGUCCCUUUAAGCUAAAGUUGUUUUGAUCCCUAUAGUGUCCCUUUAAGUCUAUUGUGAAUUAUGUUAUGGCUCAUAUAAUUGUCUCUCUGCACGUCUAAGGGUAUUUAUGAAGUAUUCAAGCAGUUGCUUGAAAGGUAUCUGAACAAUUUUGAAUAUUUAUCUUUAAUUGUUCAGAUAGAAUUUCCAGCAAUGUGCUGGUUGCAUCAAUGUUAUUGAAUGUUUAUAGUUACAUAUUGAAUGUUCUGUGCUUUUAUUAUUUCCUCCUUUGUGGUUUUGGGCACAAAAGGAAGCUGCUACUAACGAGCUGAAAAUAAAUAUAAAAUAGUUGCAUAAAUAAACUGUCGAAAAAGAUCUCGCAAUAACGGAUUUAACUUAUUUGUGGGUUUUUUUUAUCACCAAUAAUCAAUAUGACAAGUAAAAUUGUGCUCUUCUGAAAAACAGUGAAUAAGGACAGCGUUUGGCAAUUAUCACGUGCACAGAAUAGUGCGUUAAAAGAACAUAUUGUGUGUUUUUAACUUGCGAUUAGCCAACAUUCCAAAUCAGUUGUCAUUUAAGAUUAUUUUUGUGCAGUUAUAAAAUUUACUAAAAAACUAUCCAUGUGACUAGUAAGCUACUACUUAAAUACACAAUAUAGUAAUUAUUUGUUAAAAAGAUUUUCUAUUCUAAGUGUAAAGCAAUUUAAAAAAAAAUCUUAUAUAGGUAAUGCAUUAAACAAAAGUAUUGGCAAAUAUAUUUAUAAAGUUACAUAGCUUUUUAAUGUAUUGCUCAGAGCACUGUUUAGUGAGGUCUGUCUGCAUCUACAGGCAGAUUCCUCACACACCAUUCUAUCCAGGAGUGACUCAUUGUGGUAUAUAGGGACUGAUCUUAUCCCAUAAUUCCCUAUCCAGCAGGGAUUAAGGACUUUAUCCUCAAAGAGCUGGGUCAGUCAUCACAUACCCCAGAUCCUAUCAUUGUAUCUAUUGCCCAGUUUACAGUUUUGUGAACUUAGAUUUUAGAUUGGUGGACUGCGCAUGCACAAUACAUGGCUUAGUUGUCUCUCUGGGAAUCACCUUCUGUAUUGUGUGUGCAGCAUGAUAUUUGCACAUAUAGGGACAAAGUUGAAAUACUUCAGAUGGACAGUUUUUGAAUCAGUAGUUUUUACAAACUACUACUGCUUUGGCCCACUCAUACUAGCUAUAGACCACUCUCAACUAAACAAAGUGUUUUUGAUACUUAGACUGACCCUUAAAUAUCUGGAUUUUUUUAAAUCUUUUUUUUUUUUUUUUACAGAAUGUGCCACCCAUAACAACAACAAAUAAUAUUUAGCAAACAUUUUGUGUUGCUAUGGCAGCAGUGUAUCUCAAAGUAUCAGCACCCUUCCUUUGAUUUUUUGUUACACAACUGCAGAACCUUGAUGAUAUUGAUGAUCUCAGCCAAUCCAAUUCUUUCCCAUAGGAAAGCAUUAGGAGGCUAUUGUGGUUGGCAAAAUGCAGCGCUGUGCCAAUCAGCAUCUCCUGUUAGAGAUGCUUUGAAUCAAUGCAUUUUUAUGGGGAACGUUUAGCAAAUUGCAAUUCGUAUGAAUUUUGGUUGAUCGGCGGGUCAUCUAAAUUCUGAAACUCUGAAGGACCAUAUGGACAUAUCACCUAACAAAUGACUUGGGAUACCAUCCGUGGAGCCAAAAAAAAAUAAAAAAGGGAGCUGAAUGAUGUUUAGGUGAUAGCCAUUAUGUCAAAUAAAAAUAGAAAGAAAUCAGAUAAAUAAAGAAAUCAACCAGGGGUCAGCCAGAUGCUCAAAAGUAACAGAACGCUCAAAAUUGAGCGUUUUGACCGAAUGUGGACUGAAUUUGAAACUUGGCUUCAUUAAAGGGUGAAAACACGAGCCUAUAACUGUACUGCAUAAUAUAUAUAUAUAUAUAUAUAUAGUUUAGUUUACAUCAUUAGAACUACCUGAUCCUUAACCCUGGUCAUUUUCUUUUUUACCUUUCUUUCUUUUAUUUAUUUUUUAUUCUUAUAUCUUUUUUUUGUAUGUGUAUAUAUUUAUUUACAUUUAAAAAUGGUACAUUAUAAAGUGAAUAAUGGAAUAUUUGUGACAUAAUAAAUAUGAAUGUAUUUUGAACAUAUAGAGAGCGAACAGAAAGUUCCUGUGAUAUCAUGUCAUACAAAGAAUGUAUUUAUUUAAUGUAUAUAUUGGUUAAUAAUGUAUUGUACCAUCCAAAAAACAAACAAACAAAAAAUAUACGUAUACAUAUAAUUGUUUGUAUAUUUAGAAGUACAGGGAUAUACUAACAUUUGCACCCUCUCGGUUCAUCCAAAUAGUUUUUCCAGAAUCGUUCGCAUGGACAAUCUGUCGCGUCUGUGAAAUGUAGUUGCCGAAUGAAAUUUUUUUUUUGGCAGUGCACAAGUUUGAUAACUUGCAUGUUGUACUAUUGUCACAUAGGAAUGAAUUGUUCUAGAGUCGAAACACUCUUUUUUUCAUACAUAUCACGUGCAGGUGCAGUCAUAAAGACUUUUUUUUUUUUUAGUGGGAACUGCUGCAUCUUGUAUUCAUUGAUGUUUGUUUAUAAGUCACAGCUGACACAGUUGCAGGAUAGAAAUGUAAUUCUUUGCCUUUUCCUUUCAGAGAAGUCUGUAUAAACCAGGAUGGGAGAAUUCAUCUCACUGUUGUAUACUUUGGAAAAGAGCAAGCUCAGGAGGUGAAAGCCAUACUUGAAAAUACCUCCAGGUGAGAAAAUUGCUGAACUGCCAUGAAAUGAUAUGUUAAUCAACCACAUAUUAUAUGAUGUACCAUAAAUUAUAUUAAAAUAUAUUAUAUUCCAUUAUGUCAGUAAACGCAUAUUCCUAUUUCUGCAUGCAUCACUCAAGAAUUAUCACGUAAGAAUUAUUUUUUAAAACCAGCAAGCAAACACUUUAAACAAAUACACAGACCAAAAUACAGCAAGAAAAACUCUGAAAAGUCUGUAAUAAAAGUGUAUAAACUUACUAUAAACAUAAUCAGAUUGCAUCGUUGGGCACGCCUCUCAUAAAAAAGAGUUUCUUCAACCUCCUCUUUUCCCUGCCCAUCUCCAUCUUCGACCAGUCUACUAAUGCUAUAAACAGGGUAUAAAGGAUUUCCCUGUAUUUACCUGUAUCCAUUCAGGUUAUUUCCUCUCCCGGCUAUUUAAGUGACUUUGAAAUAUUAAUUUUAUUUAUUUGUUCGGGACAUUUAUUCGUUCUCCCGAACGGAGACCACCCUGGGUAGCAAUCAGAACUUAGAACAUCAAGUAACCACACGAAAACCGCAAAGUAAUUGAGUGCUCCUAGGUGGCCGCCAUUCGGCUACGAACACGUGGCGAGAACAAAGGAUGGCGGCCAUCUUAAAUCUCCCGAACGCGGCCAGCGGGACUUGCAAUCACACGAACACUCGGUCUUUAUGGAAGUCCCGUCUGACCUAUUUCCACUCGCAGUAUCAGACCGGCGUUCGGGAGUUCCAAUCAACCGAACGAGGGGAGCAUUCUCAUGUAACCAGAUGCAGUAUAACUAUGGUGGUUUACGUGUAAUUCUGCACGAACGGAGACCGGCUCUUGCUACCAAUUUCAUGGAACUCUAAAUCGGAUAUGACCACAUGGCGAGCUUGUCAAACUACCACACGAUGCAACACGGAAACUACCAAACGGAUUUUCGUGCAAUUUGGAUAUGUUACUCCCAGUAUCCCCAGCUACCCAGGGAUGUGGUUUUUAUAUUCAUAUGUCAUGUAGAAAGUAUAUUUCCAAAAAUGUUGAAAAUUGUUACGGUUUCUGGCCAGCAGAUAAUUGAGUUUAGUAAUUUGCUGAAACUCAAUUAUCUAACCUGGCCCAGAGGAGGAGCUUGCACUGUAUAAAUUGAAUGCCUGUUGCUUCCAGUAAAUCAGUCUUGUUCCAGCAUUAAGCUUUGGCUCAUGUGUGGAUUAUUUAGCGAUACCAUUCCUGUGGAUUCUAGGCCAUACUCUGCUAUUGGGAAAAUGAAUACUAGACGGUGAAACAGAUUACUACCAUCACACAGGGUAUCAUUAUGCAGAAGCAGGACUGAGAAACCAAACACUGAUGCCUGCUCUGCAUGAUUAAACUGAUCAGAUAACCUCUCUUCUCCCCCUGUCAGGAUGUUGCAAGGUGAAGAGACCUUCCAACUGCACAUGUGUAAUCUGUAAGGCAUGCAAUAUUAUUAUUAUGAUUUUAUUAUUUAUAAAGCGCCAGCAAAUCCCAUAGUGCUCUAAAAUGGGUGGACUAACAUACACAUAAUUGUUACCAGUCAAGUUGGACUCACAGGGAACAGAGGGAGUGGGGUAUAGUGACACGAAGGGUAAAGGUAGGGGUUGAAGAUUCGAUUGCUAGAAAAAUAUUCACUGAGGACUCAGUAGGUUAUUUUUGACAAUUACAGGAGAGGAAUCAAGGUGUGGGGAAAGAAACCUGUUAACAGUGUAAUUGAUAAGAUUUCCUUAAGAAGUGAGUUUUCAAUCAUUUAUUGAAAGAAUGGAGACUGGGUGAGAGUCAUACUUUGUAAUACGUAAAAUAAAGACCAGCUACAAAAAUGUUGCAAUAUUCAUAAUGCAGAUUGCAACACACAGUGCUUUCUUAAUUCAUUAAAAGACAAACCCUGAAAGGAAAUGUACCUGUUUGCAAUAACAGCUACAGGUGUAUAAAGCAAUUUUGUUAGAAGAUGUAACUGGUCCUACAAUGAUCUGGAGAUUUCCGAAUUGUGACACAACAUUUCUUUUAUAAAAUACCUCUAAUAUAAAACCCAGCCCUGAAAAAUAAAGGAUGGAUAUGCUAUAGCGGGGUAAGCAGACCCUGGGUGUCUCCUGUUGAGUAUGUGCAAAUGGCUGUUUUAAGCUGUUCCACACUGUAUUAAACCUAUAGGAUGAUUCGUGUUUUUUCGGAAUGUCAGUACUUUGGAAUGUAUGUUACAUGGGCCCUGCAAAUUCAAAAUCCAAAUCUGAAAUACAAUUGAUAAUGUCCUGAAUUGGGUUGGGGAGUGUUGGGGGGGGGACACAAAAUAGCAAAAGGGAGAUAUGAUACACUAAAGGGGGUAAGACAUUAAAAAGAGGGGAUAAGAAACACAAAAGGGGCUAAUUGGGAGUAAGUAGUUUAAAAGAGAAACACGGAUGCAUUGGUGGGGGGUGGGGGGAUGGUUGCAAAAUAUAUCUUCGCCUGUGUAGCCAAAAACCUCUGCAACGGCACGGAGUCCUAUACAACAUUCUGACAGAUAAACUAACUGCUAUGAUAUGGAAUGCAUGGCUAGAGGAUGCUGUCUCUGUGAACCUUUCUGCCUAAUCAGCCUAGUUGUGUACUCGUUCUCCUAUUCCCAACCAAUUCUCUUUCUGUUUCCUUAUAUUCUCCUUUCACCCCCUUUUCUCUUUUCUGGGUUAGAUUACCUCUUAGAUUUUGUAUAAUUGUCAUUUUACUUGAAUUGUUUCCAUUACCACUAUAUUGUAUGAUAUAAUAUUUGUAAUGAUGCCAUUUUAAGUAUAUAACACAUUGCAAUUUGGUUAGAACCCAAACACUUUUUUAAUAUAAAAGGUUUUUUUUUUUUUCCUUGUGCAGUUUGAAUAGUUCUGAUGGCAUUCAAAAAGAUUUCCAGUUGCCAGUGAAAGGAACAAAAUCUGUGAAAUAAAAUUGCUAUAAUAAAAUACAAGAUAAUCUAAGUCAAUUUAAGUCAAUUACACAGUUUCUGUGCAAAUAAUACUACAUCGAUAUUGUGGAACUAAUAUUGGGUCAGUUCUAUUACAUGGAUAUUCUGCCUCUCUGGCUACAAAUCUUGCAUGGUGUGUUAAGAAAUAAAAAAAAUUAUCAAAUGCUUCCUUGGCCUUAUGGACGGAUGUGACUAUAAAUGUAUUUCUACACAAUCUUAUAAACUGUAUAUUCAGUUCCUAAUCUCACACAUCAGACAAGACACUGAUAAGGUCAGGAAACCCUAAGGAGCUCUCCUAAGCUGAUAGACACCAGUACAGUUGGUAAUCUGCACCCCUCUGGGUCCUUCCAAAUUCACUUUGUAAUGUAUAUUAAGAUUGCCUACAGGAGGUGUCCCUUUAGAACAAAAUUAGUAUUGAGGCAUAUGGACUGAGGAUAUGAUUAGCAGUUAAUUAGUGCAUAUACGUAAACCGUGAUAACCUCGCAGUGGGUCCCACGUGCAAUUAGCUUUCCUUUGUUCGAGUUUGAGUGUUUAGUUGUAGUAGCUCUCAGUAUAAAUGUAACAUUUAUUAAUCUGUAACCACAAAAACAAAAACAAAUGCUCAUCUUUUAAACUUGGGGAACCUACUGAAAACUUAUUAAAGCACUUAAUUUACAGAAGUGGUUGUGGUGCAAAACCCCAGUUUUUGAGACUAGUACUUUCAACAACCUCAACAAAGAUUAUUCCUUAUUGACAUAUCCCCAGCAAACAUUUAAGUGCCCAUGUGUUUUUGCAUCUGUGUUAUUUACCGGAGGUCUUUUCGAGGAAAACCUUUAGAAGAUUUGGGAGUGUGACAGAUGUGGGGUGGAUGACUUUUUUUUUUGGGACACUUUUGUGACUGACAGAAUCCAGCUUUAAUGUCAUUAACUGAGUUUGGUCGUAUAACUUGAAUCAGAUAUAAUUAACUUAACCUUUAAUGCAAGUUAAAGCUUCACUAGGAGUUCAGGAUACAACCUGGAAUUGACCAAGACAUAAUAUCACAAGUAUAUGACAUUUAUGUGCAAAUAUACAUCUAUCAUGGGAUUCCCAUAAAUGUGGAACAAUAAGUAAAGGGCCUCAUACGGUGGAUACAAAAAUUAUUAAAAAUAUAUAAUAUAAUAAUGUUAAUAAAAUGAACACAGCAAGAUGAAUAAUCAGUAUAGGUAUAAAUGUUGAUAAAAAAAAUAGGCAGAAAACCUAUGAUAAUUUGAAAUAUUAUCACAGAAAUUUAUAAGAAAUAAUUUUAGCAGAAGCUAAGAAUGACUAUUAAAGGGACACUCCAGUGCCAGGAAAACAAAUUGUUUUCCUGGCAUUGCAGGUCCCCUCUCCCUCCCACCACCCAUCCCAUGUUGUUGAAGGGGUGAAAACCCCUUCAGUGACUUACCUGAGACCACUGCUGAUGUCCCUCGGUGGUGGUUUCGGGUCCGCCUACGCUCCUCUGCCGCCGGCAAUACCACACACGCAUUAGAUCUCUCCAUUGAAAAUGCUUUCCUAUGGGGAAUUGAGCGACGCUGGAGGUCCUCACAUAGCGUGAGGACGUCCAGCGACGCUCUAGCACAGAAAACCUGUGCUAGAAACCAGGAAGUGCCCUCUAGUGGCUGUCGAGUAGACAGCCACUAGAGAAGGAGUUAACCCUGCAAUGUAAUUAUUGCAGUUUAUGAAAACUGCAAUACUUACAGCUGCAGUGUUAAGGGUAGUGGGAGUUGGCACCCAGACCACUCCAAUGGGCAGAAGUGGUCUGGGUGCCUGGAAUGUCCCUUUAAGUGAUGCUUAGUAAGGAGAUUAUAUCUGUCACGGAAAACUAUUGCAUAUUCAAUUACUAAAGUCCUUUCAGUUCAUGGAUCAGAGAUGUCCUGACUCUGGCUCUCUAUAGCUGAUGUUGGCUUGUGGUUGUGGUCCACGUAAUUCUGAUAUUUGUAGUCCUAGAAAGUUGGUGGAACCUUUUGUAGCUGUAACCUCGUUCACGAACUAUGCAUCACAACCCAGAUGACCUAAUGGUGACCUUCAUUCGUGCACCAUCUCAUUUUAUUUGCAUAAAGCAAACGUACUCAUCCAUUUAAUAAUCGGUUCACGCUAAGUAACAAAACCUUUUUUAUCAGCCGAUAGUUGCAGUUAGGCUGUUUUCCUAAUAAGUAAGGUAAAUACAAUUAAAACAAAAAUGCAGGAAGUAAUGAAACUGCACAUAUUUUGAUCGAUCUCAAAAUCGUUUUUUAUCUACCUUUGUAUAAAUAUUCAUUAAGCAUUAGAUUAGGUAGCAAGACACAUUUUCUACUUACUUCAAAUGUAAAAUAUUGAAGUAUAUUAAGGUAUGUUUUUUUAUUAAAGUUUUUCAAAUGUGCAAUUAUUUUAAGUGUAGUUAUUCAUCCAGACUUACUGUUGAAGUAAAAUGAGAAUUUACUUGUAAGUAUGAUCCAUUGAUCAGGAAACUGAUUUUUAAUACAUUUUUAGUUAUUGUAAUUCAAUGAUGACAGCACUGACUUUCAAAACUAUCCUUUUCACUGUUCAUUAGAUUCCAGGAACAAGCAUCACGUAAGUGCAUUUGACACAUUUUGGCCUCAUAUCCAUGCAGUUUUCUUUCUCCAAAUAUAAAUCUCUUUAGUUGUGUUAAAAAAAAAAAAAAAAAAGUUUUACUGCUCUAUGCAUCAUAACUCCACCCCUAUAGGAAGCUCUCCCAUUUUCACAAAACAUCUUCCUGAUUGGAAGGUACACAAUGUUCCUUAGCAAAUAAGAGUUCAGUGUAAAUUGAGCUGCUGACUUGACUUUGCCCCAUAGUCAAUCACUGUCCUCUUAUUAUCUCUAGAAUUCCAAAGCCAAGGUAAAAGGGGACAGAUAAUAAGAUGACAAUUAUUGGCUGUGGGGCGCAGUCAUAUCAGCAGCUCAGCUCACACCCAUCUUAUUGGCUGAUCUGAGUACGUACUUAGAGUACUGCUAAUAAGGAAGUUGCUUUAUGUAAAGGGGAGGUGUGGCUAUAGGAGCAGGGUUAUCCUGCAGAAAGAAACCAAAUGUAAGGUUUGAGAAUCUCUGGUCUAUUCGGCUGCCAGUAAAGUGGAAUUGUAUUAUUUUGUAGCAAAGAGCAAUCAGGCUGUGAUUGUUUGGGUUUUUUUGUUUUUUUUUAAUGAAUCAUCAUGUAAUAGUGUAGUGUAUUUAAAUGGAGGACGAUCCUCUGCAAAAUCUGCAAAUCUUCCUCUACUAUGGUACUAUUCCAGGGCAGUCCACCACCGAUAUAAGAAUCUUCUUACCCCCCUCAUUCAGUGCCAUACAGAGUCUCAAGAAUAGCAGGAGCUUUUUAAUGUAGGCAAUGGGGAGCCCUCUGUACCACAUGGAUAGGAAUUUAAGAUGUCUCUUGAGCUUUUGUAAAUAUGAAAAUGAGUAAGUAUUAAUAAAGAAUGGAAGCAAAGUAUUACCACUACUGCAAAUCAGCAUAUUAGAUUUUCUUUCUUCUUGCUAUCCGGGGAGAGAUUCUAGAGCGUUACUUAGCUAUAUUGAUUACUCCUUUUGCAGUUAUUAUGGAGGAGAUCAGCCAAUGUGGUCACAGUCAAUUUGGCAUAUAUUCGAGCUUCCUAUAUUUUAUUGUGCAAUCAUUCCUGCCUUUCAAUAUCCUGGUAGACUUCACUUAGUCUUGAUGAGCCCCUUCAGUGAUACAGAAAGCCCCUAUCUGAUGGCUUUUAAGCUUUCCAUAUGAUCACUUGGAUGUCCUCUAUCCUUCCCACCUUCUCUAUCUCAUCCAAAAUAUCAGUUAUUUGCAUCUUGAUAAUAUAACUAUACUAUAAUGUUUUUCUAUUUGCCCCUCUGCCUCCUCUAAAUAUUUCUAAUUCUCUAUAUAGUAAAGAUCCAUCUAUUGCAUAUUAAUAUACCUUUUAGGUUCUGCCCCAUUAAUACUUGCUGUGACACUCAUGAUAUCUCCCUUCCCUUCACACCAGCCUCUCCUUCCCAUGGAGAGAUUUGCCUUCCUGCCUGCUUGCCUUUAUAGCAAUACAAUGUUCUAUGUGGACUGUUAUUAGCACCAACGAUUGGUUACUUCUAAGUACCAAAACAAUAACCCGUUCCAUAGGGAUCAUCUAACUUUGGGUCCAUUUCUGUCAUUUUGGAAAAACUAAAAAAACUAAAAAAUCCAUUGCUCUUUCCAUUCCCUAGUGUAAGCACCUACAUCUAUUUAGGUUUGAAUGCGGUGGACAUUUCUGGUAUCUGUGUUGAGUUCAUCAAACUUACAUUCCCAUGAGCGCUGUUAUCCCGAGUUACCAGGUUCAGAAGGUCCAGGAGAUAUUGUAAAUACUGUGGCAAACUUUUCCAUAGAAAUACUACAUUGAAUAUUUGUUUUAAUGUAGAAAUGUUACAAGUGUUAUGGUUUAAAAUCAGUAAAAAAAUUAAAAUAAAAAAAAAGUAAAAUAUGUUUCAGAAAGUAAGCAUGGUUAUUUUUUUCCUCACAUAUCACGUUGAGUGACGGACUUAUUUUGGCACUGGUUCUGUAAUCUAAGUCAUUUCAGUCCAGACAUCAGUGGCUGGUAUUUUCCAGUUUGUCAUGUUGACCCAAAGAUGAAGAAGACCUUGUGUUCAGAAUAAUCUGCCAUACAAAUCACUUAUUAAUCAUCUUCGGUUAUAUCCCAAGCAGCUGAUUGAUUUGUUCUGCUAAAAGUCUCACAUACUAACUAACUUAGGUGCGCUUUUAAUCCCCCCCCCAAAGUUCAACUAUCCACCUGCUGUUUUCAUGACCUACCUUUCCUUGCCCCAGCCUAACUUGUCUCACUUUGCUCUUAACUUACUAAAUCAAAUCGUUACAUUCCCUGUGAGUUUAACUAUUCGCUAGACCCUGCAGACACACAUCUGUGCAAACAGGCCUUUUAUCACAUAGACUUACUUGUCCCGGAAGCACAGUAAUGAGCUGGCAAGCCUGGCAAACAUCCAUAUAGUAACAUAUGUUUUACUUUUAGAUUUAUUAUGCUCAAUGCAAACCAUCAAAUAAGCUGCACAAAAAUACUGUCUAAUACAAAAGACCAUGUUGUAUAUAAAAAUUGUUGGCAGCCAGACUAACCACAGUGCAUAGAGACCCACCAGAGCCAUCUUGGUAUUCCUGAAGGCCCUUCUAGCUUUGCCACAAGAACCACAAGUCACACAAUGAUGUUUUAUGAUGUAACCACUUUUAACAGAACAAGAAAUCUGUGUGACGAUAAUGUUGAUGCUUUACCUUUAAUUAAAAAAAACAAGCCAGCCUGUAAGAUGGAGCCUCUUCCACUGAUUUAGUUAGGUCUGAAAAUAUUUAGACGGUAACACAAGUUUUGUUAUUUUGUCUGUUUACCAGAAAAAAAAAUCCAAGUUACAGUUGAAUAAUUAAUAUGGGCUUAAGGUGCAGUCUCUCCUGUUUCAUAGACAGGUGUGGGCUAUUUCUUCAUUAUUUCUACACCAAUUAAGGAGGUAAAAAGUCGGGAGUUGAUUCCAGGUGUCUCAUUUGCAUUUGGAAGCAGUUGCUGUGAAACCUCAAGAAGGAGCUCGCAAUGCAAGUAAAACAGGACAUUGGGCUGCAAAAAAAGAGAAUCCAUCAGAGAGAGAUUGGGACAUUCUGAGAAAAAAAGAAUGCACUGGUGAGCUCUACAGCACAAAAAGGCCUGGAUGUCCAUCAAACAACAACAGUGGUGGAUGAUCGUAGGAUCCUUUCCAUGGUAAAGAAAAACCCCUUCACAACAUCCAGGUAAGUGAAGAACACUCUCAAGGAGAUAGACAAAUCAUUAUCCAAGACUACCAUAAAGAGAAGACUACGCAAGAGCAAAUACAGAUGGUUUACCAGGAGGUGCAAACCAUACAUAAGCCUCAAAAAUAGGCCAGAUUAGACUUUCUUAGACAUCUAAAAAAGAAAACAACCCAGUUCUGGAACAGCAUUCUUUGGACAGAUGAAACUAAGAUCAACCUGUACCGUAAUGAUGGGAAGAAAAAGUUAAGGAGAAGGUUUGAAACGGCUCAUGAUCCAAAGCAUACCACAUCAUCUGUAAAACACAGUGGAGGCACUGUGAUGGCAUUGGCAUCCAUGGCUUCCAAUGGCACUGGGUAACUAGUGUUUACUGAUGAUGUGACAGAAGACUAAAGUAGCCGGAUAAAUUCUAAAGUGUAUAGAGAGAUAUUGUUUGCUCAGAAUCAGCCAAAUUCAGCGAAGUUGAUUAAACGUCGCUUUACAGAUGGACAAUGACAGAUGGAGUUUUUUAGGGCAAAGAAGUGGAAUAUUCUGCAAUGGCUGAGUCAAUCACCUGAUCUAAACUGAUUGAGCAUGCAUUUCACUUGUUGUAGACAACAUUUAAGGCAGAAAGACCCACGGACAAACAACAACUGAAGACAGCUGCAGUCCUGGUAAAACAUCACGAAGGAGGAAACCCAGCGUUUGGUGAUGUCCAUGUUUUCCAAACUUCAAGCAGUCAUUGCCUGCAAAGGAUUCUCGACAAAGUAUUACAAAUUUACAUUUUAUAUAUGAUUGUGAAAAUUUGGCCAAUUACAUUUGAGCUCCUAAAAUAAGGGAGAAUUGAAAAUGGUUUAAAUUCCUAAUUGUAUAUUUUUGCUCCACCUCUUGAAUUGAAGCUGAAAGUUUUCACUUCAAUUGUAUGUUGAUUGUUUCAUUUCAAAUCCAUUGUGGUGGUGUACAGAGCCAAAAUUAUGAAAAUUGUGUUGGUGUCCAAAUAUUUCCAGAACUAACCUAAACCUAAAAAAUACACAAAAAUACUUUGCUCUCAUGGAUAUCGAAUAAUUGAAAACACAAUACAAAACCUUGGGUAGUUGACCGAAUCAAAAUUGCCACAACUGGUUCCGGUGGGUAAAUUAGAAUUGACUGUCCCUUUAAAUAUUUGGUGGCAUACAAAUGUUUUUGUUUUUUUUCUUCUUCUGAAAAACAUUCACCUGAUUCCUUUAAUUCCGUAGGGAAAUUCUUCAAGUUCAUUUCAAAGUUUCUUUAUUUUUUUCUUUUUGUUUUAUAAGAGAAACUCGUGCAAUAUACUGUAAGUUAGUACUGCAAUAUUUUAAAGUUACUAAAAUAUUUAUAUGUGGUAUAUUGUGUUUUUAUUUUUCUCAUCAAUUGUUCCUCACUGCAUACUCCAAUGACGCAUUUUAGAUAAAUUGGAAUAUUAUCACAAAGUGAAGCACAAGAUUAGUCCCGUAGAAGCUUACAUUCCUGUACAUGACACAAACCUGUAUUGAUCCUGUUGAUACAGUAGUCACAUUCUAAAAAAGUCUGGUACGUGCUGUUUUCUAAUUGUGCACCUGAUUAGGAGGGAAAGCAUUGUGCAGUGUGCACAUAUAAAUAACAAUCCACGAAGGGCCCCCUUGUGGUCAAUUAAGAGUCAUCACAGCCUGCAUUUAAUCAAUUGAAUCUUUUCUGCCCGCGGGAAGUAUGCAGGCUACUGUUUAAUUAAUCAUACUGAUUAUCCAUAUAACGUUCUUCUCUUCAGAGUUACCGCUCCAGCAUUAUAAUUUACGAUCGUAAGAAUGUGACCUUAUUGGUUUAUUUAAUAUAGUUUUACAUAUCUGUUAGUCCACCCAUUGUACAGCACUACGGGAUUUGCUGGCGCUAUAUAAAAAAUAAAAUAAUAAUAAUUAAAUUAAAUUUAAAAACCUAUUAUUUUUACUGGUUUGUUAGAAGUUGAAAUAUAAAUAUAAAUGUAAAAACAAAAAUAGAUCCAAAAUCCUGCUGACAUAUGGCUUCACUGCUUAUAGUCUUAAAUGUAGUUAUGACUUUUGUAACCCCGCUAACUGUAUACUCAUUGCUAGCAAAUUAAUAACUUACUAGAUAUUCAUUGUUACCCCCAUAUCUGCCUUCUAUAUUCAUCACAGGAUAGCCACAUAUAUUGGGUUGUUCACUAUAGUGUGAAUGAUCGUGAAUUCUAAAAAGGUUAUUAAUUUCAACUGUAAGGCCAAAGUAGCUAAUCUGAAAGAAUAGCUGAACUAUAGAGUUAUUCCAGUUCAGAUAAUUUAACCUUAAAUUUGAGAUUCACUUAAAUUAUCACUUCAGUUUAUAAAUGGCCUAAUAUGUUAAAUUUUAAUUCACUUUGCAUUCUGAAAAUUCACACAAUAGUGUGUAACCCUGAAAAAAAUUCAACAUGCGCCUUCACUUCACUUCGCCCAUAUACAUUGGUUUUCCCUACUGAUAUCCUGCCGCCUGCAGGGUAAUAGGUUUGGGGUAAUAACUUUAUUUUUGCAAUAUCUGCUAAUCUACACAUUUGCAAGUACAAUGGAUUACCAUGGAUCCAUACCUCCUGUAACAGAGCUCCUUGUACCCCUGACUGGGUGCCUCCGCCAAGGACCGCUUCCUAACUAGAACAGGGAAUAAACCUCAGUCGUCACUGUGGCUUGACUGGAGUACUAGAACCUCUUCCUCCUGGAACCGAAUGGGGAACUCGUUCUAUCCACUCCCAGGCACUGAAUGACACUCGGUCUUGGGAGCUCUAGUCCUUACAAGGACUUUCCCCAUUAAAUCCUCCACACUGGAACAGUGAUUCGCCCUUUCCCCUCCAAGUAACCAGGCAAAACAUAGUUCUGGGAGUACAAGCUGGAAUGUUGUAAUCUGGCCAGACGGCCUGCUUUUAUACAAUUUCAGACACAGUUAGGCACCCCCCUGACACUCCCACACAAACAUGAUAAUCCCUCUCCUGGACCUGAGAGGGUACUAGUUACAAGUUACAAACUCCAGAAACUGAGCUAAUUCAAUUAUAUCCAGGUACACAAAAAACAAACAAAAUACCUUUAAAACACAUGAAAACCCCACAAAAGUUACAUCACCCCGAUCUGGAUGACUAACAUAUCCAAAAAAAAAUCACCCAGAUCAGUUCAGGGGUUUGGAAAUUUCAUGAAAGUCAUAAUUUUGACUGACUGUGCACAUGGUCCUAUGCCAAAAAUAGUUCCAUGAAAUCAGUGCUAACGGUCAGUCAAGUUCGGUAGUCUUUUACAGGUUUCCCUGCAGGACCCAUAGUUUGUGGGCAGGAGGCUAACAUGCAGGCUCCUCCAGGAGCUCAUGGCAAACUCACGUGGGAAAGGGAGUUUGUCACACCUCCCAUCUCUGUUGUAGCUGUGACAUCUUCACAUGACUAUCUCUGCCCCAAGGGUCUGAACCACAAAGAAAGGUGGUGGGUCCAACCGUUAAUACACACCAGGAUGCCUGUCCAUCACUCAGGGCGGCCCGUAAGGGCAGGCUAUGCAGGUAGCACUGUUUCAGUGCUCUGUGCAGGGCCCUAGCGCCUUGAGCAUAGUGGAGUAUGCUUUAUGAUGCGCUUAUACUAAGAUUGUUGGGGGACAGUUCCCUGGUGCCCCCAAAAGAGGAACAUCAGGGAACUAAGGUGGGACAGAACUCGAAAAUCGGGACUGUCCUGUUGAAAUCAGGACAGUUGGGAGAUAUGUUGGUCCCUGUGAUGAAACAAGACUAUGGAAUGCCAAAUGCAAUUGCUGAAUCUAUUGCUCACAUGUGUCACCCAGUCAUUAGAUUAAUUUAAUUAAUCCUACUUAUCCACAAAUGUUUUUCAGUCUGUUUUAGGACUGUAUUUAAUUGUUUUUAUUAAUAGUUCAUAAAACAUGAAGAAAAGAACUCGUCAUACAAGUGAUAAUCCGUUCUUGGUUAUAAUCAGCAGUUCUAAGUAAAAUUCAUAUGAUGUUUUGAAGAUAUCCUGUGCACCCUUUCUAAUUUUAGGAUACGAUGAUCUGUUUGUAAUGCUGGGACCAGACAUGCUUUGAUGUUUUGACACUUUCACUUUGAUGUACGUAAAAAUCAAAGUAAUGGCACAUUUCAUUCCCUCCAGGUGCCAGGGAAAAGACGAAUGCCAUUAAUUUAAUCUUGGCACACGCCAUAACAAUCUGCAUACCUCGUAUGUUUACAAAGAUAUAUAUUAUCCGGCAAUGUGCUGCAAUUUACUUCCCAGUUUUCCACCUCUCUAUGACAUUUUACUAUGUGAUUUAGAGUGACCUUUCAAGAUUCAUGUUCAGAAGUCUAACAUUAUAAAUAUGGCUGCAUUUUAGAUUAAAAAGUACACGGAGGCAGGAUCAAUAUGGGGAAGCAUUAUUGGAGCCUUCAGCUGCCACAAAUACCCCCUUGCCCAUAAAGACUGUCUAGAGACACUAUAAUCACGGAUAGCCAAUGAUCGGGCAGAGACUAUAUGUUUUUUUGUAGUGAUUAUAGUACUUGGAGUGUUUCUUUAACAUAUGUGCCUUUUUGCCACUAUUAUUACCCGUUUUUUUUAAAUACAGGACUAUUUUGGAAAGGAAAGACAGGGCAGGCAACUCAUAACAUAACUGACAGGCAUAUUUCACUGUAUUAAAGAAAAUAUUAAGUUAGAUACAGUUUUCAGUAUUCAAAUGUUUCCAUGUACAUACAUCAUCAAUUUUCUUCAUGGUAAAGCAUAUAUAGUUCAGUGGUUUCCUCCUCUACCCCAACUGUUUUUAAAAUUAUUUUAUAAUAAUAGUCCAUUUCUAGUUAUAUUACCCCCAGACGUGCUUAAUUUCUGAUAUCACCCAUUGGCUUUGUAUUGGGCCAUCAUAUCCUGGAAGUGUAUAUUGCUCUGUUUACUAGGUCUGUCGUUGUGUAACAGAAUGGAUGUCUUUAAAGUGGUGGUUGUUUGCCAAAUGUAUAUAUUUAUAGGUUUAUUGUGUUAAACAUUGGAUGAUGUCUCAGUGGGUUUAGUACAAUGAAUUAAAUGGGCAUGGACCAACAAAUCAUGGGUCAGAGUUAAAUUCUUGAGAGUCUAGUCCAUCUUGAAAUUUUACCAUUCACCACUGUAUCAUCGGCAUUGUCAAGGGGGUGCCAACCAACUCUCCACACUGUACCCUACUUAUGUAUUUGUUACAAUUUGAGAUGCCAAUAAAAAAUAUUUGUGUUCUACUCUGUUAUUUCCAGCCUAUUAUUUUAUUUAUUUAUUUUUAAAGCUUCAAAAAUGACCCUUAUAAUGGUUGAGUUUUAAAUACAGUAUUCUCCCCCCCCAAAAAAAAAUUAGAUAAGUGCGAUGAAUGCUAAAUUGGUAUAAAACUAAACAAAACAAAAACAACAAACAAACUAUAAAUUAUAAAUCUGCUUUUCUGACUUGUUUCUGAAGUCAAAUCUUCAAAGACUCAAUAGAACGUGUCUCUUCCGGUUCUUCAGAAGGAGGCCUUGCUUUAAAUCUGCUGCUAGCCAAUGCCUGUAGAAUUCAACAAAUAGUUGGACCCCCAAAUGCUAAACAAAGAUGGCCCAUUCAAACAAUGGGGAAGAAAAUCAAUGAUCAUCUUAAAAUAUGUAGAAUAAGUGAAGUAACAUUUUCUACACGCAUCCAGCCUACAUUGAAUAGCCAACAUGUAGGAAAAUGUGGUUUUAAGUCCGGGUAAACGCUAUGGGACUAUGCUUUGUAAGCCAUCAGAAAUACAAAAUAUGGGACCGUGUUCCUUUGAUACACUGUCUGCCUCUUUAAAUAAGUGAAGCAUUGUAGUACAGUAAACUAUGAUCUCAUGGUUGCUUGAAUACACCAUCCUGAAGGUGAUCACCUGCAGGUCCACCAUGUGUAUGGUGACACUGUAACUAGACACUCAUUAUUUUCUGUCUCCACGAUACAGAUCUUAUUUCAAUCUAAGAAAUGACUAUGGUGACAUUUCACAAGAACAAUCAUUUUUCUUUUUAUCCUUUCUAUUUUCAGGGCUGCGAACUUCAAGAACUUCACGUUUAUUCAGCUGAAUGAGGAAUUCUCUCGUGGCAAAGGUCUAGAUGUCGGGGCUCGAGCCUGGAAAGGCAAUAACGUGCUUCUGUUUUUUUGUGAUGUCGAUAUUUACUUUACUGCAGAAUUUCUCAACACGUGCAGAAUAAACACGCAGCCAGGUACGUGACUACCUUUCAAAAUAAGUGAUUACCCACUUUUUGGUAUUCAUUUCCUUUGGUGCUAUUUUUUUCUGUUUUACCAUUUUAAAUAAUCUUUAUUCGUGCUUCAUGAAUGCUUCAUGAAUGCAAUUUUAUCUUGAUUUAUAUUUAAUUAAGAACUAUUAUAUAGGUCAUAAUUCUAAAUAUUUAAUAACUAUUAUUUUGUUUUAUAAAUAUGAUGCAAAAUCACAUCCAUAUCUUACAAAACAUUUUGGUAUUGCUUACGCUUCUCUUUCAGAUGUAUUUGUACUGCAUCUUAUAAUAUAUUCAAUUCUUUCCUAUUGUGAAAUCUUAAAAAUCUUAAGAUUAAACCAGUGAUUCCCAAACCAGUCCCCAUAGCCCACCAAUAGUCCAGGUUUUCUUAGUAUCUACAUUGGAAUCUGUCAGUAUCUCUGUUGGACUACAAAAUGGAAAUACAUAAAUCCUGGAAUGUUGGUGGGCCAUGAGUACUGGUUUGGGAACCACUGGAAUAAAUUAUUAUGAAUGUAUUCUAUUGGCACAGCGCUGCUUUUUUUCCCAUAAUUAAAAGUUUGGAAACUUCACAAAAUAACUAUGGGCCGGAUACUGUCCACAGACCUUUCUACCUGUAUCACAAUUGCAGUCACACUACACAGCCCCUAAAUAUCUGAGCCUCGGCUUGUGUACGGCCCUGGGAAAUGCAUCCCUGUGUAAGAUCUAUGUAAAUCACAGCUAGCGGACAUGCAGAUCUCCGCUCAGGCAACCUAUAAGCAAGGGAGCACUGUCAAUAUCUAUUUUACAAUUUAAACAUGGCUGUUGACAGAAUAUUACCCUAGGCAUGUUUCUAUAUCCCAUAGUGAUGAAUCUGGCCCUGUUCAAGGCAUCAGGAUUAUGUCAAGGGAUAUUUUGAUAUGACCCUUCACUAAGUAGCCAGUGAACCACAGGAAUUGACAUUUCCAUAAAAUACCAGAAAUAUUAAAAAAUAAUGAAAAUAAGAUGUGCAUUUUCUGAAUCAGUCAGGUACACAGCAUGCCAUUUUUUUUUUAUUUACAUUCCACAGCUAACCUUUAAUAUAUAUGAUUUAUUUUUCCAUAAUACUUUUUUCGUACAUUAAGAAACAAAAUCAGUAAAUGUCAAGAAAGCUAUAACUCGUCUUGACAUAAGAAAGUGGUAAUAAAUUCAUCAAAAACCUUGCAGACUACAGAAGCCCAUGUAUUUUUAAUGUUUUUUCUGACUUAUGUCAAGAAAACAACUUGCUUUCUCGACAUAACAAAUUGUUUUCUCGACAUAACAAAUUGUUUUGUCAAAAAAAAAAGUUGUUUUAUGAAGAUUAUUUAAAAGUUCAUGCAUUUGCCUGACUAGAUUAAGCCAGGAUGUGUCACAGUGAGUAAGCACAUUGAAAGGCAAAGCAGCUGUGUAGACUGUCACAGGAGCCUGCUACCUAAUAUUGCCAACAGUGUGUUGGUAUAUGAAAGAAAUUGAGUGUAAAAAAAAUAUUCUUUAUAUAUCAACUUAUGUUGACAAAACAACUUGUUCUAUCGAGAAAACAGUUUGUCUUCUUGAGAUAAUUUGUUUUCUCGACAUAACAAGUUGGAAAAUAUUUAAAAUACAUGGCCUUUCUGUGCUUAUUGGUCCCUUAAAAUUUUUAAAACCACCUUGCCGCUGGACACCCCUCCAGCCACGCCCCUAAAAUUAAAAUGCUCUCUUUGUCCAUUUGAAAUGUUGGGACGUAUGCAAAUUUCUAAUGCUGCUUCCCCUAGAAUGAUGCUGUCCUCUAUGUUUUCCACAUUUACCCCAAACCCAUCAUCUAGGAAUCACUGUUAAAUGUACCCAACCUGUGCGUAUUAUUUAUGUUUGUAUGUAUUUAUUUAAAUGUAGGGAGGAGAGUUUUCUACCCAGUGCUCUUCAGUCAGUAUAACCCAGCAAUAAUAUAUGGGCACCACAACACAAUUCCUUCCAUUGACCAGCAACUGGUAAGUGAUUUGUGGAUAAAAUAGUUUUCUUUUGUUUUCAAUCACGCGUCAUGAGCUCUGCUACACACAGCCACAUUCUAAUAUGGUUUACACAUUUGUAUUAUGGGUAAUUUGUAAUUGCAUGUCACCGGUUAGAAUAGUGUGUAUUAAUGAGUUAUUUAUGAGCCUAAUAGCAUUAAUUCCAUUCUUUGUACAGAUUUGCUUGCAAUAAACCGGUUACGUAGAUUUAUAACUAUUUAGUGCGAUGUGAAUGCCCAUUCUUAUCAUUUGCUAACCUUUCAAAUUAAUCAACUUGAUGGAAAGAAACCAAACACCCUUAUCCCUUCAUUUAGAUGUGAAAACUGAUCAUGUUAGGCUUACUGUUUUAUAGGGUAAGUUAAACCUAAAGUCCAAAAACAUAACGUUUGUUGUUGCUAUGACCACUGUCCACUUCCCUUUUUAUAGUAAAAAAAUUAAAGUUUACCCACCUUGUUUCCGGCGCUGAGAUUUGUGCUGCAGUCGCCCGCUCCACCUCCAAAGAUGUCACCAUGCCUGCGGACGUCUUCCAUCAUCUUGACCAAUCCAAUGCUUCUCAUAGAGAGGCAUUGGUGUCCAAGGCACUCAUGAUUGACCAAACACAGUGCUCUGCUAAUCAAAUAAUGCUAUAAGCAGCAUUUGAUUGCAGGACUGAUUUUGACUCGGAUCUGGAGGUGGAAUCAUCUCUGGUGGCUCUCAGGAAGAAUGCCACUUGAGAUGUAUUUAAAGGAUCACUAUAGAGUCAGGAACACAAACAUGUAUUCCUGACCCUAUAGUGUUAAAACCACCAUCUAGCCCCCAUGGGCCCCUCAUGCCUCCAUAAAUAUAGCAAAAUCUUACUGUAUUCAAGCCUGAAGCUGCUGGCUCUGCCACAGUCUGCCUCAGAAAAACAUCAGUAGAAGUGGCAGCCUGAUCCAAUCACAAUGUUUCCCCAUAGUAUUGGCUGAGACUGACAAAGAGGCAGAUCAGGGGCAGAGCCAGCAUGAUUCAAACACAGUCCUGGAUGCAUUUUAGGCAGCCAUGACCCAGGAAGGAUCUCUAACAGCUAUCUGAGGAGUGGCCAGUGAAGUUAUCACUAGGAUGUAAUGUAAACACUGCAUUUUCUCUGACAAGACAGUGUUUACAGCAAAAAGCCUGAAGGUAAUGAUUCUACUCACCUGAACAAAUUCAAUAAGCUGUAGUUGUUCUGGUGACUAUAGUGUCUCUUUAACCCUUCAAUGUAAACAUCCUGUUUAUAUAAAAGGCAAUGCUUUACAUUGAAGGGUGAAAAUGACAUGGCCGGUGCACCACAACCACUUUAUUGAGUUGAAGUGGCCUGGUAGUAGUCCAUAAAUGAAGCAGUUUGAGCACUUAGUAAGUACUAGAAUUCAGUGUAGUAGUUAUGGUGCCAAGAUCCCCUGGCAUUGCCUAUUGGUUCUUUUUUUUUUUUUUUUCUCAAACCAUUUAGAAGUAUGUGCUGUAAAACUACCCCAUGAAUCUAAAAACUGAUAUUGAGAAAAGUGGUAACUUAAUUCCUGUGAGUGUUUCUAAAAUCCGUCAGUAACUGUAUCUUUCGGUGAUGUACUGUAACUGCAACCCUGAUAGAAACCCUGUGUUCACCUGCCAAGCUUAGACCUCCCAAGUGUCCCUAUUAAGGAGGAACAGUCCUAAUGUUAUGUCAGGAUAAUUUGCUGGUGUGUUCAAUUCAUUCACAUACUGCAGAAAUUACAGAAGAAAUACAAAGGACCUCUAAACAGUCCUUCCACUGGAAAACCUGCCAGUAAACUUUUUUUGAGAACCAAUUUAACUUUAAUCCAGAUUGCUUCAUGGGCAGUCUUCCAGGGCAGCCAAAUUAAUGCAUUAAAGAGCUGUCCAUUGAGCCCUCUUCAUGCACAAAGUGCAGCUUUUCUAUCAAAACUACUGACGUGUAUGAUUGGAAUUUCAGCCAUUAGUUCUAUUAUAAUGGGGUCUGUAAUAUACAUUGCACGCAACAUUUAUUUCAAAUCAUUUCAGGCUGGGCAAUCUCUUCCAUUCAUAAACUUAAAAUCACAGUCAAAUGUUUUACAGGAUGAGAACCAUGCAAAAAGCCAAAAUACACCUUAGUACACAAAGUCAAAGCUUUGAAACAUAAAAUAAACACCAUAUAACGCCAUCAUUCUUUCCUGGGUUUGAAGUUGGGUGGCUCUAAAAAAGUUAAGGUGCGCUGGGAGAAAUAAUUUUGUAAUCCUACACUUACGCAAUGUCUAGGUCUCAGAAGGUGUUAAAUGACGCACAGGAAGGUAAAUAGGAGUUGUGGUUACCUCAUCUUCUAGGUGUUUGUCAGACGGUAAUAUAAGAGUGUGUGGCUGAUAUCUGAGGAUUUAUUUAGUUGGAACCUCAGUGGGUAAUCAGAUUUUUGGAAAUGAAUGAAUGGUAGAAAGGAAAUGAUGGAAUGUAUAGUAGUUACAUCAGAGCUGUUUUGUUUGGAAUGAAAAUGAGCUGUCACUAGGAAAUGAAUGAAUGUGUCUGUGAAUGUUGGCUUCUAGGCUAUUUAUACCCAUAGGCUUUUUUUUUUUUUUUGUUGUCACUUUGAUAAGAUUACAAAGAACAUUGAAUCUGUGCAACUAUUGUAUAAUAUCUAGUGCCGAGGAUGCGUGAAACUGUAAUGCAGUGAGAUCGAAAAACUGGGUUGACGGAAUACUGAUUUUUACAUUUUAAAUUGAAAAUCUUUGUUGUAUUUAGGAAAUUUAGAUUAUUCAUUUUGUUACAAUAUAUUACGGCUAAAAUCUAAAAUUGAAUACCAAUAUAAAUAGCCAAGCAAGACUUCUGCAUAUUAGUAGAUCAUUUAAUGCACAGCUAUCCACAGAUUAUUAUCAGCAUUUAUAAUAAGAUAUUCCACAAAUUAUAAUGUUGAUUAUAUUUACUGAUAUUUCUUCAUUAACCUGAGUAUUGAUUAACCAAAAGAUAAAUGUUUGUUGCAAACAAGGCUGAAAAGUUUUACUUGCCCCUUACAAAAUACGAGUGUUUAAUUUCAAAAAACAAAUCAAAAGAUCUAAUUUAUGAGAGAAAAAAUAGGCACACCAAAAACCAUUAUUUGGAGACCAUUGGGGCAUAGGAAUCAUGAAUGGAGUAUCAUGCAAAGAAGAUUGUUGGAAAGGGAUAGCCAACAAGCCGAUGUAUAUUCACAUCCAUAAUAUCUUUUGUUCAAAUCACUUUUCAAUUGUACUUGCCUGAGCUGGCCUGCUGGUAUACUUUGAGUCUUGUGAGCAAUAGGGAGUUAUUGGCAACUCAGAUAUCCUGUUGCAGAUGUGCCACACUCAUGUCCAGUUAGUCAAUAUUGUGGCCCUCCUCGCCAAGCCCCCUAGUAAUGUUAAACAUAAUUACACAUCACUCCAUUGAAAGGUGUAAGAAAGUGAAUGUUUAAGUGUGUCAUUGAUACUUGUAAUGAGCAGAAUUUAAAACUAUACACCAUAAUGUAGUCCUUGAUACUCCACACAGAACCCAUAGAUCAACUACACACUUAAUUCGACAUUCACACACACAAUAACAUACUACACAUUCAUGGCACCCAUCACAAAUAUCCUACACUCUUACACUUUCACUCUACAUAAAUACAUCUGUGCACAUGCACACACUGACACACUACACACAAACACAUUCCUGCAUUCACACACACACUGUCUCACCAACGUCCGUGUACGUUAGUGCUGGUAGUGUGUAGCUUUUAGGAAUGGCUAGCAAAUCAGAACUCUUUGAGUUCUGAAGCAGUAAUGGUUUACUGUUAACUUAUUGCAGCUUCCCCAUUACACAUCCACACUUAACCAUAUAUCCAGGGGGUCACUGUGAAGAAAAUAGACUUUUGUUCGGUAUUUUCUUCUAUGUUCGGGCUUUUUGUACAUUAUUUCCUGCAUAUUGACUCUACUGUUUCACCGUCCACCCUCCUGGCUCAUUAACUUCACAAGAUCCGUCUAUUAAGCGCUCUCCAGGCGGCCGCUGUUCGUAUAGCCGAAUGCCACGUGGAACAGAAAAUGGCGGCCAUCUUGUUCGCACGAAAGGAGGCAGCGGGACUUAGUCGUCGAGUGUCUGGUACUAAAAUCGGACACUCGACCUCACGAACCACCGCUGAAACUACCGAACACCUGCUUCCUUUAGUUGCUGAACCACCAGGAGAGCGCCAUUCGGUAGUUUUGUGCGAAUGGACAAGGGAAGCAAUCGCUCCUAUGAGCCAGGAGGAUCCACACACGCUGAAUUCGUGGAACUGUUUUGGGCAGGAGCCUUGUGUGUGGUCGGUAAAAUAUGACUUCCAUACUUUUUAAGAACCCCUGAACCGAUCUAAUUUGUGGGGAUACCUUGUGUGGAAAGGGGUGUUUUAAGUUUUGGGGAAAUUGUGUGCCCUCUGCCUGGAGAUAAUUGGGUUAUUCCUUAACUUAUCUCAAUAUCUCCCUGGCAGAGAGAGGGCGGGAGUUACUGUAAAUCUGUAUGUUGAUUGGUUGUUGCCUUUGUUUGCUGUGGGAGGUCCUCUUGCAGAAGGAUUUCUCAUAAAAGCCAGUGUAUUCUCAAUAAACUUCAGUUCUGUUACACCCUUCAUGAAGUCUAGGCUCAUGUUUGGGGGAUAUUUCAUCUGCUGGGGAGAAUCAUCUUGGAAGCUGCAUUCAUCUACACUAUUCCUCUACUCCUUGCUGCAGCUAUAAUCACUUAUGCUCAGCUCUUGGGAAAGGAAUAGAAGACCACAGUACCAUAACCACUGCAGGUCUUAACAGUAACAUUGCAUAUCUGGUGGUAGGAACCACUUACCUAAUAGAAACCACUUACCUAAUGAUCUAACAUAUUUUAUAUGAGAUCAGUGGUUUCACCUAAAUCGCAGAAUCUACAAGAUGGUCCAAACCCAUGCUUGCAUUUAUCACAUUUUAAUAGUCACGCUUUCAAACCCUUAUACGAUUUUGUGUUUGUACUUAUUCAGAAGAUGAACACCUCUUUAAUAAUAUUGCAUCCUUCACAUCAGUUUUAUAAAAUCCCAACAAUGCAGUCAGUCAAAUCUCCUUCAUUUUUUAUUUAAAAGCUUCUAUAUCCAUUCAGAACAAUGCUAGACUAGCAAACACAAAGUCAUCUUAAAAGGACACUCCAAGAACUAAAACAUAAGUGUAUAACCGCUCAGGUUAGUCGUGCGCACGUACCGCUUCAUUCACAAAACUAUGAAUGGGACUGUCUAUAAGUAAACUAAACUAAUAGCUUUUAGUUGGCAGAUCUAUACAUCUUGCAAUUGAUAUAGUUACAUAGCUGAAAAGAGACUCGUGCCCAUCAAGUUCAGCCUUCCUCACAUUUGUUUUUGCUGUUGAUCCAAAAGAAGGCAAAAAAAACCCAAUUUUAAGCACUUCCAAUUUUGCAACAAACUAGGAAAAAAAUCCUUCUCGACCCCAGAAUGGCAGUCAGAUUUAUCCUUGGAUCGAAAAGCUAUUACCCUACAUUGAACAAUUAUAUCACCCUACAUAGAAAAAUUGCAGAACUACAUAAAUGGCCCUAAAUGUUCACAGUAUAUUUGGUUAUUGUAUUAUCUGAUACAGAAUCACCUCUCUUUCCUCUGUCUCCUACCUGGCUAGUUGUGGCCUAAAUUUUAAUUUUUUUGUCUUUUGCUUAAUGCUAGUUCACUGGUUAGCGAUUAUGCCCCUGAAUAUUUGCGUUGAUCUAGAAAGAAUACAUUUAAAAAAUAAAUAAAUCAUGGUAUACAUCAUGCAACAAGUUUAAUCUACUAUCUUUUGUCUAGCAAACUUUCCUAUGAGGAAUGCUCCCAUAAUCCUUUGCAAGAAACUUGCUCGAUAAGUAUGACUGGUCUCCUUCUAGCGUAAUAAUAAUUGUAAUGUCAAGGCUACAUUUCAUUGUAUUUGGAUAUUUUAGUAAAUCAUAGUGUGGGUAUAAAAUGCAAUGACUACUAAUAGAUGUCACAUAUAGUACAACUUCUGAAUCUUUCUCUAGAUCUCGGAACACUGACAACAUGCAAUGUCUUACUUUAGAAAUGCUGGCUAUUUAAAGAUCCUCAAGUUGUCAACCUGUGUAUUUAUAGUCCAUUUAGAUUGUUCCCUUCAUAGAUAAUAGCUUGGUAACACGUAGCUCUCUAGAUGACUAUUAACGUACUUGUCCUGUCAAGUGAUGGGUUGGCCACCCCCUUCUUUUUUAGUGAGAUAUUUCCUAUUUACUAAGACAGGCAUGUAAUGUAAGAGGAAUAUCCAGUACACAACAGGAAUAUACUAAAAGGAAAAUAAUGUGCUGUAACUCAAAGUAUGUGUCUGUGUGUAUGUCUGAUUGUGUCAGUGUGUGUAUUUGUAUGCAGUGGUGUGUCCUGGUUUUGUGCUGCCCUAGGCAGGACAAAACUCAGGCGCCCCCCCAAACCUCCCCCUCCAACCCCCCCAUGCGCGCGCGACCCCCACCCAUCCCUUCCCCCCCGCCCCGCCUUCUAAAUACACACACACACACACACACACACUCACUGACAGAUACGCAUACACUAGCUAACAGAAACACAAACUCACUGACACACACAGACACUCACUCACUAGCAGACACACACUAGCAGACACACACACACACACUCACAGGCAAACAUACACACACAGUCAGACACACACACACAGUCAGACACACACACACACACACAAACACACUCACUAGCAGACACACACACUCACUAGCAGACACACUCACAGGCAAACACUCACACUAACAGUCAGACACACACACAGUAACAGUCAGACACACACUCACUAACAGACAGACAGACACUCACUAACAGACACACCCACUCACACACUAACAGACACACUCACUAACAGACACACUGACUAACAGACACACACACACUCACUCACACACACUAACAAACACACUCACACACACUAACAGACACACACACUAACACACACACACACACACUCAGACACACUCACACACUCACAUUAACACAUUUAUUUAUUUUUAACCCCUUUCUCCCUUGGGGUCCUGUGGCUGCUGGGCUGGCGGCUGGCGAGGGAGCACUUCCUCUGAGCGGUCUGCUCAGAUCCCUCGCGCGCCUCAGAGUGAGGCUGGGAGCCGGAUUAUGAUGUCAUCAACCCGGCUCCCAGCCUCACUCUGCGGCACGCGAGGGAGCUGAGCAGACCGCACAGGGGAAGAGCUCCCUCGCCAGCCGCCAGCCGCCCGCCCGCCCGCCCGCUCGGCAUGUCUGUUAGCCGCAAGGCUAACAAGGCAAUUGCCCUGGGCAUUUGGGGGCGGCUUUUCUCCCUUGGGGUCCCGUGGCUGCUGGGCGGGCGGCUGGCGAGGGAGCACUUCCUCUGAGCGGUCUGCUCAGAUCCCUUGCGCGCCUCAGAGUGAGGCUGGGAGCCGGAUUAUGACAUCAUCAACCCGGCUCCCAGCCUCACUCUGUGGCGCGCGAGGGAGCUGAGCAGACCGCACAGGGGAAGAGCUCCCUCGCCAGCCGCCUGCCCAGCGCGGCAUGUCUGUUAGCCGCAAGCUAACAAGGCAAUUGCCCUGGGCAUUUGGGGGCGGCUUUUUUUGCCGCCCCCUGGAAAAUGCCGCCCAAGGCAAAUGCCUUGUUUGCCUCGCGGCUAACACGCCCCUGCUUGUAUGUGUCUGUGUGCUUAUAUACAAAGUUCUCUCCAUGUUGAGGGAUGUAUGUUAUUAUAGCUCAUACAGAGACAUUGUUAUUUAUUUUGUUUGUUUGUUAUUAAUGUUUUUAUGUAGAGGUGUACUGCCAUGUAAUUGAAUAAAACAUGGAAAGUCAUCUAUAACUUUAUUUUUUGAAAAUGUAUAUUAAAUAUUGAGAAAUUGACUUCUCAAUCCACUUUAGUCCAGGCACAGUCAGUGUACACAUUGCUUUAGGAGAGGAGAAAUUUAGUUUUUUUUACUCAGGUUCCUCUCUAAAUUCUCUCUGCUGGCUGGCAAGUGCCAAGUGCAGAGUUUGUAACAGGGACUGACAGAGCCAGAGUGGCAUUGAAUUGCUGGGUAGAGUUUCAUGCAGAAGGUAAUUUAAAUAUGUCACACCUCACAGAUACAUAUUUAUUAGAUAUAAGGAUAAGUAAACAUAAUAUUUAAAAUCCUGGGAACUGGUGGUACCAUAUUAACGAGGACAUAUUAGCCUCUAUCCCAUGGGUAGGCAAAUUUAAGCACAAAUGUUGUGCACUACACCUCCAGUAAUGCUGGCAAAGCAUCAAGGUAGAUGUAGUCCACAACAUCUGGAAUACCAAAACGUAAUGACAGGUACUCCCCCUGCUGCCUGAAAAUAAAUAAAAUAAAAGUUAAAUCAGUGUAAAAUUAAAUAAUAUAUACUUAGAUCAUAUAUAUAUUUAUUAUAUAUAUGAUCUAAGUGUGUAUGUAUAUAUAUAUAUAUAUAUAUAUAUAUAUAUAUACAUACACAUAUACACACAUACACUGUCUAAGUAUAUUUUAAUAUUAAUAUAUAAUUAUAAAUAUAUAUUAAUAUCAAAAUACACGUACAAUGAUAUUGAUUAUAUAUAUGAUUUUAAUUAUAUAUAUAUUUAUAUAUAAUAUAAAAUAAAUAUGUAAAUACGUCAAAAAAUUUAAUUAAAAAAAUAAUAAAAAUAAAUAAAUAAAAUAUAUAUGUGUGUAAAUUCGUUCUAACUGUAUUUUAAAAUUAAUAUAUAUAUAUUGAUAUCAAAAUACAUGUAGAACGAAAUAAUAUAUAUAUAUCUAUAUACAAAAGUAUAUACAUAAAUAUCACUAUAUAUAUAUAUAUAUAUAUAUAUAUAUAUAUACCUAUAUAUAAAAAAUUAUUUUUAAACAAUUAUAUAUACAUACACAUAUAUUUAUAUACACACACAUAUAUAAUAAUUCUACGUAUAUAUUUAUGUAAUAGUUUUACAUAAUUAAGUAAUUUUAUUAAUUACAAUUAGCAGGACCAGCCUGACAACCCAGGCCAAAAGUCCAGGGAAUUUAAUUUGCUAGCACCAUAUUUAACCCUGUAACUUUCCAAGACACCAUAAAACCUGUACAUGGGAGGUACUGUUUUACUCUGAAGACUUCGCUGACCACAAAUAUUAGUGUUUCAAAACAGUAACAUGUAUUACAAUGACGAUAUUGUCAGUGAAAGUGACUUUUUUUGCAUUUUUCACACCCAAAUGGCACUUACACGGACUAUAUAAUUGUUGUGAUACGUUUUACCGCUUUGAAACACUAAUAUUUGUGUUCAGCGAAGUCUCCCGAGUAUAAAAGAACCCUUAUGUACAGGUUUUAUUGUGUUUUCAAAAGGUAAAGAGUCAAAUAUAAGGCUUGCGUUUCAGUUUUUUCACAUUGAAAUUCGCCACAUUGGUUACGUUGCCUUUGAGACCGUACGGUAGCCCAGGAAUGAGAAUUACCCCCAUAAUGGCAUACCAUUUGCAAAAGUAGAUAACCCAAGGUAUUGCAAAUGGGGUAUGUCCAGUCUUUUUUAGUAGCCACUUAGUCACAAACACCUAAAUUAAUUAAUAAAAUAAAUUUAACCCCUGAGGGUUAAAAAAAAAAAGAAUUAACCCUCAGGGGUUAAAUUUAUUUUAUUAAUUUUAAUUUAAGUAUUUUAAAAUUAUAAAUUUAGCUAGCUGUGGUGGGUGGAUGUUAGUGGGGAAUUGUGGGAUUUGGUGUUAGGCUAACUAGGGGUUAACAUUAAAAAAAGUUUUAAGAUAAGCUUUAAAAAGUUCAUAAUUAAGUUCAAAAAAGUUUUACUAACGUUUAAGUAAAAAAUAAAAAAAACACCCCCCUUUAGCGAGUCCAAAUACAAAUUAACCCCUUCCCUGCCAGUCGAUCACUGCCUACAGUGAUCAAAAUACAGAUCACAGUAUUAUACUGUGAUCUAAUUUUUUUUUUUUAACCCCUGACGAUUAAUUUGUAUUUAUUUUUUAACCCUCAGGGGUUCAAUUUAUUUAAUUAACUAAUUUAAAUAUUUUAUAAUUAUAUAUUUUGCUAGCUAGGGUGGGUGGGAGUUAUGGGAAAAUGGGGAAUUUACUGUUAGUGCUGCUAAAAAAAAAAGCUUAGAAAAAUGUUAAAUCUGUAAAAAAAAGUUUUAAGAAAGUUUAGGAAAGUUUAAAAAAAAUUAAUAAGCAAAACAAAAGUUUAAAAACUAGUUUUUAAAAGUAAAAAAAGUUUCAAAAAGUAAACUACACCUGGAACAAACUAAAGAAAAAAUGAUCCCAUGCCAAGGUUCAAAAUAUGCCUUUUGAAUUACCCCAGGGUGUAUUCUUUAAUAAAUAGUAUGUGUUUGUGGGGAAGUUUCAAUAACCAACCAUCUAAACUACUCCAAAUUGUAACAUGGACACAGCGUAAAACUUCAAAGUUAGAAAAAAACUGUCUGCGUCUCAAAUGUGCCCCUUCAACAUCCACAUAUACCUGGCAAAGGUACAUACAAGGGUAUUGCUGUACUCAUACCACAUAGCUGAGCAACAUAUGAAGUAUUAUACAGUCGUAGCACACAUAAGGUUUGUAAAAUAUACUGUGCAAACGCACUUUGUGUGUCAAAAUGGCAGAAAAAUGCUUGGAAAUUGCACAUAAGCCCAGCGUCAAAAUUCAAAGUUCGGUAAAAACUGAUAUGGCUUGGUCUCCUAUUUGGCACUGGAGCUUCACAAAAUAGUGCCAAAGACACUCAUUGGGGGUGUAUUUUUACUCAGACUUAGUUGAGCAUAAUUUGGGGGUUUUGAACUUAGUGGCACAUAUGAAAUAUACAAAAUGCCCAGCAAAAAUGCAAUCCGUAUGUAAAAAAUGCACAAAAUUAUUUUUUACCAUAUACUUUGGCAUAUAUUGGUGAGAAAAUGGGGGCAUGUUAAGGCACAAUAUGCACCAUAUGAGAUACCCUGGAGUGUCUACUUUUACAAAUGGUAGGCCUUUGUGGGUUUUUUUUGAACAGUCAAACUGCUAUAAUACCCCAAAUUGAAGCAUAGGCCCUUUAAAUCCGCCUCUCAAAAUUCUACUGUAGAUGUUGAAACGGACAGGUCUCCUAUAUGGCACUGUAGCUUCACGAAAUAGUGCCAAAGACAUACAAUGGGGGUAUCGUUGUACUCAGCAGAAGUAACUGAACACAAAAUAAAACUUUGUACAGGAAUAGCACAUACCAACUUUACAAAAUACACAUGAGAAUUUCUUUGUUAUAAGUUUGUGUGCCAAAAACAAAAAAACCCCCACAAUUUUACUCCAAUAUUUAGCAGAGGUUGGCGGUGAAAUGGCUACGUAGAAAGUGUCAAAACAACCUUAGGUAAAUAGUCCGUGAUGUCUACUUUAUAUAAAUAUAUACUUUUGUGUGGCAAUUUUGUUUUAUUUUAUGGCUAUUAAGCUUACAAGACAAACAUACCAAAUUCUAAAAUCGCUCCACAUUAAAAGUCUAUUUUACUCCUUGUGCUUUGUGACCUGUAACUACCAAAAAAAAAUUAAAAUCCCAGACACAUUAUAUAUUCUGUAAAUCAGAACAACUUAAUGAAUUUAUUUUUAAUUAUUUUCCUUAACCUGCACUAAUUAUGCACACAUUAUUAUUGCAAAAACUGUACAAAAAAACACAAAUUUUUUAAUUUGUUUGCAUUUUUCUGUAUUUUUUUUUUAUAAUAAGCAUUUAUAUAUAUAUAUAUAUAUAUAUAUAUAUAUAUAUAUAUGUUACAUCAAAUUAAAACCCUUUCUGUCCUUUAAAAAACGGUAUAUAAUAUGUGUCGGUGCAAUAAAUUAGUAAAAUGCAAAUUGCAGUUGAACGUAAACAGCAAAAAAUGCUGUUGCCAUUAAAGGACCACUAUAGUGCCAGGAAAACAUACUCGUUUUCCUGGCACUAUAGUGCCCUGAGGGUGCCCUCACCCUCAGGGUCCCACUCCCGCCGGGCUUGGGGAAGAGGAAGGGGUUAAACUCUUUCUCCAGCGCUGGGCGGGGAGUUCUCCUCCUCUUUGGCUGAACGCGCAUGCACGGCAGGAGCUGCGCGCGCAUUCAGCCAGUCCAUAGGAAAGGGGUUAAGGUCAGGUCAUAUCAUUAAAAACAAAAAACAACAACAACAAAAACAAUUCAGUCUUUGCCAAACCUUUUUGGUUGUCUGAUAUGUCUUCAAAUAAGGCUGAUGUAAUUUGGGAAGGUGUGGCAGAGUUGGCAAUACACAAUAUAUACUUCAUUAAAGGAAGGAUUUUUUUACUACAACACAUCUUGCAUCAUUGUUUUCUGACUGAACUUCUGCAGUGAUGAAAAGGAAGUUUAACAAUACCCCAAUUUUAUUUUUAAAGUUGAAGCAUGAGAAUCACCCAACCUAUUACAGCAACAUCGAAAAACAUUUACGUUGUUCAAACCUGCUUUAUCCCAGCCCCUUUAGAAAAGCCAUGAGACUGUCUGAACCUGCACGGUCAUUUAGGAAUGCAGUGUAGAUCAUUGCAGUAUAUUGAAGACCAAAACAUAAGUGGCCCAAAACUAUUCUCCAAUAUGUGUGGGCUUCUUAUACAGAGAUUUAAAUACUUAUAAAGCAGGGCACUCUCGUCACCCUAUCCACUACAUAACUGUAGUGGUUAUGGUGCUUGAAAUGUUUAUUUAAAUGCAGUUAUGAGUUUCACAUGAGGGCAGACACAGGGGCCAAGUGGAGGGUCAUCCUCCAAACUGGAUCAGAGUAAAUGAAUACUUCCCAGCAUUACUCCUUUUCAAUUUGGGACCAGUGAUUGAAGUUUAAAGAUGAUGUCACCAGCAGGGCUUCCAUUAAAAAUUUUGGGGCCCCUGAUACAGCUCAAGGUCUGGGCCCCCAAGGGCCCGACCCCGAGUCCACCCACAGGGCCUGCCCAAGUCUGCCCACAAGGAUGAAGUGUGUGUGUGUACUGAAUGUGGUGUGUGUAUAGUGGAUGUAGAAUGUGUGUAGUGGAUGCAGUAUGUGUGUUAUGGAUGCAGUGUAUAUAGUGGAUGCAGAUUGUAAGUUUUGUGUAAUGUUUUUUUAUGCAUUAGAUGCAGAGUGUAAGUUUGUGUAGUGUAUGUAGUUUGUGUAUAGUGUUUGCAGAGUGUGUGUUUGUAUAACGACUGCAGAGUGUUUUUUUUUUAGAGGAUGUAGUGUGUGUGUAGUGAAUGUAUUGUGUUUGUAGUAAAUGCAGAGUGAGUAUAGUGAUUGUAGUGUGUAAUGAGUGCAGAGUGUGUAUAAUAAAUGUAGUGUGUGUAGUGAAUGAAGAGUGUAUAGUGAACGUAGUGUGUGUACUGAGUGCAGAGUGUGUAUAGUGAAUGUAGUGUUUGUAGUGAGUGCAGAGUGUAUAAUAAAUGUAGUGUGUAUAGUGCACGUAGUGUGUGUAGUGAGUGCAGAGUGUGUAUAGUGAAUGUAGUGUGUGUAUAAUGUAGUGUGUGUAGUGAAUGAAGAGUGUGUAUAGCGAAUGUAGUGUUUGUAGUGAGUGCAUAGUGUAUAAUGUAGUGUGUGUAGUGAGUGCAGAGUGUGUAUAGUGAAUGUAGUGUGUGUAGUGAGUGCAGAGUGUAUAAUAAAUGUAGUGUAGUGAGUGCAGAGUGUGUAUAGUGAAUGUAGUGUUUGUAGUGAGUGCAGAAUAUAUAAUAAAUGUAGUGUGUGUAUAGUGAACAGAGUGUGUAUAGUGAAUGUAGUGUUUGUAGUGAGUGCAGAGUGUAUAAUAAAUGUAGUGUGUGUAUAGUGAACAGAGUGUGUAUAGUGAAUGUAGUGUGUUUGAAGUGAGUGCAGAGUGUGUAUAGUGAAUGUAGUAUGUGUGUGUGUAGUGAGUGCAGAGUUUGUUCUUGUAAGGAUGCAGUGUGUCUGUAAAAUAGAGGGGGAAAGCCUUCUUUUACAUUUAUUUGUGUAUCUUUUAUUUUAUUCCCCUCUCCCUGCUUCUUACCUUGCAAGGGAGGGGGGAGAUCGCAUUCCCUGGUGGCAUAGUGGAGGGUGCCAGCCAAUGUACAUUGCAGAGGGGGGCCUAGCAGCACACUCUAUCUUCCCUUUCCAGCUCCUCUCUGACUAACUCUCCUGAGACCGGCCUGCGUUCUAUGCGGAGCGUUGCAAUUGUAACCUGUGGCAAUACUCUGGCGGCCGCAGGGCGCAGGAAAGUUAGACACAGAGAAGCUGGAAACGGAAGAUAGAGUGUGCUGCUGGCCCCCUCUACAAUGUACAGGUAGCAGGGGGCCCGCAGUGCACAUAUAUAUCGUGGAAAUUGCUAUAUAUAUGUGCUUAAGGAAUGUGGGACUCGAACUGCCUGUCCAACUGUCAUGGUUGUCAUGCCUUGAUGGCGGCCCUAGUCACCAGUGAUGCUAACUGCAUCUCUAGCAAUACCCUCAAAGGGCAGGGCCUGUCCAAAAGGGGGUGGAUCAACCCCAAAAAGGGUCGGACCCUCCACCUGACAGGCAUCCUGGCCAGACCCAAGCCUUCAGGACCAGGCAGAGAUGGACUGCUGAAGCGCUCCCUGCAUGGUUCUAGUGUCCACUGCAUACUGCGAGCUCAUCUAAUGAUGCGCUUGUGCUGUGCUGCCCAGGUACAGAUCCCCAAAAUCAGGACUGUCCUGCCAAAAUCAGGACAGUAGGGAAAUGUGAAAAUGGCCUCUGGGAUUAACCUACCAUAAAGAAAUGGAAAGAAUUGUAUCAAUCUUAAUGUACUUUGCUAGUAAACUCAAUUUUUAUAGCACCGUAAAAGUUGUCAUACUUUUAUAACAUUUGUUAUAUCUUAUCCAUAGCUGUAUCUUAACUUCCAGCAUCUCUCUAAUAUUCUACUUACUUACCACAAUAUCAAAAGUAGAACUGCACUUUUAAAACUAGGUAUUGAAAAUAAGGCUACAUUUAUAUAGGUAUCCCAUUAAAUAUGUUGGGGAAUUACACCACAGCAGAUUUGCCACCUGGCCUAUCCAAAUGCUGCUCAUCAUAUCAAGGACAGAAUUUGCUGGCGCUAUAUAAAUAAUAAAAUAAUAAUUAUAUAUGUUCCUUCCUAUACAUUUAUUAAGAUUCACAGGUGGAAAUGAGAUACGUUGUGACAGCUUCACAAGAAGGAGUUAUAGCAAGCAUUAAAGUGCAUCUUUCACCAUCUGGGGAUUUUGCAGAAUUCGCAAAGUCCCCAUGACGGUGACAUUGCCUCUGGGGGUCCGGUGGCCGGGGAGGGCAGAUAGAGGUUAGUUCUACUUACCUGAACCUGUCCCUCGCAGGUACGGCCAUCUUCUUUCAGUGGGUUCUCAUCUGCUACCGGCACUUCAGCAUGUGCGAAAGUACAACAUUGAAGUCUAUGGAGGCUCCACUAGUGAUGGCUGAGGGGUUUGACACUUCUAGACCGCUGUACCUCCACCCAGUGUCCAGGGCCUGAUUUACAUAGGGGCUGAUGGAGCUGCAGGCCCAUGGAAUAGGCCCAUUUAAAAAAAAAAAAAAAAAAUUUUUUUUUUUUUUUUUUUUUUUUUUUUUUUUACACUCUACUCUUUGUUUGCCACCUGACUGGCAUUUUACUGGCACAGAUGGUAUUAGAGGCUGCCUGGCCGUGCCAGUAUUGCAGUAAUACCGGCAAUACAAAUGCCGAUAUUUUUCUCAGUAUAAACAGAUUACUCUGCAAUACCAGCGUCGGCCAGUAGGGGUCACUGUGUGUGGAGAGAGGCAGGGAUAUGAAGUUACAGCAUCUCCCUCCCUGCCUCUCUCUACUCACUGAUCCGCGGGGGAGCAGCUACAGAGCACAGAGAGUCUAGACAGCAGCUCCCAGCCUGCAGAGUCAGCCUACAGCUCAGGGAAGUGAGGGAUGAGGGGAAAGGCUGCAGGGAGACAUUGGGACACUGAGACACUGGGAGACCUGGGGACACAGACACUUGUAGACACUGGGAAACAUGGGGACACUGAGACACUAGGGGACGCUGUGAGACAUAGGGACAUUGAGAGACACAUUGGGACACAGAGACGCUAAUGACACAGUGUCUCCAUGUCUCCCAGCCAGUGUCCCUAGUGUCUCAGUGUCCCCAUGGCUCCCAGUGUCCUAUAGUCUCCCAGUGUCUCCCAUGUCUCUCAGUGUCCCUAGUGUCUCAGUGUCCCCAUAGCUCCCAGUGCCCCCAUGUCUCCCAGUGCCCCCUUGUCUCCCAGUGUCCCCAUGUCUCCUAGCCAGUGUCUCACUGUCCCCAUGUCAGUAGCCCACCCUUUUACACCGCCCAUUGACUUCCUUCUUCACUGGACACUGCUGUUAGGGGGAAUGGAUUUACUUGAAAGAUGAAAGCAUUAAUUAGAGAGAGAUUAGCAUAUUUUAAGAAAAUCUGUGUUUUCUUAUAGCUGCAUCCUAUGAGUUUCCCUCUGGCACCAUCUCCACCAGAUACAUAACACUUGAGAGGUAUGACUGUUUUAGUGUUUUUGGUCGAUAAGAUUGUGUAAUUAGGCCCCUCAUAAUUGUCAGCACCAGGUCCACUGGGCUCUUAAUCUGGCCCUGCCAGUGUCGAGAAGUGCCAGGUGGAGGAAAAAUAGUCUCUACCUUGUCUAAGUAUAUCUCUUGACAGGGUUGGAAUGACAGGGAAAUUCUAACACUGUCGAAAUUAGUAUUUCAUAAAGAUUCUAUCUUUAUGAAGUACGUCUUUUUCAGAGGGGUGACAGUGCCGCUUUAAGACAGAGUCCUGCACAACAGCAUAGGCAACAUAAUGAAAGUAAACCUUUUUAACCCAUUCAUAACUAAAGUACCUUUCAAAAGUACAUUCAAGUGGAAGGAAAUUAAUAUAUUACAAUAUAGUUCAAUGUACUGAAACAAUGUAUUUGUUUCUUAGUCUAUGGGGACGAUGUAACAGAAUGUGUCAUUCUCUUUCAGAGCUCCCCAUACAAGAAUGCCUUCACUAUAUCUAAUCUUGCUCGUUUUUUUUUUUUUUAGUUUUAAUGGUAUGUCAAAUCCUAGUGACCACUAGUGGGGUUUAAUCAGUAAACAUUGAGUAGUUCACCAAAUAUUGACCAAACAAGCUAAAUCAGAUAAAAUCAGAUAAAAUAUUUAAAAGUCCCACUUAAUGACUAUCCGGUAUUCUUACAUCCUGUGUCUCCUAGGUUUGAUAUAUAAAUUAGUUUCAUCUUCGGAUGUUUUCUAUAUAGUGAUGUUCUCCAUACAGGUACUUAUGAUCCAUUUACUUCUGAAGGGGCUAAAGGAAUACUCCAAGCACCAUAACCACUACAGACUGCCCUUCUAGUCGUCAAGCCAUUUGCUAACUUACCUGGUGCUUGCUGGCUUUUGGUCACUUUCUCCACUGAAGGCCAGAAGCUCCAUCUAGGACCUUCUAUUAGCUCUCCUGAGCUAAGCCCUGCAGUGCAUUACCAACUCAUUGACUGACAGCAUCAGUUGAUCCCUUUCAGCCAAUGAGCUAAGCCAUGAACUGCUGGGCUUAGCUCAAUACAAAUAGCUUAUUGAUUCUCCAGAGGAGUUGACUGGUGCCCAGCGGUCCCCAGGUUAGUUAUCAAACCGUUAGUAUAAGGUGGCCACAGGGUACUCCUGGCCCAAUUAAAAACUAAAGAAUGCUGUAGUGGUUAUAGUAUUUAGAGUGUUUAUUUAAGUGUGUGUUUUUGUGUAGUACAGAUUUAUGGAACUAUUAAUAUAUCCUCUCUCCAGCUGCAUUAAUAUUUACCUUUUUGCAAUGCUUGCCAUAGCUUUUCAAAUAAAUACAUCACCGUAUUAAAUUAAAAUGUGUUCUGCUAUUAACUUUUUACAUCUUAGAAAUUUAAUUAUAAAAGCACAGUUCUCUAAUUUAUUUAUGUUAAUUCAUUCUCUGAUGUAUCUCCGUUGAAAACCUAUUUCGGUUCUAAUAUAGCAGAUACAGGUCUGCAAAAAUAUGUGCCUUGUCUGUUUUUACACUUUAUUUUAUUACUUCAUUUUUUUUUUUUAAUUUUUAAUUUCCUUUUAUGGGUGGAAUUUGCCAUGUUUGAAGAUACUCAAAUGAAAAGAAUUCAAAUGAGAAAAAUAUUUUUUAGUGGACAUGCCAAAAAAACCCCCACAUCUUUUAAUGGCAGAUAGCGUUGUCAUUUUGUAUACUCCUGCAUGCUGUAAAUCCUUGUAGUUGUACCUAGACGUGUACAUGGUCACAAAAUUCAGCGUGACCAAACCAAUUUUUAUGAAAAAAAAUAUAUUUAUUUUUCCGGCAAUGUUAGUUUGUCUAGGAAGAAGUUUGGUACUAAAGGUGCGAAAACGGACAGACUAGUGCACUGCAAAAUAUAUAUUAGUACCAAAAAACCUUUUCAGACGAUUGCAACAAAUAUGUUUUAUUGUGCAGGGAGUAGCAAAUUCAUGUUAACAGUUCAGGCCAUUACUAUACAUAUUAUGUAUAUAUGUUGAAGUUCACUAAAAACCGUAGAAACUGUACAAGAAAUAUCUCUCUCUCUUAUAAAAUAUGUAUAAUUUAAUUUUAUGAAAUACAUUUAAAAAAAAUUAUAUUUUGAUAUUUUAUAAUAUAUAUAUAUAUAUGUGAUUUUUUUUAAAAUACGUUGGAAAAAAAUCAUUUUUAAAACUGUGUUUAAUAAUAUUAAAGGGACACUAUAUUCACCUGAACAACUUUAGCUUACUGAGCAGUUUUGGUGUAUAGAACAUGCCCCUGCAGCCUCACUGCUCAAUCCUCUGCCAUUUAGGAGUUAAAUCACUUUGUUUCUGAACCCUAGUCACACCUCCCUGCAUGUGACUUGCACAGCCUUCCAUAAACACUUCCUGUAAAGAGAGCCCUAUUUAGGCUUUCUUUAAUGCAAGUUCUGUUUAAUUAAGCUUUUCUUAUCCCCUGCUAUGUUAAUAGCUUGCUAUAGCCUCCUGUAUGUGAUUAAAGUUCAAUUUAGAGAUUGAGAUACAAUUAUUUAAGGUAAAUUACAUCUGUUUGAAAGUGAAACCAGUUUUUUGUUUUUUUAUGCAGGCUCUGUCAAUCAUAGCCAGGGGAGUUGUGGCUAGGGCUGCAUAAACAGAAACAAAGUGAUUUAACUCCUAAAUGACAGUGAAUUGAGCAGGGAAAUUGCAGGGGAAUGAUCUAUAUACUAAAACGGCUUUAUUUAGCUAAAGUAAUAUAGGUGACUAUAGUGUUCCUUUAAAUCAUAUGGAAUGCUUAUCCAACAAUCAGACCUAUGCUGUACUUUUUGGGCUUGUCCAAUACAUGGACUGCAUGUACUAGACUGGCAGAGAAUCUUUGUAUUUUUUUUUAUUGAAGAUGCCCUUUAAAUAAUUUCUGUAGAGGAGAUUUUUUCUCUGUAUGUUAAAAGCAGUUGUUUAUAAAUUACCGGUACCUAUCAUCUAUACAUACUUUGUGUUAUCUCGGAGUAACAUAGGUUACUGUACCUUCUACAUCUGUGUAAAUCUCAGCACAUGAUAAGUCUGCAUUAAUAUUAUAAAUAUUAAGGAACCCGUAACAUGACUUGGAAAGAACACGUCAAGGCAAGUUGAACAUAGGUCUAUCAUUAUAUCAUAUAUCUUGUGUUACAGAUUGUAGUGCCAAAUCUUUAAUUUAUAAGCCAUGAAUAUUCCUACAAAGUAGCCUUUUCAACAGCAAGUACCAUAAUACAUUUUCAUUUAAAAAAAUAAAUGAUUAACUUCUUAAAAGAUUUAGGCUAAGACUUUGCCAUCAUCACAGUCAGACUGGAUGACCUGGCUUAUUUAACUUGUCAACUCCACACAACCCUAGAGUUGUUCAUUGAAUGGACCGUUCCAUUUUGGAAUGCCAUUCUUGUAGAACAGAUUGUUAUGAUGGUAUAGACCAGUGGUCCCCAACCCAGUCAUCCUUGACCACCAAGAGUCCAAGAUUCAUGCAUUUCCCUUUUGUAUUCAAAUGGAGACACUGACAAAACCCGGACUGUUGGUGGUCUGUGAGGACUGGAUUGGGGGCCACUUGUAUAGACCAUGAUUGUUCCUUAAACGUUUAAGACAGUUUUUUUUUAAACGUUUUUGUAUUUUAUGUAGGUUCAUGCUUGCUAAAGCUGGAGAAUUGUAUUCUGACAAUGGUUUGCAGAAUAUUUCAUCAUUACAAAAACAGAUCAGAGGACUUGAUGAAUUCUUUUAAAGGAUUAACGUCAACUUAGUUGGAGAAUUCAUAAAACAAAUAUUUUCAUGGUUGGGGAACUCUGGGAAGGAAGUUAUAGUUAAAGUUAAUCCUUAAAGAAUAGCCUUAAAAUAAAGAACAGAUGGGAACACAAUGGAGCUACCAGUAAUCCAGCAGUCUAUCAUUGGAUGGCUUUCUCUUAGAGCCGGUAAGGCUUUCCGUAUUGCUAAUGAUGCAUAACAUUAAAGCAGUCAGAACACGGAGCAGGAAGAUCUAAGCUUCUUUUACAAAGACUGUAACAAAGUGUCUAGUAAACAGCCAGUCACAAUGUGAAACAAAAUGCAGAAAACCGUAAUCAACUCUAACAUAUAAUUACAGGUAGGAAUGUGACUAAGGGAGGACUAUUGAAGUCUGUAAUUUGUGUAUAAACAUGCUAUCACACCUGUGUUAAACCAGGUGGAAAACAGGAAAUGAAAAUAUUACAUAGACAAAAACCCUUUACUUAGACCAAAAGCCUAAAAUUUUCCUGACCUCAUUUUCCUUAAAAUUUCUCAACACAGCAAAACAUUGGAUUGCCUAUUUAAAUAGGCACUAUAACAAGUUAAGCUUAAUGCAAUGCUGGAAAAAAAUUAAACAAUCUUGCAACUUAUUCCUGUUUUUACAUAUAAUAUAAAAAGCAAUUAUUUAAAAGAUGUCAGCUAUUGGUAUUAAAUAGACAGGUACUGUAAAAAUAUUAACAGUUACCUCUGUUCUAGCUCGCUGAAAUUUGUGUAAGGAGCAUACAAUUCUGUGGUUGCUAGUGGUUUGUAGAGAAAUUGGUCAUGUCAGAGGAUUCUCUGGAGACUUCCAAUGUUUGUCUGAAUUGGUGUUUGUUGCAUCUAAAAUAAGUUAGAUCACGUGUUAAUCCCAUUUGUUUAGAUCUUUAGGGAAAAGGUCUAGCAAGAAAACUUGAGGGAGACAGGGAAGUGUAUGCUCUGUGACUUCAGCAAUGAGCCCAUAGACCAGGAGUACCUAAAAGGUAGAUCGUCAGAUAUUGUAGAACUACAACUCCCAUAAUGCUUUGAAUGCCAAAGCAUAAUGAAAGCUGUUGUUUUAAAACAUCUACCUUUUGGGCAUCCCUGCUUUAGACUGUCGGGCAGCCCAGAUGGAUUUUCUAAUGCAUAUUAUAAACAAUUCCGCUAAAUUCUCACAACUCACUUCCAUUUUCAAUCAUUUCAAAAAUAUAGAAAGAGUCUCGGUGAAAUUAUGUUAUCCAAUAUUAUUACUCUUCCUAAAUUGGGUAAUGCAUCUACUUCUUUGGCUAAUUUCUGCCCCAAAUUCAGUAUAAAAGGCUCUCUACCACAGGCUGAUGCUAAAUACAAUAGACACUCUCAUUCUACUAUGUCCUGCUUGUUGACAAUCUCAUUCUACAAUAUCCUGCUUGUUGACCAUCAAUGUGUUUUAGUUUCACAUUACCAAGAAAGUCACACUACAUAAGAAUCAAGGACUAUGCUGGUGGUCUUCCCCAUAAAAAAUUCAAAGCCACUAUACGUUAUCAGGUCCGUUUCUGUGAUCUGGAGCAGGCUUUCAUCCUGCAUGGAGUUUAACCAAACUUACAAAGACUUCUCAUUGAGCUGUAUUGGGAAGCCUGUGCUUGGACAGACACAGACAGUCUGGGCGGGAGUAGAAUGGUAGAGCUUACAAAGGUAGCAGACAACUGAUCUGCAGGUUUUGCAAGCUGAUAUUAAAUAUAUCCCCAAUGAAAAACAACAUAAUUAAAUGCAUGCAAGUUUUCAUUUAGGGGUAUAUCUACUAAACAGGGAUUUUUAUUUAUUUUGUAUGUGGGCAGUGGAGUGUCCCUUUAAUGCCCUGGCAGCCUUUCCAUAACACAACCGCACCUUUUGAUUUACCUUGGGGACAGUCCUUCUGAUCUUUGCCAGUUUGGAGAUACGGCAGUGACUUUAUGAGACUGGUUACAUUAACCAGGUGUUCUUUCUCAUCUCCGCUAUAUUGGCCUAAAUGUAGAAAAAAUAUUUGUAAUUAUUACUGUUUAGUGACCCAACCCUUUAAUUUGGACCCUUGUAGGUGGACAUAGAGUUCGCGUGCAUUCUUCUUGUCACUUCUGAUACAUCUGCACUUAGCUGUGUGUAAGAGAGGUUUAAUCCUGUGAAUUGGAAUGUCCAGAAACAGUCUUGUAAUUAUCACUCCAAUCACAUUUACUACAUCUAACUAGCCAACAAUUCAUUCUGUGUGUGUUAUAUUAUGACAUAUAUCAGGAUUCAUGGAAGGAAUUGUGCAAAGUAAAAUGAGAGGCUUGAAAAAUGAUUUCCUAUUUCUUUUGCAUCAAUAAAUCUUUAAAGAUGACACUAAUCUUAAAUGCUGUAAGCAACUUGAGCAUUGUCUGUGGUUAGUAAACUGCUCAAGGGGAAAUGCAUGAUAUUUAGGAUUUGCUAACCUGUUUCUGAGUGCUAUUGUAGAAUAGCACAACAUUUAUCCAACCAGACAAAAUGGUCCGUCUACAGAACAUACAGCACCUCCUGGGGUGUCUGUUUGAACCAUGUGUAGUGUAGUUUUGUGCCUUUGUUUUCAAACAAACUGCAUGUUAUCUGAAAUGUUAGGCAAUCAGCAAGUUGUCCAACUUUAAGAAUUGGAUACAUCUCAAAAAAUGAGCAAUGGAAGACAGUUGUUGUUUCAUCAUUUGGACACAGUUGAUAAUAAGCGUUUUAUUAAAGGGAGGGGAAAUUAGCGGCUUAAUUUGCCAUGAUGGACAAGAGAUCUGGUGAAUAAUGUGGGCUGAUUCAAGGUGGAGGUGGAAAAGAAACAGCUAUGUUUUCAAGCACAAUUCUUGUAGACAUUUUGCCUUCAGCUAUUGAAGGAGACAAACUGGCAGACAGGAGGUGCCUGGUUUUACUCUUGCUGUGUUUGUGUGGGAGUGGGAGAUAGUUUGCCACUGAUCCUAGUGUGAGAAUGUCUGGGUUUCUCUGUUUUUUUAAAAUUUGUAGUGAGAGACAGAUUAUUUGAUUUGCAGUGUGAUUCGGUGCCACUGCUUGUGCUUUGCAAUUUGCAAGUGUCUUCCGUCUUCUUCCACUGCAGGACGUGGAUGUAUGGGAAAUAUUUGUUCUUGUCAGGGGGGGAAGAGGUGAGUGGGUUGUCAAUUAUCCACUGACUUUUUCCUUAAUUUUAAUUUAAAAAAAAUUAUUUUGAUAUAUAUAUUUUUUUUUAUUAAAAUGACUUGCUGCUGCUGAUCCCCUUUUAUAAUUAAAAGAAGAUUGCAAAAGGAAAAAAGAAUAUUACACUUACGUGCUUUUUUUUUUUUUUUUUUAAAUACAGAUCUAACAAUAUAAUUUUCACAAUUGAUAACAUGGCUGAUAUUGUGUAGCCACUACAAUAAUUUCCCCAUUAUAGUACACAAAUAGGUGUUUCUGUGCCCUUUUUUCACCUCCAAACCGUUUUCAGAAAUCUUUUGCAUGGACAAUAUUCAGAUGAGCCAAAAGCUUCCAAUGACCGACUUAAGACCACCCAUACAAAAUUUGACCAUGUUUUUAACAGUGAAGAGUGCACCUACCGUGGCCACAACCAGGACAAGCCCAGUGGUUUACAGAAUAAAUCCCUUGAAAUGAGUGUUGCAAAUUGCAUGCCUCAUCAUAUAUUGUAACUGUAGAGUUAUUACUGUAUGGUUUACUUUAGUUAAUAAAUGACUCAACCUAAAAUUAAGAGUUGUGUACCAACAUUAUUCUUACAGUGACUGGUGCACAAAAUAAAUGUAUUUUUAUUUUCUAAUUGUCAUAAAUCCUAUUUAUAAAUAAAUGUAAAGGUAACGUGGCAUUUUGUUUAACUUAAUCGGCUUCUACAAUUUUAUGACAAUCAACUUGUCUUCGACACUGUCCUGUUACAGCGUUCUUUUAUUUAUGUAUUUUAUACACAGGACGUUUAGAAGUAAUAUUCAUCUCUUAUUAAACCCCAUCCACCUUGUGUAUUUUUUUUUUAAGCGGCUUUGUGUGACCCGCUGCAUGAUUUCCACGGUUUUAAAUUAUGUUGCCUGCAUGAGAAUGCCUCUCUCAGUAAUGGUGUUGCCCUGUCGUAAUUAGAUUAGCGGCUAGUACCACCCAGCUGACAUUGCCAGCUAUUCCCUGGCGUGUCCUGGCAGGCUUUCAAUUUGACUGCUAUUCUGAUAGUUAACUAUUUCUGUGCCACCAAAUACAUUUAAAGCAACGUUUUCCAUUGAUUACGGAAAUAUAAAUACAUAUAUAUUUUUACAUUUAUUUAUUUUUAAUUCUGUGUUUCAUUUAAGUCUCUUUCACAUUAUUUUAGGUUAUAAAAAAGGACACUGGAUUUUGGAGAGACUUUGGCUUUGGAAUGACUUGUCAGUAUCGUUCAGACUUCAUUAACAUAGGUAAGCUUACUUUCUGAGUUGUUGUUGAUUGCUGCCACCUACAGUUAAUCUCAAAAUGAAAAAAAGUCUUGUUUUUUUCUUGAAUAUUAAACUGUUCACCCUGACUUCUGACUGUAUAGUCCAUUAACCACUUAGGGUUUUGUGGGUACUGCAGAGCAGAUGAACUCACAACACAUACAUAUUCAUUUACUAUAAUUACUAACCAAUGAGUCAUGUUGGGUUCUUAUCUCUAAAGCUAAACAUAUCUCUCAUUAGCAAAGACAAUUCUUCUCCAUCCACAUUUGCCCUUUCAUUGUUCAUGCCCACAACACCAAUUCUUGCUUAGAGUUCUCUUGGAGUACUUGCCCAAGGGAGUCAUGACAUUCUCCCAGUGUUCUAAAAGAAUGCUCCAAGCCCCAUAGCUUCUCCAGCCUUACCUGACCCAGGUAAGUUGUCAUAUCGUACUAAAUUGGUUUGGCAUCUUACUAUGGGUUGGUGCCAGUGCACUAACGGCACCAUAACUAUUACAGCUUUCUUGGUUAUGGUGCGUACAGUGUUCUUUUACAAAGUCAUUAAAACCAACUUCUUUAUGAAAUCAUUUUUUGUCUGGGGCGUCCACAUACUUUCCACACACCUGCUCACCCAACACAACUUGUCCUCCCACUUGUCAUGCUUUUUUAUAUAAAUAUCAUUUAUGGUUACAUGUGGAUUAUACUCACGUUAGUCUUGCUUUUUCUUUGGACACAUUGUCACCAUUUGUGUAACAGUAACCCAUGAAGAUUAACUUGUUUUCUAACUCGGGAUAUUGGUACAAAAUAGGUCAUUCUUUUAUGAAAAAUCUUUCACGUACACAUCCAUUUGACAUGGGAGUUACACAGCUUAGGACAUGGGUCCUCAAACUCAGGCCCCCCAGAUGUUGCUGAACUACAACCCCCAUGAUUCUUUGAAUUACAUAGAUAGCCAGAGAAUCAUGGGAGUUGUAGUUCAGCAACAUCUGGGGGGCCAGAGUUUGAGGACCCAUGGUCUAGGAGAACAUUUCCAGGUUGGAAGGGAGGGUUGGAGUCUCCAGUUUAUCCAACUUUGCUGUUUUGCCCUCAAAUUUGCAUCUCAGUCAAUCCACCACAACUAAUGCUUUAGUGAAUCAAGGUUUUCAAUCCUUUCAUGUUUUUUUGGGCUUGAAGACAAGUGCCUGGACUACAUUCAAUGCAUCAAACUGUUCCUUAAAUUAUUGUGUGUGGCCAAAUCAGCAACCAACUGCUUUUGCACGUUAAGCUAUUACCAGUCAUUAUUUCAACACCGUUGGAUAAAAUGUAAUGUUUUAGAUCUGAUACCUUCCACAAGUGACAAACCAUAUGUACAGCAUUUGUCUCUUUAUUUAAGAUGUAUGAUUGAAUGCCACUAUUUGACCAAUUUAGUAAAACAAUUCUCAUACUUCUAAUCGGACGCAAAGUUCCAAACAUCAUAGUGGAAAUAAAAGAUUGACCACUUAGCAUUUAGAUUGAAAAGUGUUGGACAACUGCACUGAUCUCAAGUCUCUACACCACUGAAUGAGGGAAUAGACGAUGGUGACGAGUUAAUGUGGGUCAUGUGUCCUAUAUCUUAUGUAUGGGAUGGGCACACUGGGGCCAUGGCUUGUGCAAAAACCUUGACUCAUAAUAUAUGCAAAAAUAAUGCAAAACUUUUUAAAAAUAUUUUUAUUUGUAUUUUAUAGCAUCAAGUACUUCAUGCACAGACAACUAGAAUUUGUAGUAGUGCCUUUAUCUAUACUAAUCCCCAACAUGUAGAGUAAAAAAUGUGUUCCUAUAAUGUUUCUACACCACAUUCACCUAUAAAAUAGGGUUUUGCUUCAUAAGAUACAAUGCCUGGUUGCCUAUGAAUAUAUUUAAAUUCACAUUGAAUACUAAUUAAAGAAAAUAUAAAAAAUUUGUUGUAAAAAAAACAUUUUUCUUUUAGGUGGGUUCGACCUAGAUAUUAAAGGAUGGGGUGGAGAAGAUGUUCAUCUUUAUCGGAAAUACCUUCACAGCAACCUGAUUGUGAUCAGAACACCCGUCAAGGGUCUUUUUCACCUGUGGCAUGAAAAGAGAUGUAUGGAUGAGUUGACUCCAGAACAGUACAAGAUGUGCAUGCAGUCAAAGGCCAUGAAUGAGGCCUCACAUGGACAACUAGGCAUGUUGGUCUUCAGACAUGAGAUCGAGGCUCAUCUCCGUAAGCAGAAACAAAGAACCAGUCAAAAGAAGUCAUGA